CAGUGAUGUCAGCCCUGCCUAAAAUAGUGAGGGAUAGACUGCAAAUCCACAGCUAGAAGCCUAAAACCCUCCAAUCCUGCUCCAGUCAGCCGCAGGUCAGCACACACACAGCUCCUACAACAGGACACAGCAAGGGAUCAAAGGCUAUCUGCAGGUCUGCCUCCCUGAGCCAUCAGCCAGAGCCCAGUCUCCACCAGGGGUGGCACUGCUGGCCCUUCUCACUUCAGGACUGAGUGCAGGAGAAAUCCUGAACUGGAAGCAGGUGCAGCAUCUCAUUCCACUCUCAUUAUUUGGGGGGAGAUCCUGAGGAUUACUGGGGGGAAUUCUAUGUCACAAGUGAAGGGCUUCCUUGGCAUCAACUGAAGUGACCCAGACCUAGACAGCUCGUAGAGGACUCCAACAUGACAUCCACUGAAGGGUAAAGAAUUCCUACCUUAUCCCAGCUAGCAAUGCUUGUUCUGGCAAUCACUAUCUCUCUCUCAUUGUAUCCAUCUAUCUCUCUAUCUGUGUAUCUAUCUAUCUAUCUAUGUAUCUAUCUGUGUGUGUAUCUAUCUGUCUAUCUAUCUAUCUAUCUAUCUAUCUAUCUAUCUCACUGUCUGCAUGUCUGUCUGUCUGUAUGUUUGUCUGUCUGGCUAUUCUAACUAUUCUUUCUAUCUAUCAUCUAUCCAUUUUAUUCCAUAAAUUGAGAAUUGUUCCAUUCACAGACAAGGUACCAUAUAAACAAAGAGAUGCAUGUGUUUGUUUAUACUGCUUCUGUUAUCUGGUAAAUGGCAACAUUGUAUCUCUCUCAGUUCAUCCAGCUAAUGCUUUCUCUCAGCUGGGGUGAUGGGGAUCCCCUAAAUGUGAAACUGCUCUGACUUGUGAGUUUCAGCAGAGCACAAAGCCCAUGGUACUAAAAGGGAGCAGGAUGCUAAUAUGAUUUUGUUAUGGUUUUGGACAGCUGUUCAGCAUUGUUUUUAACAACAGACAAAAGCCUUCCAGCAGUGCAGGGCUCAGUCCCUAGACUUGGCUCUCUGAUCCUUGAUCUCUCAGUCUGGAUGCUGAGAAUCCUGUUUGAGAUUUUGGUCAGGUUUUUUAAACCAGUAGCGGAUGCUUGUCACAUUUUCUUUCCUGUAUCAGUCAAUGCCAGGACCACUUGGACGAAGUCUAGCAAUCUCCAUCUUAAUGCCCCUUUGUCUAUUCUUUUGCUCUGACAUCUAAGGGGUAAACAAGCUUUGUGCAAAAAAAAAAAAAGCAAAACAUCUUCUGUUCCUCCAUUCUAAAAAAUAAGCCUUUCAACAUCAAGGACCAUCAAUUAUUUUAAAUAAGGAACUCUCAUAGCAAAACAAACAACCAAAUCAUCAAUUUGAUAGCAGUAAAAUAAAUAUAUAUUUUUUUCAUUUUGCUACAUGUCUUUUUUCCCUUCUGAAUCACCCAGCGCAGAUACAUCAUAUAACCCUUUAUACAAGAAUUUGCAAUUACUUAAUGCUUUUUACAACCUAUACCACUGGCAUUCAAACUCAUUCAUUGUCACCGAGCAGAGAUUCCUCUGGAGUAUAACCCACAGAUUGUACUUAGAUUAAACUUUACUAUUAAAAUGACAAUGGUUCAAUUACUUUUUUAUCAACGGAUUGAACUGAUCCCAAGGGAUUUUCCUCCAGCCACAGUGAAGGGCCAAAGAUGAUUUGAUUUUAAAGAAUCGUUGAUGAGACUAGGUGUGAAUGCGUGUGAUUUAUUUAUUUAAUCACAACUCAUUUCCAAGUCUAUCAAGUGAUUUGAAAGUCCAUGGGGCGAUUGGUCAGCACGAAAUCUCUGCUACGAAACAUAUGCACCCCUGACGAUUGUGUGAUGGAGAAAAAUGCACUUAUAUAAAUAUAACUGAAUUUGCAAUCAGAGGUGUUGAACUGUGAACUUUCCAAAUGCUGUUGGACUACAAGUCCCAUGAUUCUCUUGCAGUCUGGACGUCCAUUCAUUAUGGCACUUGUAGUCCAAUAGAGAUGCAAACACAGACCCAAUUUAGCUACAAACCAAUAAUAGUCUUAGGUGUGCAAGCAUUGUCUGCAGAUUUUGUUUGUUUUCUAAUAUGUGGUAACCCCAAUUAUAUGCAAUUUUGUUCUAUUUUUUUCAUAGAAGUAGAUUUAAAAAAAAAAAUCUAUGUUAUGUGAAAAUUAAAGGAUCGUAUUCAGUAAAUCGAGAAUUGUGGUGAACUGACAAUGGGAAUGCAAAUUUUAGAGACAAAAUAAAUUUAAAAAAAAUCCUAAAUUGUGUUUCUGCUACCAUUUUGAAAAUUUUGGCCUAUAUUUUGGAAGUAUCAUGUCACUUCCCCACAGGUCCCGGUUACAUAUAAUAAACCCCAAUGUUUAUUUCCCUUCAAUAUGUUCGGCUAUAUUAUAUAUAUAUAUAUAUAUAUACCUGAGCUGAAUUCUGUCCUUUGGUAUCAUAUAUAAUGCAGUACCUUUGGCCUGAAGAAAUUCUUCAGUUGCUAUAGUAACAGCCUUGGAAAUAUCCAAAGUCCAACAUUGUUACAGUUUAUAUUGUAAGAUUGUUGCUUUAUUCUUUAGAAUGUUCCAUGUUGUGCGAUUGUAGAAAGGAAUAAUUAUCCCAAAUUCUGUGUUUUGGGGCCGAAAGAUAAGGGAAAGGAUUGUGUGUGUGUGAAGAUCAGUCAGACCUAAUGAGAAGAUUAUAAAUACAUUCACUGUCAAACCUCAUAUUGAAUGGAAAUUCAUCCUAAAAUGGAACAGUCCACGCACCAUAACCACUACAGCCGCCUUUCAGUGUAAGUAGUCAAAACGUUUUGGAACAGUUAAACAACUUACCUUGGAUCCGCCAAUAAAAUCUUAAUUAUACUUUAACUUACCUUUUUCUGACAGCAACCUACCUCCUACUAUGAAGUCAUUACGUUUGAUGACUUUUGCUCAAUGAAAUGCUUUUUCCGGACACACCGGACACAAACAGCUAUAUUGAUGGUCCACCAGUCCGAUGCUUCUGUGUGAGAAGCAUUGAAUCCAUAGAGAAGCAUUGGGGGGACACAGAGUCGCAAGUUGCAAGUGAACGUCAGAAAUUAUUUAAUCGUUUUUGAGUCCAAUGCCUCUAUUGGAUGCCUGAAUGACUACCACUAGUAGUAUGGGGUUUAUAAAAAGACAAAAGUGCAUUUUCUCAGAAGAGGCACUAUUUUCAAAUGCUGCAAGACUGCUGGGGCAGGAUCUGUAUCCCAAAAUCAUUUAAUUAAGAAGUGGUUGUGGUGUUUAGACUGUCCCUUUAACAGCUAGUUGUUCAAUAGCCAAACCCUGCAAUAUUAUGAAUUAAUAAUCUGUUAGCCUUCCAAAAUUCUCACCUUAGCGGGAGCCGAUAGGUGGACUUCCUAAUAAUAUACUGAUAUAGGAAGAUUAGAGGAAACUCAUUUUUAGCAUGGUGUGCAGCUUUUAUGCACAAAUUCUACUUUUUAAAGUCUCAAUGGCCAUAAUAACCAUUUAGCUAAAAAGAUAAUGAGAUUUCUAGCUCUGGUUUAUUGUACUCCAUCCAGUGCGAGCUAUGUAUUAACUGAAUAUUCUUAAGACAGCAGUUGGUCUGUCUAACAGCUGGGAAUGAGGGCAGUUGCUUAGAGGAGGGACUGACCUGCGCUCAGUGUUUGUGAUGCCAUCAGAAAUGAACGAGGGAAUAAAAUACAACAGAGUUUAAUUACUCAGUGGAGAAUUGUGGUGAAUUAAAAAUUCAGACCAAAACAAUCAAUCUGUCAGUCUCGUCUAGAGCGAUGGUGUAAAUCUAUAUUAUUUUAUGGUUUUUGUGGUGAAGAUGUGUUGCAGACAUUGCUUGUGAUUUAGGAUAUAUGUUCCAGAACUCUCCACCAUUCCAUGCAAAAUCCAUGGAGGUGUUGGUCCUUGUCAUUUUCUGGGUUAUUCACUAAGGUGAAAAUUCUAAGUGAAAUUCAGAGGUGGGUGAAAGCAUGGCUGACAUGAGUUCAGCGAUUAUGGUCUUACAUUUUUCAUUUCCUUUGAAUUUGCUUUAAUAAAAUCCAUACAUUGAAUAGCAAUAAUUCAGUCAAUAUUGUGUCAAUUUUCCUCAGUGUGGCAAAGUAUCCCGCCAAAAACUGGGGGACAUGCUUGUUAAGACACAUUUUUCCUGGGCGCAGUGGGUUCUUUGACAAACAAAGCAGUUGAGACCCAGGCUGUAUAGUGUAGGGCCAGUGAUCACGUGGGUUUGAUUUGUAAGUCCUGGCACACUUGAUGGGCACCGUGGUUUAAGAAGCAGAUACUAUGGCAAACAAUCUUCAGCUUUUUCUACAGCACUAAGUGUCUGGGGAUUUUGUUGGCACUUACUCAAUUGCGGCAUGCUUUUUGCUACCAGGAAAAGUCAGUGGAGGACAUCCAUGCUUUUUUUGAGCAAUCUGCACCAUUGGCAUAAGAAAUCAGUGAAAAAUGUGUGCAGAAGAAAAUUGCAAUCCCACUUAUUCCAUGACAUGGAGACACCACUAACUCUAAAUACCAUUUUGCACAGAAAAAGCAUCCAAUCAACUUUUGUACCGUUAUUUCUUGAUCCAUACAUUUUGCAACUGACUUUAAAUUGUUCUAAUAGAUGCUAAAAUAGCCAAGAAGUGACGAUAGCUGAGCUGAAGAGCUCCAAAUUCACUAUUUUAGCCUAAAUGCAAGCCUCCCAACAGUCCCAAAUAAGGCAGGACGGUCUCAAUGCCCCUUGUGGCUAUGUUGGCAUUUCUUAAACAUUAUUGGAUAUUUACAUAUACAGUUAUUUAAUACAACAGUUAAAUCUCUUUACAAGAUAAUAUUACUGGAAGACAACAGGCCUUCCAGCAGACAUGUCCCGAUUUUGGUGGGACAGUCUCUAUUUCUGAGUCCUGUCCCUGUUAUUUUUCAAAGUAACAAUGCCCUCUGCAUGGUCAGCCCUUCAUGGGAUUGGUCUGUGUGAUUGCCAGUCAGCUUGGCAUGCAUUUGGAUAGUGCCAGUGACACAGUUUGUUUAUAUUGUAAUAAAACAUGUUACAGCUUGGCCAUUAUCAGGUCAGUUCUUCCUGUGGAUACUCUCUAGUCUAGUUGUCCUAUAGAGACUAUGGGUUAUACAUAAUUAUGUUAGUAUUAAAAUUUAAUAUAUAUUAUGACGUCACCGUUUUUUCUAUUUGAAGCUGCAAUCUUUUGAUGUAUGUGAAUAAAAUCAGUACAGCAGGAUGAAAGGCAUGGGAUCUUUAUACAUGAUGACAGGGGUAGCUUGAGAUCCAUUCUUUAAAACGCGAUUAAAAAAUAAAUUGACAUUAAAAAAAACUUUGAAUUUAUGCAGCUUAAAGUCUCAGAGUUAUUCACUAAUGUGUGAAUUAUUCAGGAAUUCAAAGUGAAUUUCACAUUUAAGACCAAAGUAGCGAAUCUGAAAAUAGGAUGGACAAAGAGACUCUGUCUAAUUUGGCUAUGUUGGCCUACAUUAUGAAAUUCACUUUGCAAUCCCACCAAUUCUCACUUUAGUGAACAAGCCUGCAGGAUGGCUGAACCCACUGAUUAAAAGGAAUUACCCUGUAAGGAAGGGUAUGGGGCUUUGUAUGAGGAAUUCCAUAUUUUUAAAAUAGUAAAUAGGUCCUGAAUGUUACACAAUGGCAGGCCUCCCAACCAUCUCAAUUUAGUUCCCUGGUCUCCCACUUUUGGUGAUACAAGGGAACUGACCCAAACAAGCAUGGCAUCAGUGUUCAUGCUAUAUUAAGUACACCAGGACCCUGCAGGGAGCACUGUUUAAGUGCUCCCUGCAGGGCCUGCCCUCAGCGGGCUGGCCUUAGAUGAUACAAAGUCCCAUGGUGGGCUGGCCUUAGAUGAUAGACAGACCCUCGAUGGGCUGGCCUUAGAUGAUAGACAGGCCCUUGGUGGACUGACCUUAGAUGAUAGAGAGGCCCCUUGAUGGGCUGGCCUUAGAUGAUAGACAGGUCCUCAGUGGACUGGCCUUAGAUGAUAGACAGUCACUUGGUGGACUGACCUUAGAUGAUAGACAGGUUCUCGAUGGGCUGACCUUAGAUGAUAGGCAGGCCCUCGAUGGGCUGGCCUUAGAUGAUAGACAGACCCUCGCUGGGCUAGCUUUAAAUGAUAGACAGACCCUCAGUGGUCUGGCUUUAGAUAAUAGACAGGACCUCAGUGGGCUAGCCUUAGAUGAUAGACAGGCCGUCGGUGGGCUGACCUUAGAUGAUAGACAGGCCCUCGGUGGGCUGGCCUUAGAUGAUAGCCAGGCAGUCUGGCAUAAAUUCACACCAGGCUAAACUGCCAGUAAUUUGGCAGACCCAGUCCCCUUUCUGGGUGGGUCUGCAGAGCAAGUGACACGACCAUGUUCCCUUUACCCCCUUCCUACCAGCGUCCCUCUUUUCUGUCAAAUGUCAUCCCAAAGCUGGAAAACACCAGCAUUCCACAAGGUUGGGCAGAGCUGCUUGCUAUCAUCUGUCCAGCCCUGUAUAUUGUAGUGGUUGUGUUUAUGGUGCUAAGAGGGUGAGUGCUGUCCCACAAUGUUUUGUCCAAAAUGUAGCUAAUUAAAGAAUAACUUAGCUUAUGUUUGCAUCAGUUUGACCAUUUGAAUUUUAAUUUGCUACAAAUCGAAGUUGAGUGAAACAUCAGUGCUGAAAACGGACAGAGAGCUCAGCAACUAUUCAAUGUCAUCCACUACUCAAUGAGCAGAUUAACCAUCACCCCAGUCUGUCCAUGGCUAAACCCCAAGUUACUUACCCAGCAAGUCGUAUCAUUAUUAUUAUUAUGAUUAUUAUUUAUAUUUAUAUCGCGCCAACAAAUUCCGUAGCGCUUUACAAUGGGUGGACUAACAAACAUGUAAUUGUAACCAGACAAGUUUAACGCACAGGAACAGAGGGAUUGAAGGCCCUGCUCAAUGAGGUUACAUGCUAGAGGGAGUUGGGUAAAGUGACACAAAAGGUAAGGGAAGUAUUAGGGAAGUAGAUUGGUAUAAGAGUAUUCAAUGAAGACUUAGUGUGGUUUUUUUUGAGCCAUUUACAGUUUAAUUGAUAUGCUUUUGUGAAAAAGUGUGGAGACUGGAUGAGCGUCUAACGGAAAAGGAAAGGGAGUUCCACAGGAAGGGUGCAGCCCUAGAGAUUAUCCAAGGUGUGUGCAGGCUGGUAAUGCACAUUUUAGAGCAAUUGAGAACUGCCAUUAAAUUAUUCUUACCAGAGCAAUGUCUGAUCACUGACCGUAGUUCAAACUGUAGCCUUAUUUUGAUUGGCUGAAAACAACAAGCAAUUCGAACUCAUCUUUUAUCAUGCCUUUUCUAAAACAAAGAUAUUUUCACAGCAGUAAAGUACAUAAUAGACAUGAUCAAUAAUGUUUGCACACACUUUUAAUGAUAAAAUGAUAUCAUUAUAUUAAUGCAGAACUGAUCCUUUAAGGCAGUAAUCCCACCAAAGUUAUUCACUAUAAUGAGAACUGAAAGUGAAUUCACAGUGAAUUUCAAAUUUAAGGCCAAAGUAGCUGAAUUGGAAGCAUAAGGGACUUAGGGAAAAUUUCCAGUUUAGCUAUUUUGCCUUGAAUUUGUUUUGAACUUUAACUUUAAUGGAGAAUGCUGUGUAUUUAUAUUCAGGGCUAAUGAGCGGACCACCUCGAGGCAGUGUGGACAUUGAUCUUGAGUAAUCUGCCUUCUAAGUUACUUUUCGGGUUGUGAUGUUGUGGAGUCAUUUUAAUGGACUUACCUCCAGUUGUGUGACUUUACAAAGCUAUAGCUAUGAGGUAUUCAUUGGCUUCAACCCAGGAACAUUUAAUUGACGAGUGAUUCUCAGAACUUUAAAAAGUGUAUACUGCUCUGCAUAGUCCGUAAAGUAUGUAUGGACUGUUUAUAAAACAUACCGCAUUGUUUUACUUGCUAUAAGAAACAUUUGUUACCAAACUGGAGUUGUAUUGUUUUUCCUACCAUUCAUGUUUACAUUUUAUUAACCAAAAUGUCACAUACAGACUAUGUUCCUUUAGCAUACCUAGGGACUUGCAAUUUGCAAUAUGGGGUUUCCCUGAACCUCAUAAUAUUAUUAACCCUAUGAGCAAGAACUAGCAACCUCAAACAUUUUGUGGUUAAUUCACAAAAAUACUGAAUUGUAGUGAAUUAAAAACGGAUAUAAAAAUUGAGACAGCAAAGGCUGAUUUAGAAAAAAAAAUCCAACUCUGCCAUGGUUACUACUUAGCCCUAUUAACAGAAAUUUGACAAAAUCGAUUGAAAAACCCUUACAUCUGCAAACUAUGACUUCAAUAAUGAUCGGUUGGAUAAGAAGGUGGAUCAGCACCAAAUGAGACAUGACCUCUCAGCAUAUGUCUAAUAAAAAGUGAAGUGUGUUGGGCUGACAAAAAAGUAGGUAAAAUUAACCUAGAUGGAAAAUGAACCAUUUCCCCACCCCCCAACUCUGCAAGUUUGGCUAAACAUUUGUAACUUGACUUCCAAAUGACCAAAUUCAUUGUUUAGUGGGUAGCCCACGUAGAGUGCCUGAGUUAGCCAAACUUCAAUGCGACAAUAAUGUCUGUUCUGUCAGAAUUAUCAUUUAUAAAGUUAUUCUGAAGUAGAGGUGAAGGAAAUACCUUUCAAAAUCACCCGGGUUCAACCAGGGAUUUCCUGAGUUAACUGAAAAAAAAGACAUAGAAACUCCAAUGUAAUUCUAUCACUGCGGAAUAUGAAGGAAGUGCAAGGUACCACGUGGCAUUGAAUCCUGAGAUUGGUAAGAAAGCACUGAGGGCCCUGCAAUAUAUUUCACAUUUGUAUAUCAGUAGUUUUUUAAUUUUCUACAGGUUUGCUUGUUGUUUUUAAUUGUCAAAACACAACCACUUUAUUUUGUUUUGUUUAUUGUGUACUGUGUCAAUGUCUUUCUUGCAUAUACUGUAUAUUGUCUCUGUGUCUCUCUUGUGUGUGCAUAAUUGUCUAGUUUCUCCAAAGUUUAUAUGGUGGCAAUGUCUUCCUAUGUUGAUACUUCGGUAAAGUGUCUUCUGUUUAUAUUUGGUCAGUGUCUGUCCUGUCUAUAUAAUGUGUUAGUGUCUUCUGUCUAUAUACUGUUUCGAUAUCUUUCCUGUCUAUAUACAGUGUCAGUGCCCAUCAGUCUCUGUCCUCUCUACAUACUGUGCCUUACUGUGUCCUCUCUACAUAAUGUCUCCUGUCUAUAUACUGUGUCUUUACUGUCUAUACACUGUCAAUAUCUUUCCUGUAUUUAUACAGUGUCAGUAUCCAUCAGUCUCUGUCCUCUCUACAUACUGUGCCUUACUGUGUACUCUCUACAUACUGUCUCCUGUCUAUAUACUGUGUCUUUACUGUCUAUACACUGUGUCAAUAUCUUUCCUGUCUAUAUACAGUAUCAGUAUCCAUCAGUCUCUGUCCUCUCUACAUACUGUGCCAUACUUUCUCGUGUCUGUGCCUUUACUGUCUCUAUACUGUGUCAGUGUAUUUCCUGUAUAUAUAUUGUGUCAAUGUCUUCUGUUUAUACCCUGUGUCAGUGUCUAUCCUAUCUUUAUACUGUGUGUGUCUUUCAUGUCUAUACAGUGUGUCAGGGUCUCUCCUGUCUAUAUACCGUGACAGUGUCUUCUUUUUAUAUUGUGUCAGUGUCUCCCCUUCCUGUAUACUGUGUCAGUGUCUCGCCUGUAUAUAUACUGUAUCAGUGUCUAAUGUCUAUAUAUAGUAUGUGUGUCUUUCCUGUCUAUAUACUGUGUCAAUGUCUCUCCUCUAUACAUACUGUGCCAGUGUCUCUCCUGCCUAUAUACUGUGUAUGUGUCUUUACUGUCUAUAUACUGUGUCAAUGUCUCUCCCAUCUAUAUACUGUGCCAGUGUCCCUCCUGCCUGUAUACUCUUCUGUAUUUAUACUGUAUCAGUGUCUUUCCUGUCUAUAUACUGUGCCAGUGUCUUUCCUGUCUAUAUACUGUCAGUGUAUUCUCUCUAUAUACUGUGUCAGUGUAUAUCCUGUCUAUAUACUGUGUCAUUGUCUCUCCUGUCUAUAUACUGUCAGUGCAUUUCCUGUCUAUAUACUGUGUCAGUGUAUUCUCUCUCUAUACUUAGUCAGUGUAUUUCCUGUCUAUAUACUGUGCCAGUGUCUUUCCUGUCUAUAUACUGUCAGUGUAUUCUCUCUAUAUACUGUGUCAGUGUAUUUCCUGUCUGUAUACCGUGUCACUGUCUCUCCUGUCUAUAUACUGUGCCCGUGUCUUUCCUGUCUAUAUACUGUCAGUGUAUUCUCUCUAUAUACUGUGUCAGUGUAUUUCCUGUCUGUAUACUGUGUCAUUGUCUCUCCUGUCUAUAUACUGUGCCAUUGUCUUUCCUGUCUAUAUACUGUCAGUGUAUUCUCUCUAUAUAUUGUGUCAGUGUAUUUCCUGUCUGUAUACCGUGUCACUGUCUCUCCUGUCUAUAUACUGUGUCAGUGUAUUUCCUGUCUAUAUACUGUGUCACUGUCUCUCCUGUCAAUAUACUGUCAGUGCAUUUCCUGUCUAUAUACUGUCAGUGUAUUCUCUCUAUAUACUGUGUCAGUGUAUUUCCUGUCUGUAUACUGUGUCACUGUCUCUCCUGUCUAUAUACGGUGUCAGUGUAUUUUUCUGUCUUUCAUGGACAAUUGCUGUUUCUUUAUGUAAAUGUAUUGAGUUCAUUAUGUGACCAUCUAGGGAUGUAACAUUUUUGUAUUUGCCCUUCUGUCACUGGCCUCCCGAUCUGUACUCCUUCCUUCUGUCCCUGCCUUCUGGGUCCCUGUGCCUUCUGUUCAUAUCCCACCCAGGUCUUUCCGACACUUCUCCCUAUUUCCCCACGCUUGCCGUCUGUUGCUCCUGUCUUUGCUCUCUGAGGCCUCAUAGCCGCUAACUGUGUCUGUUUUAUCUGAAUGUUCUAAGUAUAUCUAUCACUGCUUCCCAGCCAUGGCAAGGACUAGUGCAAAUUAUUUAUAGACCCAUGUAUCUUUAACACCUGUCGAUGAACCAAAAAACCAACUUCAUUUCACUUGGCAUCACCAGAGUCCAGCUUCUCUUAUGGAGAUUUGGAUAUUUGUGAGGACAAUCACAGCUGCGUCAUAUUAUGAAUAUGUCUAACACAGCUGAUUCACCCCAAUAUUCCAUAACAAUACCCAGAUAGAGAGACAGUCCCCUCCCCCUUCUCUGUUAUUGCAGCCAGCCAAUGAGAGAUCUGCGGUAAAAGGUCCGAAGUACCAUAUGCAAGAAAGUUUUUGACAUUUUUUUUUUUUUUUUUAAUAAUGCUGAAAACAAGGUAGCAGAAAUGUGUUGCAUGAAAAAUUGAACGAUAACCGUGAUAAUAAAUGUUCCUUUUAUUUAACAAGUGUGUUUCUUUUUUAAAUUUUUUAUUUUUGCAGUGCAUAUAACUGAUACAUACAGGCAUGAGGUGCCCCAAAAGCAGUCCUCAGGCUUUACUUCGUUUUCCAUACGGGACAGGUGAAUGACAUGCACAAUUUUAUAUUAUAAGCAGGCUUAAAGGUAGUCAGGUGUACUGACAUACUGAUGAAACGGUGACAUGGAAAACAUUGUAUAUUAGUGGUUCAGAAACAGGCUUAAACUUCCAUUAUGUCACAUAGAUAAGAAAUUAGAUUACAGGAUUAGAAAAACAUAGGGUACAGGUUAAAGAUUCAUGUUGGUAAGCUCGCUGUGUGAUUGUGUGAGUGUUUUGUUUGGUCUGGAGGCUGAGAUUUCCACGGGUUCCAGGGUCCAGGGCUCAGAGUGUCGAUGAAUGGUGCCAGUCCCUGUGCCAGCAUCUGUUAUAGGCUCAGGUGGUGCUCGUGUGUGGGUGUUUUCAGAGCUGAUGGUUGCAAGUAUGCUAGUGUAUGCCUGCUGUGCGCUGUCGUUGAGUUGAGCAGUGAAAGGGUGCCAGUUAGUCAGGUGUGUUUGGUGUAGUUUGGCAGGUGUAUAGUGGUGCUCAAGGACAGGUGUGGUUAAAUUAUGGCACUUCAGGUUGGGGUUCAAGUCCCGGGUCAGCCGACCCCUCUGCAUGGUGGUAGGCUUAGGUGGCAUAGUGCGUUUGGAGGGCAGAGUUCAUGUGGGUUCCCCCGAGUGCCCUGAGCCGUCAUGAAGGCCUGCAUCCUCUGGUCUCGAACUAGGGAUCUCUCGUGGGAGGCCAAGUUCUGCCCUUGUGGGGGGCUGCAGCUUGUCCCGAUAGGGUGACUCUCUUUAUGUCGUUGGGUCAGCUGCUUUUGUUCCCCUUGUGGUCUUGAGCCCAGGUGGGCCCUUCGUGUGAGACUGGGAGCUUGUUUUAUAGGGAUUGCCCAGGGGGGAUGUGCUCUUCGCCCGCCCUACUUCGUCCCGCUUACUUGUUGUUGGAUUCUGCAAGUUUAUCCUGGAGGCAGUCGGUGAGUGCCUGCCCAGUUUGCAGUGAGGGCGCCCUGUCUCCCUUUCGGCGUGCACAUGUCUGGAAGGCGUCGGCCAUCUUGUAGUGAGCCGCCCCACUUGCACUGCGCUGUAAGGCUGGUGCUGAAGCCGUGUGGCAGCCCUGGGUUGUCGCCCGUGGGGACCGGGAUAACCCCCACUGGUCCAUAGGGGAGGGGGACAGCGAUACACCAUCCGGAGACCUGGGGGAGCAUCCGUCUGGCCCCAGCUCAAGCUCGGGUAGGCCUCAAGCCUUCGUCUGGAAACUCUGAUGCCGUGUCGGGUCGAAAGUGGUACCAUCGUGAUCAGCACUGGCUUGUGAGUGGUUUGGUAACCAUUGUGGGUCUGUGCCCUUUUGUGGCUUGGGUUUAGCUUCAGUUUAGCCGCUCAGACGCAGGAGCUCAGGCAAAGCAUGUCUGAUCCGGCCCUAACAAGUGUGUUUCUCACAUUUUUUUUUUGUUCCUAAGUUUGGGGAGAUCCAUGAGUGUCAUGCCUGACCAAAUGGAAAUCCAGCCCCAAACAUGUGACCUUAAGUAGAUUUAGCAUCAACUGGUUAGAGAUAGAAAUAUCUCUUACUGUUAGUGCUGGUUAAUCUUGGCAUGACAGCCCAGAGGCUCAUGGGAAAUGUAGUCUCCAAACAUUUGCAUUUCCAAGAUCAUCAGUCACUGGAUGGUAAAUUAAGUGGGACGGUCUUUUCUUCUAUUAGAGUAACAAUCCAUAAGCCUGUAGUUGCCAUUUUUUAUGUGUGAAAUUUCCCCUGUCUGCAUUGCUGACUCUCCGAGAUGGAUUCUGGGUAGAUGUCAAUGAAAUCUGCUAUUUACUACAACUCUCACAAUGCUCUGUCAACACAAUAAGGGUGUGAUGUGACGUUACCUCAGUGCAUAUCUGAUAUGUUUCUGAUUUCUAGUGAAACGUGUGUUCAGGGUUCUGGGGAUGAUAUUUAAACACAAUGCAGAAGGACAAGUAUUUCUAAAUGUCUUCAGAAUACACACUUCGCCGAUAUGUAUUUUUCAUAUUACAUUAGAUUUAAUGGCUAGAGUUAGUGUGAGUGUUAAAGCAGCUCUGCCGUCCCCAUAUCCAAAAUGAAUAUUUCAGAAAAUAAAAUUCUUUAUGAAAUUCCAACACAGUCAAAAGAUACACUACGACAAAGUAAGGUUUACUUGCUCUCAGUAUUUUUCCAACGCUUGACAAGUUUAAAGGGACACUAAAGUCACCAAACAACUUUAGCUUAAAGGAACACCAUUGGAUCAGGAACACAAACAUGUAUUCCUGACCCUAUAGUGUUAAAACUACAAUUUAGGUGGCUUGCCUUCCCUUAGCCCCUUAGAAAGCGUUAAAACGCUCGCCCACGAUCCACCUCUUUGGCUGACAUCAUCAGAAUUGAUGAUCUCCGCCAAAAUUGGCUGAGAUUGCCAAGAAGGCGGGGUAGGGGUAGGGCCAAACGCCUGCCAGGUCAAUCAGCAUCUCCUCAUGCAGAGGAUGGCGACACUGAAUGUCAGUCACAUUGUUCAGCACUAUCCUAGGAAGCACCUCCAAUGGCCAUUUAAGGAGCUUUAAUGUAAAAACUGCCUUUUCUCUGAAAAGAAAGUGUUUACUGCAAAAACCCUGAAGGGAAUGAUUAUACUCACCAGAAUAAAUACAAUAGACCAUAGUUGUUCUGGUGACUAUAGUGUCCUUUUAAUUAAGUAAUUUUAGUGUAUAGAUAAUGCCCCUGCAGUCUCACUGUGCAAUUAUCUGCAAUUGAGGAGUUAAGUCACUUUGUUUCUGUUUAUGCAGCCAUAGCCAUACCUCCCCUGGCUGUGACUGACACAGCCUGAAUGAAAACAAAAUGGUUUCAUUCUCAAUCAGAUGAUUUUAAAAGUUUUUAUCUCCAGCUCUGUAAAUUGAACUUUACUCACACAAAAUAGGCUCCUGCAAUUUCUAGCAAGCUAUUAGCAGAGCAGAAAAUAAGAAAUUCUAAAUUAAAUUUGCCAUACAGAAAGUAUAAACAUUAGAUGUCUCUUUACAGGAAGUGUUUAGUAAGGCUGUGCAAGUUACGUGCAAGGAGGUGGGACUGGGGCUGCAUAAACAAUGUGAUUUAACUCCUAAAUGGCAGAGAAUUUAGCAGUGAGACUGCAGAGGCAUUAUCUAUACACCAUAGAUUCCCAGCAUGGACAACUCAGUGGUUCACACUUACAAAGUCAAUAAAAUAAACAAUACACAAGAUCCAGCACACUCUCCUAUCUACUAAACAGCAACUUCAAUAUUGACAGAUUGUAUUAGUUUUUUUAAAAGUUUUUUCUAGGGGUUUUUUAAAAAACACCUAAUCUAGGCAAAAAAUAAUGGGGAUUUAGUUACAUUAUAUGAUCAUACAUUGCAUUAGCCUUCCACAACGUCAAUGUACCCCAUCUUUGGCAGGUCCUACUCUAACAGUCUAAUGUUUACUCUUUUGUGAAUAACUCACUUACUUGGGGGGAAAAAUUCCAUCAGAGGCUCUCUGCAGUACAAGGCCAAAUAGGGACCUGAGGUGAGGCACCUGUAACAGGGAGGGCUGCAAAACCAAGGAGUUGGCUAAACUCCCAAAUAUAUAUUUAUACAUAUAUAUAUAUGAAACAUGGGGGGUGGUUGCACUCUUACAAAGUCAAUAGAAGAAGCCCUAUACCUACUUGAAAGUUAGUUUAAUGUACAGUAUUUUUCCUGGUUAAAUAGUUAGAUAUUAUUAUUCCUUUUUCCUUCAAAGAAACAUUAGUUUCCGUGUCCAUAAUGGUCACUUGGGCCAAAAUUCUCUUAAAAGGUUUUGCAGAAUUUUCCUUUGAAAAAAAGAACAUUUAUUGUAUGGAAAGAAAAAUUCCCCGCAAUGUCUUAAUUGGGCUUAACCAACCAUUCUGUUAUACAGGACCCCUGCCAUUCACUAAUCAAUUAUAAUUUGUCUUGAUAACACACGGGCACAUUCUGGUAUAUCCAACAGAGGGCAGUGCAUGCUAAAGUUUCUAAAACUUUUCAGAUCGUUGAUAGUACAAAUGCAUCAAUACUGUGUUUGUUGGUGCUGAUAGCCUUACAGUGAAGGAGGAUAAUACAUAAUAAGACCAUCACAGUAAAAUACUUUCAAAUGGUUUGUUACAUGAGUUACUUAAAAAAAACAAGACACAGUUUAUGGAUGUGAACUAAUAAAAUAAAUAUUUAAUUAAUUUUAUAACAUGGAAAAUAUUGCAAACAUGCCUUUAUAUAGUUUUUGUCUUAGAAUGUAAUGUGGUUCAUAACCAAAUUGUAAAAAGUACGCAAUAAUUGAUCAGAAUUUUUUUUUAACUUGGUUAUUCCCACAGAUUGGCUUUUUUCAUUCAUUUAUUCUUUUAAAUUAUUUUUAUGGAUGCCGUUGCAAGCAGGUACAUUCAUAUACUUCACCCAUAAGAAUAGCGUUAGGUUAGCGUAUGGUCAGACAUACAUUACUGUUACAGUUAUAAAGAUUCCCUAGUAAACUGAUUGUCACUAACAGUGCCAGAACGAGUGGUUGGAGAGAAGCCAAAUCCUCAGUCUAAAUCUAUAUCAAAUGUCCUGGCACGCUCAGUCUUGUUAAGUCGAGAAGGAUAGAGCACCCGAUACUUGCUGUUACAGAAGAAGCCUCUGAAGAACACCACAGACUAGAGUAGUUGGUCACCAGGUGGCCACUUACUGCUAGUCCUAGACAUUGCAAUAAACAUCACUAUUAACAUUUAUAUAGCACCAAUAUAUCACACAGCGCGUUACAAUUAUAGAAUGGGGAUAUUAGAGAAGUUUCCUGGUUCGAAGGCUGUGAUGUUAAAAUUGCUCUAACUAGCCAAUAUAUAGUAUGCAAGUAAAUUAGGCACAUUUUAGGUCAUGCUGAGUGUUGGAAGAGAGGACCAUAAAGUGUGGGAUCAUGUCCAAUAUUGGCACCCCUAGGUGGUACAACUCUCAUAAACCUGUAUUCACUGGGAGUGGGCACCUGGUGAUAUUGUUAAAGUCACCCAGGAUCUUACACGCAUGGUGCCUUCUCCAGCUUCCCAGGUAUUUGCAGGUAUAUUAGGUUUCAUUCUGGAGUAUAUUUUUGCGCAGAAGUUUGCAAACAGCCUCUGCAAGACUUACUCUAGGCUGUGCAUUCAUCAAGAAGUGGGUAUGCAGUCUACUUCCUUCUCCAUGACCAACAGGUGUCAUAUGGAGUUGCCAAGCAAGAAGACUGACCGCUUACCCUGACAAGUACUCUGUUCACACCAUGGUAGACCUCAGAUCAUCUGGCCCCUUCUAGAAGCUCUUAUGAAGCAGUGUAAGUGUAAGAAAGUAGACACGUUAGUUCUCUCUUGGGGUUAUCCACAGCAUUACCUUGUCGAUUGUGGAGAGGUACAUUAGUUUAAGAAACCACAAAGAUAUGUGUUUCAAUUUGCAACACAAAAUCUAAAGAGAGAUGCAUCUGUAAGGCUCGGCAGUCAAUCCCUGCACCAUGCUUUGGCCUAAUUUUUGCUUUUAAGGCCUCAGUUCUCUACCAUUCAUUAUUUAGUUAAUUAUUUCAUGUAUAAUCUGCAGACGGAGUUUAAAAAACCCAACGGCAAAAAUUCAUAUAUUCAUUCUAAACUUAAAAAAGAAAAUUAGACUGAUCUGUAUUGUUAUUUCAUCAAGACUUCAAAUCAAUAAGAAUAAAUAAAUAGAAAGAGCUGAAUUUAUUAACAAACCGAUAAAUGUUUAUCACAAGUGAUAAAAAAUGCAUACCUCCCAUGAAACAUUGCUUGGGACAGUCUAAAGAUGUACUUGCUUUGCAGUUAUGGGACCUGUCCUGGUGUCCCCAAAAAUAGCACACCAGAAAAGAAACUAGGGACAGCAGAACAGGAGCUUAAAUUUAGGACUGACUUUCCAAAUCCGGGACUGUUGGGAGCUGUUAUAAUGUCUCCUUUCAUUUUUCCCAGACUUUUGAGUAAGCAUGUGAAGUAAAAAUUUAUCUUUCAAGUGUAUUAUCUCUGAAAUCCUUGUUAUUGUCAAGCACCAGAAUUCCAACAGGGAGUGUGUUAUGCAGUAUAAUAAUUUGCGUGAAUUUUGUAGAACGCGAGGAACAAGUUGAAAUGUCAACCGUGAUAAACGUUUUAUUAUUUGUAGCAAGAUCAAGAGAUUGUAUGUUGAGGGAGGGGGACAAACUUUAUAUUUCAUUUAUUGGAGAUUCUUAUCUUGCAAUAUCCACUGCAAUCUGACAGCUACAUGACAUGCCUGAACUAAAAAAGACGUCAUUCAUGCAUUCAUCGAAGAGUACCAGACGCGUUUCACCCAUUCAGCAGAUUUCAACACAUUCAGACAGUCAUUCUGAACUGGUCGGAUCUUGUUAAUAACAACUGGACGUUUCGAGAAGUGACACUUAGUUUCCUUGCAGUGUUUUUACUGACUGUGGGGACCAGACAUAUAUUGUUUUAUUUAUUUAUUUUUGCAAUUCAUUUUCCAUAAAGAGGUUUAUCUAAACAGACAAGAUAAACUUAAACAAUCAGUAAUCAUAUUCUUUAAAAAAAAUAAAAAAAAUCUAAUUCUCAAUACAGCUCUAUGUUUUUAUUUUUUAUAUAUAUAUAAAAAAGGAAAUGUAACUGUAUUUAAUCCUCAUAAUUUAAAUGGAACGUUUAGUUUAAAAAAAAUGUCCCCUUUUUUUAAUGCAUUUUGUAAAUAAUGCAAUAAAAAUAUAGAAAUAAAAAAAUAAAAAUAAAGAAUCAAAGAAAGUGGUGCCUUUCAAAUGUCCUAAUGGUUCUGUGCCCAGACUGCAGAUUUCAGUGCAGGCAGAACCCUUCCUCGCCGAGAAGAGGCUCCAUAAAUCCGGAGUUUCUCAUGAUUGUCUACGAAGGCUGAUUGUAUCCCAUAAACCUCUGUCUUGCAUGGGUUUAUAGGACAAGUUUUUCCCUGGAUCAAAUAUACUCAAAUAAGGGCAACUGGUCUGUAAACUGAUAACAGCCAUAGUGCAACUAAAUUAUGCUUACCCAUGUCUGUGAGUUUUGUGAAUAUGAGAGAGCGCUCAGUCCAAGCUAUGCAUGAUGAGGGGUGUACACCCACAAAAUGAUCCAAAUUAACACAGGCAGCCUGGUAAUGAGAAUUCCAUCAGCCCGAGAAAUGGGGGGCACCCAUGACAGGAACGGUGUUAAGAGACUCAAGGGUUAAGAGUGGUUGGAUAGAAACACUACAUAGACUACAGUACACACAAAAAACAAUUACAGUGUGCACAGACAGAUAAUGGCAGGUGGUGUGAUACAUAAAAUAUUUUACAAAUUGGGGUCAGGAAGUUGUAAUCAGAUCCUGCGCUGUAACCUAGUGACGCCUCUGGUUUCACAUGCAGUAUUAAGUAAAGAUGCUAGGAUGCCUAUAUUUUAACUGCAAUAGCCUUUACAUUUAGUACUGUUCAAAAACAACCAAUACUCAGCCAUACGUUGAGGGUGUUUGAGGGCUGCUGACCCCAGCAUUUAUAGCAUUGCACCUCUUAGAGUAAUCAGUGCUUUUGAAAAGUCCUUUUCUACUUGUAGAAAACUACCUCCUUAAAUAACUCUAAAACCAUUGGGAUCAGUUCCCCAGUGACAUCAUUGCAGUUUGUCUGCAACUGUUCACCCAUCUGCAUUUCUUAAAGGGUAAGUUCCAAUAAACUCUAAAAUAAGAGAGGUCAAUGAUGAGUAUAUGUUAAUACAAAUAUCGGAACGCAAUGACAGAAAAAUAAAUAGCCUACAAAAAAAUUCUAGACUUAUGACAUCAUCAAAAAAGAAAGAGAGAGAAAAAAAGAGAAAAAAUUACAUUUCAAACUCAAACUGCUACUUGGAAAAAUCUUCUCUUAAUUGUAGCUGUUUUUUUUAAAUUAAAGAAUGAUUUGGCACAGGCUCAAAACAAUAAUAAAGGAGCCUAAGAUAUAACUUUCAUUAAUGUUUUUGCCUUUUUUAAAUUUGUUAUAGUGUUAUAGUGUAUAUAGUUCUAAAGAUAGGAUUUAAAAAAAAAAAAAUUGUAGAGCGUUGCUUUUAAUUUAUUCGGAGAGAUCACGUCUAAUUCUCUCAUUAUGUCAUAGAAAACUAAAAUAUUAAUAUUUGUUCUGCAGCAUUUAGCAGGUUACCUGGGAAACCCAUUAGCAGUGACAUUGACCCCGGGGUGAUAAAUAAGAUCACAGCCACUAAUAAUUUGUUCUCAUGGAGAAAUGUGUUUAGCCAAAUCGUUACUCCGAGGUUUGGAUUGCUUAUUUAACCUUCUGACCUCGGGAUACGAUAUAUUUGUAAUAAAUAAAAGCAGGCUCAUAACUCAGGGAACUAUUGAAUAACAGUCACAAAUGGGAUAUAGAGUGGAUAUUAGCAGGCCGUGUUCGACAUAGCAAUUUAAGAGUGUUCUGCUCCACACCUUGAGCAAUAAUAGUUAAUGUUGUAUUGAACAUGUGGCCAUGGAGGCUGGAUGUUACUGUGUUACUUCCUGUGGGAGUCAUAGGUCAAAUAAAUUGCUAACAGUUUCCGCAUCUAUGGAUCCACACAUUAUUAAAUAGCUGCAGGUUUUAGUAACUGUCAGAUAAAUUGAAUGAAAAUAUGAAAUACUAUAUAAAGGGUUACUCCCAGCACCAUAAUCACUUUGGUGUUUUGAAGUGGUCAAAGGUGCACGGAGUAUGUGCAGCCUUUUACUUUGAAAAACUUCACACACAGUGGGGUGUUAUUGGAUUAUCAUUAGCCGGAACAAGAGUUCCCGGGUUGGAUAAGGUCAAUUCUAUACAAAGUUCUGUGUAUAGAAUUACAUUAAUUUAGAAAAUUGGGCAGACAAGAUGGGCCGAAUGGUUCUUAUCUGCCGUCACAUUCUAUGUUUCAUUGGGUGAGCCAUCAGCAACCGGGUCAGCAUUCGUCCGCAGCUCUGCAGAAGCCCGAAGUACUUUACCAUAGCUGGAAUAAUCAAUGUUUACCUGCAGACAUUGGAAAAUUGUGUGCCCCAUUACUAAGAAAUAAGGCCAGGGUACUCCUGGUAUUAUAACUACUGGUAUUAUUGUCACAAUCAUCUUGUGCCAUCUCUGUGGUGUGAAAGGAUCAGCGGCGAUACACCUGUCUCUAAAGGGUUGUGUACAUUGGGCCUGUCUCACAAACUAGUGCAGAGUCAUCUUUAUUUGGCCAAACUACUUGAAAAUGGUUUGUUAAAAAAACCCAGGGAAACUUAUUGGGAACAGCUUGUAACAAUGUAGAGAAAACAUGGGUUUCUAUGUCUCGUUCUCCAAUGCAAUGCAUGCCCUGGCUAUGCCAGGACUCAAGUGGAUUGUAAUUAAUGGAUUGUGAUAUUUGGAUCGUGAAAUCAAAAGAAAAUGAAGCGUGACAUGGAAAAAUAGGUUAACACAAGUUCUAGGUGAUUUUCAAUGUUUUAUUUAAUGAUGUCAUUUCCAGAAAGUGAUAAUUCCCCUUUAACCCUUGCCCUGCUAAUUCGUUAUGGUGAGAUGAAUUGAAUUCCUUUGAGUGGCGAAUGUAAUAGACUUUCUAUUAAAUAAUUGAUCAAUCUCAUGCACAACCUUUCGCUCAUUACUCUUAGGGAGACUUUAUUGUUUUUAUUUAUUCUCAUGUGUAUUUUGCACUACACCCAGGCCCCCUUUAACCCGUGGAGGACUGGAGAAGAUCAAACUGGAGACCAUCAAUAGGUGGGUAAUAACAACAUCUAUUACUAUUCAGCUGCUGAUCUGGUUAAUUCCCAGAGCAUGCGCUGAAGAGCGCUUCAAGUCCCACUGGGAGAAAGGCGCUAUAUAAAUGCUAGUUAUUAUUAUUAUUAUAAAUUACUCCUUAUUAUGACUUAUAAAGCUAUCAAAGUGUUUGCCGAGGGCAGUAGUGCAUCAUGUUAGCGUGGGCGGUUCCUAUUGGAUAAAGCAGCUCUCCUAGUAAGGAUUCACAGAGUGUGUCUUGCUUUCCCCACUACCAAACUGAACCAGGACAAAAUAACUGGAGCCAUAAUAUCCCCAGAGACAAUAAAACUUUCCAAAGCUUUUUUUUGGAGAAAAAUAGCACAACAUUUACAGGGUUACUCACUAAAGUGACAAUUCAAAGUGAAUUCAAUAAUAAUUUCAAAUUUAAAGGGACAGUAUAGUCACCAGAACAACUACAGCUUAAUGUAGUUGUUCUAGUGAGUAUAGUCGGUCCCUGCAGUGUUUUUGCUGUAAACCAGGGCUGUCCAAACCGCGGCCCCACAGAUGUUGCUGAACUACAAUUCCCAUGAUUCUUUCAAUGAAACAGAUAGCCAGAUAAUCAUGGGAGUUGUAGUUCAGCAACAUCUGGGGGGCCGCAGGUUGGACAGCCCUGCUGUAAACACUGUUUACCGUGGGAAAGUACUGGAUUGGCUGAGAUCAUCAAUUCUGAUGAUGUCAGUCAAAGAGGGGCAUCAGGGACGGGGUCAACACCACCAGACUGUAAAUAAGGUACAUUUUCUUACCUUUUAAGGGGGAUAAAAGGGAACAAGUCACCUAAAUGGUGCUUUUAACACUAUGGGGUCAGGAAUGCAUGUUUAUGUUCCUGUCCCUAUAGUGUUCCUUUAAGGCCACAUUAGCCAAAAUGAAAGCAUAGCUGACUUAGAUAUUUUUUUACCUUAAAUUACACAUUAACUUUGAAUUCUUACUUUAGUAAAUAAUCCUGUUACUUUUUCUUAUUUUUCAUUGGCAGCUUUACUAACGAGAUUUGUACACUUCUAGCCAAUUUAACUUAUUAGCUUUAAUGAAUUGCCUGAUAAGAAUCCCAAUGCCAUUACUGGUAUUUAUUUAUUUAAAAACUAAUUUAAAAAAAGCAAAGGACUGUAUUUAAACGGUUACAGUCCUGACGUAAGUACGUCUGUGGAACCUUCAGGUGGCCUGAAAACCACUGAUCUCCACUAGAGAUGUCGCGAACCGUUCGCAAACUUCCCGCGAACGGCUCGCCACGGUUCGCCACGAACCGUUCGCGGCGAGCUCCGGUCAGCUGACGCAUACCGGCCAAUCUCCAGCAGAAGCUGCCUUCAACAUGGAUGCUGUCCAGGAGGUGUGAGGGUCUGGGAGGGAGGGUCUGCUGGAGAUUGGCCGGGAUGUGUCAGCUGACCCCGGAGCUCGCCACGAAUGGUUCGUGGCGAACCGCGGCGAGCCGUUCGCGGGAAGUUCGCGACAUCUCUAAUCUCGACACAUGAAUGCAUUUUGAAUGGUAUAAACCAUCUCCCUCCCUAGUUGACACCUGGCAGAGAGUUAUGGGAAUUGCAAUCCAACAAUAGCUGUGAGGACAUGGCUGAACAAACCCAAUAUAGAGUAAUACAUCUUUUACAAAGAGGAGCUCAUGCAAGCCGGGAUUUCUUUAUAUUAAUUAGACUCCUGUCUCUAUAAUUCAGAUUUCAGCUAUUUUACACUGACAGCUGGCGGUCUUUUUGUGCUGAAGCUGGAUUGCCAUGGAAACCCUGUGCUUUCAUUUACACUUUGAUGACAAAACUUGUUGGAAAUUAUGUUAUUUUAUUAUUGUUCAUUAUUGAAGCCAUUAACAGAAGGUCCAUUGCCAUUAACAAUCACAAAAUGAGCACUAAAUGCCCCGCAAUUAGUGAUGUCCCGAACGGUUCGCCGAACGGUUCGCCACGGAUGGCGAACAUAUGCGCUGUUCGGUCCGCCCCCUAUUCGUCAUCAUUGAGUAAACUUUGACCCUAGACCUCACAGUCAGCAGACACAUUCCAGCCAAUCAGCAGCAGACCCUCCCUCCCAGACCCUCCCACCUCCUGGACAGCUCACUAAGAAUGCAGCUUCACAAUGAAUGUAAAAUGGAUGCUGUCCAGGAGGUGGGAGGGUCUGGGAGAGAGGGUCUGCUGCUGAUUGGCUGGAAUGUGUCUGCUGACUGUGAGGUACAGGGUCAAAGUUUACUCAAUGAUGACAUAGGGGGCGGACCGAACAGCGCAUAUGUUCGCCGUCCGUGGCGAACCGUUCGGCGAACCAUUCGGGACAUCACUACCCGCAAUAUAUUGUUUAACAUUUUGUCUUUUUGUCCGUUUGAGAAAGGAAUGUGUCCUUGGUGGGAAUCCACCGCACACAGGAUGUGACUCCAAGCUUGGAACAGUGAGAAUUGCCCAGAUGUGCUUACAUUUUGAUUGGCUAUCCAAAAAGGCCAACCAGAUUGAAGGAGAUGACACGUCAGAAUGGCCAUUGCCUAUAAGUGCUGAUAAUAAACUCUUUGAACCCAGUGACGAGCCACGGCUGUGCACGCUUGCGGUUAGCGGCUGUGCCGAUCUCUGCACUUGGCUCAGUCCACAAAACUUACUAAACUGUGUAUAGCUGCAGUGUGGCUCCUAUCAGUUUAUACAGCCAUGCCACUUAUCCUUUGACAACCAGAACCUCUGCUGUGGAUAAACUACUUUUCCCGUAAACAUCUGCAAGACGGGGUUUAUUAGAUAAAGCAGCCCAUAAACCAGAAUUCGUGAUUGGUGGAACCUCUUGGUGGGGAGGGAGGAGUCAGCCUGUAGACAAUCGUUUAUCUUAAGUAUAACUUUCAAAUAAAACUGAAUUGUAAGACAAUUUAAAUGCAAACAACAGACCUGCUGUAGUGGUUAUGGUACAAAUAGUUCUCCUGACACCAUCCCAUAGUAAGUAGUCUGUUUUUUACCAAAAAUGUAUGUAGAACGACCAUGUGAUAACACUCUAACCAACUUUUUCCAGUUAAUAGGGAAAUUACCUUGAACGAAUCUACCAACAAAUAAAGCAUUCACUAGCACAAAAGGAAAUGUUCCAAUCAGAUCUGAAAUUAUAUUAAAUUAAAAAUUAGAUUUUUAAAAAAAAUGCAGUUUCUAUUCUACUAUAUUGAUGAUUUGGGUAGUGAUUCAAUAAGGUUUCUUGUAGAACCUAACCUGCAUAAAAUUGGGUACAGCUUGUAACAGUGGCUCCCCUUGUGACAAAGCGUUUACGGUAUAUUUCUUAAUGAGUUAGUAAGCAUGGCAUUGUGAUUGCUUGUCACGAUGAGUGAUUUUCCUUAAUAUGUCUUAUUAGAUUUACAGCAUCCAUCCGUCCCAUGAAAGAGAUGAGUAAACCCCAACUUAAUCAUGUUGAUCUGAAGCCACCAGGGGGUACUUUGUAAGGACAGGGACAGGGGACCUGACACUUUGACAUAUAUAUUGUACAACCUGCAAGAGUUCAUUAUAGGACAAGCUGGGACCCCUUUCCCAAAGCAGUCAUUCUAAGCAUAGAGAACAUGACAGCUAAUUACUUAUGCAUGAUAACCAUUCUAAAUCUAAACAGUGACUGCGCCGCUGCAUGGACAGAGAUACACCAUAUUAUCAUUACUUUAUGUAUAUUCGAAUAACAAACACCUACAAGUUUACUUUUAAAAAAUGAUUUGAGAUCCACUAACUUCAAAACUGAGUUGCAUUUAAAAAAAAAAAAAUUUUAACUCACAUUUACUAAAUAGGAUGCUUUCUAAUUAAAAAUUGGUAUAUUACACAGGUGAACCUAAUUUAAACUGGUAAUUCCUACAUAAAUACUUGCACACAAUAUAAGAACGAUGUGGCCACGUUUAUGGAUUUGCUUUGAAAUAACCUUGCUUUUCACAUUAAACUUAAAAACAACAACAAAAAAAGGUGCAUUAUGGGAAAUAUAGUCCACAAUAUUUGGAGUGUUGAAGGUUACCUACCCAUGCCUUAGAGGGUAUAACCCAGAGUAAAGACACCUCCUGUGGCUAUGUGUGGAAUUGCAAGUGAAAUUAAAAGAGCUACAGCUGGCUGAUUAUUUUGUCAUAUCAGUGCAGACGAAGGGCAAAUGUCCUUCUGUCUGUUCCUGAAAAUAAAGGGAUGUCUGACAUCAUGUCUCAAAGAAAACAAAAAAGCGUCCUUAUCAGUGAAAAUAAGUAACUGACAUGGAUUAGAUGCCAAACAUUGGAACACGUUAUGAUGUCUGAUUGUGCUGUUUUGGUAAAAGUCACGUAUUCUUAAGUACCCCGGUCCCUUUAAGUCACAUUUAUUCAUCCUUUAGGAAAUGUCAUUCACAGAGCAGACAGUACAUGCAAAAACUAACAAAAUAGAUGUGACAAUGAGCUUAAAGGCACCCUGUUCAUCCAGCGACAGGAGAUCGUUUAGAAUGAAAUGUUACAAAACAGAUGAAAGAAGUGAGAGACCAGCCUUGUAAAACUCAAUGGAAAUGUCAUGCUGGCACUCCUCCAGGGACACCUGGUAAAGGUCUGGGCACCAAACGAGGGCUUUGCGGAAAAAUUAUAAUAAACAGAAAACUAUUCUAUUCUUGGGAACCUAAAACCAAGCAGAAAAUAGUCAUGGUAGUUUAUGUUAAAGUAUUAUUGAACUGGGCGACAGACCACAAAUCACACCAUAUUGCAGAGCACAUUAUUCCAAUUAUUUGUAAUAAUACCCCUUAAGUGCAAGACUUGCUUUAACUUGCUUUAGUCCUUUAACUUAAAGGACCACUCUAGGCACCCAGGCCACUUCAGCUUAAUGAAGUGGUCUGGGUGCCAGGUCCCUCUAGGAUUAACCCUUUUUUUAAUAAACAUAGCAGUUUCAGAGAAACUGCUAUGUUUAUGUUAGGGUUAAUCCAGCCUCCAAAUCCUCUAGUGGCUGUCUCAUUGACAGCCGCUAUGCAAGCGUCCAUAGGAAAGCAUUAUGAAUGCUCUUGCCGCGCGUGCGCAUUCAGCCGAAAGGGAGGAGAGGAGUCGGAGAGCUCCCCGCCCGGCGCUGGAAUAAAGGUGAGUUUUAACCCUUUCCUCUCCCAAGAGCCGGGUGGGAGUGGGACCCUGAGGGUGGUAGCACCCUCAGGGCACUAUAGUGCCAGGAAAACGAGUAUGUUUUCCUGGCACUAUAGUGGUACUUUAACUUCCCUUCUCACUGGCACUGUCCAUUCACAGAUUUAUCUGCUGAGAUUAGAUGUAGUCUCUCUGCACAAAGACUGUAGGUGUUUACCUCUCUAUUACUAAACAGGAGCCUAAAAGGCACACAUCCUACAGGCCUUUAUUCCAGCAGCAUGGUAGGAGUCAGAGGAGUGAGGAGAUAUUUUUUUUUAUUGUAUAUGUACAGGUCGCAGUAGCAAUCUCUCGUUCAGGGGUAGGCAACUUUCAGCACUCCUUGUGUCGUGGACCACAUCUCCCAUGAUGCUGUUACAGUCAUAACAAAAAAGGAGAGGAAAAGGGGGGAUAUGGGUAAAUUUCUCCUAUGUGGGGGAUAACCCCUAGUGAACAACUUCACCAAAAAUACAAAACUAAAGAGAAAAAAAAAGGAAGGAGAAGAAUAGGACAAACUUAUCUAAAUAGUCCUAAUAGAGUGGAUUUCCCUCUAAAAAGAGGGAAAUUGAAUGGGGAAAAUAUUAUGCCUAAUAACUAAUUCCCCCCCAAAAAAACUUAGCUUUUAAUAACAACUAACUAAAAACACAGAUCAUGGUUGGUACAAUUACCCACCUAGACAGCUAUGUGUAUAUAUAGCCGAAAGCCAGCAACUACAGGAGCAGUCUAGAGAUGAUCUCACGCUGAACUUCUAACAUAAGAUGACAGAGCGUUAAGAGAAAGUAAAUUUUAUUAAAGGACACGGAGGCUCAUAUUAUGCUUAUCUCUUUCUUUAUUAUACCUCAGCAGCAAAGAGAAGGUAUAAACAUUCAUAGAAAAAAGUUUUAACAGGUUCUCCAAGGGUUAACCCAACAUCAUACCCUUAACCAAUAGGAACAGUCCCUCUAUCUAUAACUAUUCAUGUGACCUCUCCUCUUCCUCUUUCUUUGCUGCUGCCUCAGCUAAGUACCAUCUAAUUUUAGCUCUCCUCAGAGCACCAUUUUGAUUUUAUACUGUACUUGUUUUGUUUCUGUAUCUUUAAGUUUGAUGUCUUAAUGUUUGUGUGGGUUACUUAGCCGGCUCUGAGAGCCGGCGCCUGUCUGCCUUAGGCAGAUAGACGUUUUGUUCAUUGGGGUUUCCCUCUCCCCGCCCCCCCCCCCUGCGGCGGUUACCCCCUCCCACACCUUACCGGGUAGUUUAUUACCCGUUCUUCGUUCCUCUGUAGCCGCGGCGGCCGUUUCGCGUCGCGAGCGCUCUGAAUCCAGAGCCCGCUCGCGCAUGCGCGAUAGCGGCCGCUCGGCACUGCGGCCAUUGCAGGUAGCCGGCCGGUCUUUGCCGCGCUUUUUCUCCGCGCCCGCCCUGUUCCAGAGGGCGGGCGUUCUCUCAUUGGCCAGCUGCAUUGGCUGGCAGCUUACCAGUGCUCCCUGGCGGCCAUUCCGGGGGGAGCACUUGGUAAGCUGACAGCCUUUUUGUUUGUGCCUGCAUCCUCUCACCUGCACAGUUUCUCUAGCCCACUGCCCUCAGUUGGUUUUCCUGUUAGCCCCUGCACAGAGUCACUGGGGCAUUCUUUCCCUCACACAUUGGUGCCAGUCUGUUACAAAUUUCUUGUGUCACUUGGUAAUUCAGCCAUUUAGGUGUCACUGCCCCCACACCCCAGGUGCCUUUUACUACACCUUCCUGUCAUGCACCAUCCUAGGGACCACGGGGUUGCCACCCCCAAUGAUACCUGUAAGGACACCAUUCCUCACGUGCCACAAAUACCACGUCCAUGCUCGCCACUGCGAGAAGACGUGGCAUCCAUGGAUCAGUUAAACUCGGAGGAGUUUCACUCACUCCUGGAUGCAACCAUGACCAAGUCGGUCACCCAAGCUAUAGUCACGGCUAUGGGGGCGAUGUCUGAGACCCUGACACAAUCCAUUAGUAAUGCCCUACUGGCGUCUAGCAGCCAUCCCAGCGGCCCCCGCCCCAUGGCCCAGCCUGACAAACCUGUGCCCCCCAGCGGCCGUAAGGCUACGCAGAAGACCCACCAUAUGGGCAAACACACCUCCAAAAACAGCACGACGGACAGGAUACGCCCUGUCACUACUGAGGACGUGGGGCCCCCACGCAAAAGAGCCACCCACCGGGCAAAAGCGGUGAGGACGUGGAAAUGGGCAAAAGCCCAGACAGAGACAUCCGACUCUGGUUCGGACAUAGAGGAGGUAAUGAGUGAGUCCGAGGAAAUCGACUCGUUGGAAUCAGGGAACUCUUCCCCUGAGCGCAACCUGGCAGUCAUACCAGCUAAGGGAAAAGCGCCCACGGAUGAUUCCAUCAUCCUAGACCCCCAGGGCGAGCCCCUAUUCAACCCUGACGACCUGCAGCACCCCAGGUCCACUGACUGGUUCCCAGCUGACCAUGUGGCCCAAUAUAUUGCGGCCAGAAUAAGGAAGCCCCUGGAUAAAACAACCAGGAAUAAGUUAAGGGCAGAGUGCCCACGCCCGACGGUCCCUGAUAUGGCGUGCGCCACGCCAGAGGUGGACCCCAAGAUUGCCCAGUUCCUGGGUAAGGCUGGCUGGAAAGCCAAGAAAGGGCUGGACUACUCCUUGCGCCACUGCCAGGAUAAAGUGCUCGACUCCUUGGGCCCUAGCGCAAAGAUCUUCGACUUGGUCGAAGAGACAAUCUCAGGUGGCGCACCACUAGACCCCUUAGUGAUCCGAGAAUGGGCACAACGCUCUAUCUGCCUCAUCGGCAACUCAAAUGCCGCACUUAGUACUGAGAGGCGAAAGGCAAUUCUCAUGAAAAUAGACCCCAAGCUGGUCAACAUGGCCAUAACCGAGCCUGGACCCCAGGCAAAAGGCCUCCUUUUUGGAGACAAUUUUGUAAAGGAGCUGGGCACCUACGUGAGCACAUUCACAGCCCUGGAUAAGGCACAAACAAAUCUAAAAUGGGUGUUCUCCCCGAAGCUUUUUGGAGGGGCUGGCAGGUACAGGGGCCGCCUGUCCAGCCGCCCAUCACGGAGCUCCCACCGGGGCUACCGGGGCCCCACGACACCAAGAGUCCCACAGGCGGAGACCAGAACCCCAGCACCUUUCUUCCCGGUCAGGGGCAGAUCAUGGCAACCCAGAGGUCACAGGGGCGCCACAUACGGCCGACGACCUUAUGGUAAGUGUUUUUCCUUUUCCCCUCUCUCAUACCUCGCACGUAGGGGGCAGACUUUCCAAAUUUAUCGGGGCAUGGCACAGACUCACGUCCGAUGCCUGGAUUCUCGACACAGUAGCAGGGUACCACAUAGAGUUCGUCUCACACCCAAUCCAAACCACAAUGCCACGGCGGAUGGUAUUCGCCCCUCAGGACAGGGAACUGGUGUCGAAAGAAAUCAUAGCACUGGCGGAGAAAGGUGCGAUCUAUCAGGUCGCACCCCACUCCCCAGGUUUCAUGAGCAAUCUGUUUCUGGUCCCCAAGAAAGGCGGUGGGGUAAGACCGGUGAUCAAUCUUCGCCCCCUCAAUACUUUUGUUCGAUAUCACCACUUCAAAAUGGAAGGGAUUCAUUGCCUGCGAGACCUUCUCAGGCUGGGGGAUUGGAUGGUCAAAUUAGACCUCCAAGAUGCAUAUCUCACCAUCCCCAUUGCAAAGGAGUGUCAGCAUCUCCUACAAUUCAGCUGGGACUCCCAGACCUGGAGGUUUCAGUGCCUUCCGUUUGGCCUAUCGUCAGCGCCAUGGUGCUUUACAAAACUGCUGAAGCCAGUGGUUGCGCUGCUGCGCAGCAGGGGCGUCCGCAUGAUCAUAUAUCUGGACGAUAUGCUGAUCAUGGCCCAAGACACCCUACUGCUACAACAACAUUUACAUUGGACAGUAACUUUACUACGGAACCUAGGAUUCCUAAUCAAUUGGGAGAAGUCGGUACUAACCCCCUCCCAGUCCUUAGAAUUCCUAGGGUUCGAAAUAGGGUCGGUCUUAGGGACCCUAAGCCUGCCAUCCACAAAGAUGAAAAUCAUCAAGAAGGAGAUCCGCAGAACAUUGGCUCGACCAACACUUACGGUCAGACAACUAGCCAGGAUAAUUGGACUCCUUUCCGCUUCCAUACAAGCGAUCUUCCCAGGGCCUCUACACUACAGGGCCCUACAGCGACUAAAAGCCGCGCAACUGCGCUCAGGACACUCCUACUCAGACUCUGUGCCACUCGACCACACAGCCAAGGAGGAGCUCAGGUGGUGGCUGCAGCACAUGGAAGCGUGGAACGGCAGAGCAAUCUUCGGCAACAACCCAGAUUGCGUAAUAGAAUCAGAUGCCAGCACACGGGCCUGGGAGCGCGCUGUGGACAUACCUCCACGGGCGGAAAAUGGUCCCAAGCAGAAAGGACACUACAUAUCAACUGCCUGGAAUUAAUGGCGGGUUCGUUUGCACUGAAGAGCCUCCUGGGUCCCGCAACACAUUGUUCCAUCAUCCUGAGAAUGGACAAUGUCUCAGCUGUCCAGUACAUCAACCGCCUCGGCGGCACCAAGUCCAAAAUUUUAGCAGACUUAGCCACAGAAUUUUGGCAGUUUUGCUUAGAACGCAGCAUCGCAGUACGAGCCGAAUACAUCCCGGGACUUUCGAACACCGUGGCAGAUUGGAACUCCAGACAUCUGCAGGAUACCAGCGAUUGGCACCUGAACCGAAAGGCGUUCCUACGUUUGCACGCUUUGUGGGGUCCGAUGUAUAUAGACCUGUUUGCGUCUCGGUUGAAUACGCAACUCCCGGAAUUCUUCAGCUGGAGACCGGACCCAGACGCGUUAGCUACGGACGCAUUCCUACAACCAUGGCCGAACAAACUACUAUACGCGUUCCCACCGUUCGCCCUACUGGCACGAACGCUGGUGCACCUCGACCGCACACGGACGUCCCUAGUCCUCAUAGCUCCAUUCUGGACUGCACAACCUUGGUUCCCUUUACUCAUGGAGAGGUCCAUAGAUCUUCCCAGAAUGCUGCCCGAGGAUCCACAUCUCCUCUCAGACCCAGAUGGGAAUCCACACCCUCUGAUGGCGCAGGGACAACUCAGGUUGUUAGCGUGGCUCCUUUCCGGGGUCCCUGGGUCGUGCCAAACGUUCCGCAAACAACUCUCGAACUCCUGGCGGGAGCCUGGGCUCCGGGAACACGACGAUCCUACUCUAAAGCUUGGAACAUCUGGAGUAGUUGGUGCAUGGAACAACACGUGGAUCCCGUAUGUGCCCCUGUAAACCAACUGUUGUGUUUCAUUACACACCUAUACGACCAAGGACUUGCAUAUCGGACCAUCAAUGUAUACAGGUCAGCGAUCUCGGCGGGACACAAUGGUUUCCAAGGAUUUCCAGCAGGCAAGCAUCUGCUGGUAUGCAAGCUUUUACGCGGUAUUCGAUUGGCAAGACCACCGCGACCCCGAUAUAGUACGGUAUGGGACGUGAAUGUGGUCUUAAAUUUUUUGGAACUAUGGCCACAGAACUCGGACCUCACAUUGAAACAACUUUCAGCGAAACUGGCCAUGCUCUUAUGCCUAAUAUCCUGGAAAAGAGUCUCGGAUGUCCGGGCAUUGGACGUCGACGCACGCACGUUCAGUCCAACGGGAGUAACUUUCAACAUAUCCAGACGUACAAAAUCAGCGACAACAUCAGUGUCAUAUCCGGCAUUCCCGCACAACCAAAAACUGUGCCCGAUUGCCUGCCUCAAGGAAUACGAAAUACGGACACAGGCAUUUCGAAACUCGGGACACCACGAACUAUUUCUGGCCGUCAAUUCGCCACACCAGCCAGUAUCUUCCAUAACGAUAGCCCGAUGGGUGAAGUGGAUAAUGGCUUCUGCAAACAUUGAUACUUCAGUAUAUGGGGCACACUCCACUAGAGGAGCUAUGGCAUCUAAAGUAUUCAACUUGGGAUGCAGACUGGAAGAUUUGUUACGGACGGCAGAUUGGUCUCAUGAAUCCACAUUUAAGGAAUAUUACUUUCACCCUACAGACCACGUAGCAUCAAGAGUCAUUGCACAGCUUUGAACUAGCAUAAUAUGAGCCUCCGUGUCCUUUAAUAAAAUUACCAGAUUUUACUAAUUACAUGACGUAAAGUCAUGAUUUUAUAAAGGACACGGAGGCGAAUAUUGGCCCACCCGGUAAGUAUCUCAGACAUAUAUCAACGAAAGUAGAGUGACAUGCCCACCCAAUAAACAAUAAAACAAGGGUCAUUGUGGUGUCUUAUUUCGUCUCGAUUUAAUUCGUUUUUUAUUUAAGAAAACUGUACUAGUGAAUCUGUAAUACAUCAGGCAUACGCUAAGAUUUCAUCACUAAUGUUGUGGCAAACAGUUCCUCAGACCACAUUUUACCAUAUUUUUUCUCUAUCCCCUUACAGUUUAAUUCGCAAUACGCGACACCCUGGAUGACCAGUUGUCACCGCAGUUUACACAGACAAGUUCUUACAAGUUCGGGAUAUGGGAAAGUUCGACACAACGGAUGAAGUGUUUCCAGUGUCUCCUCAAGUUAUAAUGAUACAGCUUCGGCAUGACCAAAGAAAGAGGAAGAGGAGAGGUCACAUGAAUAGUUAUAGAUAGAGGGACUGUUCCUAUUGGUUAAGGGUAUGAUGUUGGGUUAACCCUUGGAGAACCUGUUAAAACUUUUUUCUAUGAAUGUUUAUACCUUCUCUUUGCUGCUGAGGUAUAAUAAAGAAAGAGAUAAGCAUAAUAUUCGCCUCCGUGUCCUUUAUAAAAUCAUGACUUUACGUCAUGUAAUUAGUAAAAUCUGGUAAUUGUGAAAUACAUUAACAGACCAUUCUUGAUACUUUGUUGUGCAAAUAAGUUAGCAACAGAGUAUCAGAUAUGAGUCUAAACAGUCCUCCCAGGAUACGGUCUGAUAUCUAGGAAAAAUACUGUCAGUGUAUUUAGACAAAAAUAAUCGAUUCCCAAUAGAUUUAGGUCACUUAUUCUGGUAAGGACUACAGGAUCGCCUAGUAUUCAAUCAGAUACUGUAUCUUGGAUCUGAGAUCUGGCGGGUAGCGGGGGAGAGGUUGCCGACCAUAGUAAAGGAAGGGGAAGAAUAAUAAACAAUGUGUCACUGUACUGAAGCCCUAGCAACUAGUGCCUUCGAGGGCACCCCUUAACAAAAAGCCUGAUAUCUCCUCACAAUUGCUGACAGCACACCCACCCCAAAAAUCGUAUAAACGCCCUGAAAUAUAGAUAAAUAAAUAAAUAUGCUCCUAGACUGAACACCUAAACCGGGUUCCGUAUUGCCGAUAAUAAACCCUGUAACAAUGGCAGGGAUGUCAAUAUACACUGAUGGUGCAGUGGGUAAAUAGGAUAACGCCAGGUACAAGCCCCUGUCGCGCGUUUCGCCACUCAAAGCUCUUCAUAAUGCUGGCAAAGCAUCAGAUUAAAUGUAGUCCACAACAUCUGGAGUAUUGCAUAUAUAGAUGUCAGAUGCUGGAUUUUAGCAAAUCAGCAGUAGAAGCUGUAUGCAUUCAUUAUUCUCACACAAAGGCUUAUAUACUAAACUGAGAAUUAUUAUUCAGGGGAUUUUACAUUUCCAUGCCAAGAUAAAUUAUCUGGAAAAUCUAGAUAAUCUCCAAAUUUGGCAAAAAAAAUUUUUAUUAUUAUUUUUUGUUACAUUCUUCUUGCAAUUUUGUCAAUUUUAGAAUUUAGACAUCUGUAAAUAAGAUUUACGGAAACGCCGUGGGCCUUUGUCCAGACACCCAUACAGUAGGAAAUGAUCGAUUUUUAUUUAUAGACCAAAAUAAAGGUGUUUGCUUACAGACUAAUAUUUUGGAAUCUGUCUGAUGUGUAGCAAAAUAAAGGACACAGUAUGGUCUAAAUUCUUUCCCCCAAUAUUUGUGUUAAAAAAUUCAAGCCUAAAGUAUAACAUUAAAAUGUGUGUAUUGAACAAAAAUAAUUUGGUAAAGAAGGGGUUAAGCACCCUGACAUUUCCUUCCCAGCAAUGGAAUUGCUGGCACCUACAUUCAAAAAUAUCCUGAGACUCAACACUCCCGAGUGACUUCAAUUAAUUUUUUUUUUGUGUGUCCUUCUGAAAUGGCUCAUUGUUCCAAGGGUCUGUGUGUGUUCUUUUAGAGCUACGUAGAUUUCCUGCUCUUUAUGCUUGCCCGAAAAUCAGCUUUUGGCACUGCGGAUCCAAAGUAAACGUCCGCUUGGGUGCAAAAGAGUCUGGGUAAAAGUUUAAUGUAUAUACCGUAACCUGAACUUAGGUUAUCACAAAUAGGCAGUAAUUGUGUGCAAGUGGUUUUAAAGAAAGCAGUAAAACUAACAAUUUAUUGUAUUUAGGUAUUGGAAGUAUUUAGAGCAUUUUUAGAAAAUCGACACAUUUACACAGAUUAUGUGGUUGUUAAUAUUAUGUAAUUAAAGUUUCCUCUGUCCAUUCUACCAUCUUGAUUCUAAAAUAAAUUAUUCCUGGUUACUGUUGCUGAUCCGUGAUAUCACAGUUCGUUAUCUGUCCCUCCAUAUCUGCAGUUAUCUCCAAUAACCCAGCUGUUUAUGUUAUCAGGAAGCUUAGUAAAGAUUUAUGGGAAUUGUAGUUUAGCUAAAUGUAUACAUUAAAAGCCAAAAAUUAAACUACAAUAUCCAGAAAAAUGUAAAGAAUAAAAAAAGUCAGGGCCGAUGUAUUGGCUACACAGGUGUAGAUGCACAGACGAGAGCUGUGCCCUCUCCUUCUGCCUGUCAACCCGACUGUUGGUCAUUGUGCCCCCCAGGCCGGUGCGUCCUAAGGGGGCAGCCUGUGCCUGUAUAUAUAUAUAUUGUGCAUAAGAAAAGAAUCCCACCUGACAUGUCCCUUUAAUUUUCCAGAGUUGCACUUUCAUUGUCAGGCAGUUGACGUUGAUACCAUGUUGCAUCAUGUGUUUUAUGUUACCGUGGUAGCCAAAGUAAUAUGCACCUUAUAUAGAAACAUUCUAAUUACUUAAACUGACUGAAUACAUUUCCACCAGCCUAGUUGGAUGGCUAAGAAAACCUAGCAGACAUGUAGACUUUUCUUUUUUAUUUUACAAUGCCAUGCCCCCCCCCCCCACCCGUUUUAACACUGCAGUUGAAAACAUUGACAUUUUGCAGGAAUGGCCACUAGAGGUGCUUGACUGGAAAUAGUAGAGUACAACUUGUCUAUUUCUAUCAGAUGGUCUUAGAGAGACCAUCUAAUUGGUGCAGUGUGACGUUUUGCACAAACCUCCCAAUGCUUUUCUUAGUUUGAUACAGGGAUUCCCACCCUCCCAGCGCAUACAUAUUGUUAAACAAAAAUCUGCACACCAGUCAAGCCAUAAGACUUGCUUUUCCCACAGGAAUCACACAUUUGCAGUGAUGUUACUACUGCAAAGGAUUCUGGGUGGGCAUAUGCAAAUUAGUUUAACAAAGAAUCACAUUUUUGCCUCAUUCCAUUUUAAACCUGGAUUCCUUUGGGUCUGUGUUUGCUGUAUACAACAGCUUUGAAACACAACUUAGGAAAAGAUGCAAAGCCAGUAAACCACUUCAUGGACGGCUGUUUCAUUGUUAAUGCAAAUCCUCAGCAUGAGGUUGGUUACUGGUUUCCUUUAUGAAGAUGCAUCUUGAUAAAGACUGCUAGACAGUCAAAACGUUGAUCGAACUUAUGCUAUUGUAAAUACAAUCAUCUGAAUUGAAUUAAAAAAAAUCCACAGAGUGCUCUAAUUUCUUGGUUAAUACAUAUCACGCUGGGACAGCACCUUAUAGAAUGUAAGCUUGUUUCAGCAGGGUCCUCUUCAACCUAUCGUUCCUGUAAGAUUUUUGUAAUUGUCCUAUUUGUAGUUAAAUCCCCCCUCUCAUAAUAUUGUAAAGCGCUACGGAAUCUGUUGGCGCUAUAUAAAUGGCAAUAAUAAUAAUAAUAUUAAAAUUGUAUUAUUUUGUUCAUAUGGGAUGAGUGCCAGAAACAGCUAUUUUUGUAUAUAUACAUUUAUAUUUUUUAUAGUAGGAGCAGAGACUGGCCUAUUCACUAAAGUGAGAAUUCGAGGUGGAUUCAAAGUAAAUUUCAAAUUUAAGGUAAAAAUAUCUAAACUGGAAAAAUUAUCUAAGUCAGCUACUCCGCCCUUAAAUUUGAAAUUAAUUUUGAAUUCACUUUCGAUUCUCACUUUUGUAAAUAAACCCUGAAUGUGAUAAAUGCCCCUUGAAGCAGGCAUUCUUAAAAAUAUUUGCAAUAAACUUAAACCUAUUCCAGCUAAAUAAAAAUGGACCCAGGUAGCCAAAACCAUUAUCAGCAUCAGAGCUAACUGUGAAAUGACACUGCAGGCCACAUUUCAGAUAAUUUUUUAAAAUUCUGGGUAAUAGCUGUAAUCGCAGUACGAUUGUGUGAUUGUGUGACACGUGUCUAAAUUCUGCUAUUUGAAAUAUGUAGGCCAGUGUAUGCUGAUUUAUUGUUUUUUUGGGGGGGACCAGUCUAAAAAUUGUACGGUUAAUGUCUGGGAAUGUAUCACUGCGCAACAUUUUUUUAAUAUAAAUGAAUAAAUAAAUUGUUGAGGACUUGAUAACCAUGCAGUUUCCCAACAACUUUGUCCCAUGGAAAGCAGAUAGAUCUGCCAGUCUACUCUAGACCAUAUAUAUGUAGCCUUUCAAAGCAGAAGAUAUAUUGUCAACUCUUAUUGACAACAUGGAGCGCAGAGUCUAUAAAUUAAAUUUUACAAAGUCUGGAAAGAGUUAACACCGCUGGGAUUGGCCAUGUAAUGAUAAUAUGAUUUUGGUUAUUUAACCAGGAAGAACAUGUAGUUUUUGCUAGUUUAUUAGUAUCUCAAUGGAGCUGGAUGAUGUUAGUCAACUCAAUAACACUUGUGUUGUUGACCUUGGAAUGAUGAAAGGCAGCACUGACUGGAAUAAAAGAUGCUUUAAAAAUAAUAUCAGGAAAUAUUACGUUACUGAGAGGGUAGUGGAUGCAUGGAAUAGCCUUCCAGCUGAAGUGGUAGAGGUUAAUAUUAAAGGAGUUUAAGCAUGCGUGGGAUAGGCGUAAGGCUAUCCUAACUAUAAGCUAAGGCAUGGGACUAAUAAAAGCAUUUAGAAAAUUGGGCAGACUAGAUGGGCCGAAUGGUUCUUAUCUGCCGUCACAUUCUAUGUUUCUAUGUGGGGCACCGAGGAACUGAAGCAAGACAGUGGGACUAAAUCCUAAAAUCUGGACUGUCUCGCCAAACACAAGGCUGUUGGGAGGUGCGUUAUUAAGAUUUGAUUUUGCAAAAAAAAUAUGGAGUGUCUCUUUAAAUCAUCUACAAGGUAGCAUUUUCAAUGAAUAUCAUUUUUGAUUUAUGUAUUAUUAAUCAUAAUCUUAUUCAGGAGAAGAUCUACAAGGUAUAUAAUAACUAAACUGGAAUUUAGUUGUUAAAACUAGAGAAUGGCAUGAAAGAGGAAUAUUUCUAAAUUCAGGCUGGCUGGGGGUGCUGAGAAUUGUUGUUUGACAAGUAAAUAUCUGCUGAAGAUAAGUCUUUUUGGUUGAUUAGUGUUAAAUAAACCUCCCCAGGGUCUGUUUGUUCUCGUCUUUUUGGAGCACUGAUUGGGUUAAGACAUCGAAGUCAAGCCCUUAUUUCUCAGAGUAUUAAAUUCACUUCUUUCUAAUUAGUUCAUCAGCCAAAAUGCCACAGGCUGUAUUUUAACUUACAGAUCGAAAAAACACCUUCAGGGAUCAACUCCUACUGCCUUGCUCAAGGUGUGGAUAGAUCUUUAACCUGCUGCUAAAUCUGGACUUUUUGGGAAACGAGAUUACUUUACGGAAACCAUUGUACAGGUCCGGGGUGUACUUUGUAUAAAGUGAUUUAAAGGGACACUAUAGUCACCUGGACAACUUUAGCUUAAUGAAGCAGUUUUGGUGUAUAGAACAUGCCCCUGCUGCCUCACUGCUCAAUCCUCUGCCAUUUAGGAGUUAAAUCCCUUUGUUUAUGAACCCUAGUCACACCUCCCUGCAUGUGACUUGCACAGCCUUCCAUAAACACUUCCUGUAAAGAGAGCCCUAUUUAGGCUUUCUUUAUUGCAAGUUCUGUUUAAUUAAGAUUUUCUUAUCCCCUGCUAUGUUAAUAGCUUGCUAGACCCUGCAAGAGCCUCCUAUAUGUGAUUACAGUUCGAUUUAGAGAUUGAGAUACAAUUAUUUAAGGUAAAUUACAUCUGUUUGAAAGUGAAACCAGUUUUUUCCUCCUAAAUGGCAGUGAAUUGAGCAGUGAAAUUGCAGGGGAAUGAUCUAUACACUAAAACUGCUUUAUUUAGCUAAAGUCGUUUAGGUGACUAGAGUGUUCCUUUAACUAUUCGGCAGUACAAAGAGGAGCGAACACAGGGAGGGCUGUUUAUGGUAAAUUAUGAUAUUUUUUUUCUUAUUACUGGAUAUAUAUGUCACCACUUACUCUUGGGCAGAAUGUAUCAUUCAAAUCGUACAACGGACAGAGAAGUAAAAUCAAACAAGUCAAGGACUCACUCUAAAUGAGCUGUCUAUAUUCAAUUAAUUACUUUCCCUCCUAAGCAUAUGAUCUAUACAUAUUGCAUGGUAACACUUUUCCUGUACUGUCCAUUACUAUGAAGAGGUGAAAUACGCACGAGAAAGCAUGGAGGAUCUGGAGACCCUAACCUCUUUUCUGUUUUUUAUCGACUACCAAAACCCAAUAAAACAUCCUAUGACCCUACCUAGAAGAGCCGUGUAUUUAGUUUAUAUAUAUUAUUAUUAUUUAAAAUAUAUAUAUUAGUUUUGUCGAAUGAUGAGUGAGGUACAUGGCAUUUGCAAUACAUGUUUCACCAGGUGUUUCAUGUAAUCCGAUCCAAGCAACCAGUUUCUGUUGGCGGAGGUACAGUGGUGCCCAUCCAUCAUUCACAAUAGCAUAAUACAAACAAUCCAAUCCAGAAUAAGAGAAGACUCUGCUACACCCACGACAAAUAUGUGUCUCAACAUCAGGUAAGAGCAAAGAAUUCCCCAAGGGGGUAAUUACAGAAGCAGAAGAUCACAUUUUCCCAAAAGAACUGAACAUAACCCUAGGCGAAAGAAAAAAAUAGAUUACAAAACAAGACAUACAGCUACAGCAUCUUCGGAGGUGUGAUUGCACACACAGUCAGCCAGACUCGGAUGUGGAAAGAGGAACACAGUGGUCUACAAACUCAACCAUUGUAGGUUGACAAUCGAUUAAAGGAAAAGUCCAUGGUGGAGCUGGCAGAGUGAUUGGACUUGAUCUCAGUCUUUAAAUGUUUCCAUAACAUUAUCAGUUGUCUUUGGUAUCAUGAGGGAGAGCCAGGUCUACAGUUCCAGGUCAGUACCAGUCUCCUUACUCCCAGAUCUAUAGAAAUGUUUAGUAAUAGUGCACUUUUUGACGUCGGUGGCUUAUAUGGAGAAUCAUCGAGGAACAACAGUUCAACGUAGACCAUUAAGUUGUUUUACCUCUGGUGUGAAACUUCAAUUUUCAUCAUGAUUGGUAGACCUUUGGUUCUCAUAACAUCAUGGGAGCUGUACUUUCAAAUAAGUGGGAGAGCUAAGUGUUGUAGACCCUCCUAAGAAGGAUUGCCAUAUGGCCUGCAUUGUUCAUGAGCUCUUGAAAUGUAAUCAAUUAAUAAUCAUGACUGCGAUCUCAAAGGAAUCACUGUGAUUACUUUAAACGGAACUAUUGCAUCUGUGAUUGUGCACAACCUGAUAAACUAAAAGUUUGCUAUCAUUUUUGAUAUUUUUAUUCGCCUGUUAUCUUUUUUCUUUUUUUUAAAAAAAGGCAUUGACACUUCCCAGGGAUCGUAAUAUUACAUUUCCUUAUUCCCAACGUUUAACAUUUAAAAAAAAUCUUUAUGGGGUCUAAAAGAAAGAUUUAAAUGUAAAAAUCCACCUUGCUGUGUUUACCUCCAUUUUGGAAGUGGGUGCCUCCAUCUUGGCUUCCUGUCAGUCAUUGUUAUAAACUUGGCCAUUUGCACCUGCCAGUCAGCCUAGGCCCUAGAGAGAGGAAGAGGAAUUGGGGAUUAUAUAUAAAAAUUAUUUCACUCAUUUUUUAGACUGUUUUUAUUUAUUCCAAUAUUUGUGCCAAAGUAUUCCUUCCUGUGCCUCCUCCUUCAUUAAUUAAUCCUGUUCCAUUUUGACUCUUUUUUUUUUUCUGUUUCAAAUGUGUCAUUCCCAAUGUAUGAGGAAGAGGUGUAAAAAUGUAUUUUUUUCUGAUACAUUUUCUGCCACUGUCGAAGUGGUGAUUUUUCUAAACAGUAACCUGCUCUCAUGGUUUUCGUUCAAGGAAUAAAAAUAAUCCUUCAGAUUACAAAUAAAUAUUUUUUUUCCUAGUAAUAUUAACAAUUUCUCUUAUUUUAUAAAUGAAAUCUGUAGUAAAAUCAUCUUGAAAAAAUUAGCCCAUAAUCCAAAAGAGAAAUAAAAAGUGUCAAAAAGCUGUAUUAUUUUGGCACAUUACAGAAAUAGCGGACUGACAUUUUUAUACAUGCUAAAAUGAUGCACACACAAAAAAAUGGCACAAACAGGAAAGCAUGGCAUACUCAGAUCUUACGGCCUGAUUGGUGUGUGAAGAUCUGUGUUCAUAGGUGUGCGCAGCCUAUUGUGUAAGGGUGUGUACCCUAAAGCAGAAACAUAUAUACACAUACACACACACACACACACACACUGCUGUGUGUGUGAGGGUGCUGUGUGUAGGUGCUGUGUGUGUGUGUAGGUGCUGUGUGUGAAGGCGCUGUGUGUGUGCGGGCGCUGUGUAUGUGGGCACGCUGUGUGUGUGAAGGUGCUGUGUGUGUGAAGGCGCUGUGUGUGUGUGAAGGUGCUGUGUGUGUAAGGGUGCUGUUAGUGUGUGCUGUGUGUGUGUAUGUGUAAGGGUGCUGUUAGUGUGUGUGUGUGUGAGGGUGCUGUGUGUGUAAGGGUGCUGUUAGUGUGUGCUUUAUGUGUGUGGGUGAGGUGUGUGUGAGGGUGAUGUUAGUGUGUGUAUGUGUAAGGGUGCUGUUACUGUGUGCUGUGUAUGUGUAAGGGUGCUGUGUGUAAGGGUGCUGUUAGUGUGUGCAUGUGUGAGGGUGUUAGUGUAAGGGUGUUGUUCGUGUGUGCCGUGUGUGUGUAAGGGUGCUGUGUGUGAGGGUACUGUUAGUGUGUGUAUGUGUAAGGAUGCUGUUAGUGUGUGUAUGUGUAAGGGUGCUGUGUGUGUAAGGGUGCUGUUAGUGUGUGCUGUGUGUGUGUAUGUGUGAGGGUUCUGUGUGUGUGAGGGUUCUGUUAGUGUGUGUGUGUGCUGCGUGUGUAAGGGUGAUGUAUGUGUGUGUGCUGUAUGUUUGUGUGUAAUGUGUGGGGGCCAUUUAGUUAAUAUCCCCCCUCCCUUCUUACCUUAUGUAGGGAGGGGGGACCGUGCUCCUGUCUUCCCUGGUGGUCCAGUGGAGAGGGAACUCUAGCCCCCUAUGGGGCUAAAGUUCACUCUCGCGAGAUCUGAGCGUUGCCCCGGGUCCUCUCCUGCCUCCAUCCCUGCCUGUGGGUCGGUGAGGAAGAUCUUUGAUCUCCCUCACCGGCCCACGGAGGGAGGCACAUAGCGCGUGCCGCAGGGAUUAGGGUGUGCCUAGGCACACCCGGCACACCACGUGCGCACGCCUAUGUUUGUGUUUAACAAAGUAUUGACUAUCCACUGACUUCAGGUGGAACGGGUUUUCAAUCACUUUUUCCCCCACCAAAACUUUCGUGGAUUGUGCUCCCCAAGUAACACUAAACCUCAAUAGCAAGCCAGUAACCAACCUCAUGCUGAUGUGUUGCAUUAAAAAUGAAAAAGCUUCCUGAGUUGUGUUCCAAAGCUGAUGUAUGCAGCAAACAUAAACUCCAAGGAAUUAAUAUAUAAAGUGGAAUAAAUUGGGCAAAAAGAUGAUUUUUUGUUGAACUCGUUUGCAUUUACCCAACCAGACUGUGAGAUAUUGCUGUGGGAAAAAAAAAAAUAUAUAUAUAUAUACAUACACACAUGCACGCACACAUACUGUAGUGGAUCAGUCCAUAAAAAGCUGCCAUGGACCAGGUAGAUAUAUUCCAAGUAAUUGUUACCAGUUGUAAUGUGUUACCAUCAGCCAUUUGUCAUCCAGCUAAAUGCUGAAUCUGAAAUGUAACUCUUUGGAAUGCAGGCUAUGAAAGUUUUUAUCCCAGAUUAUUAAAUGGAAUAGAAUGGAAUAUUGUUUAAACAAUCACAGGUGAUAAAUAUAACCAAUCACCACUACUAAAUAUAAAUCGUGGUACACGGCCACAUAUUUAGGCUUUUUCUAAUCGGCUAUUUUGGCCUAGAUUUUAAAAUUAGGUCUUCAUAUAUAGUUUGCUCUCUAUUGAAAAACCCUCCACGUUAAAGAACCUUUGGGCUCCACAACAAUUUAAUCACAAUUAAGUUGUUAUGGUGCUUGGAGGUUCUGGCAGCCAUCUUACCAGAAACAGUUAAACCCAUUCAGAAAAAAGCACAGCCUAUUAGUGGCGCCCGGUCCGAUGCUUCCUGAUUGAAGCCUUCGAUCCCUGAAGGAAGUUGAUGGGCAGGGCUUACAGGCGUUAUUUAGGGUUAAACCACUUGUUAAAGCUUUAACCCCUUAUGAUGGUGUCCAUGAACUCCUGGAACCAUAACAACUUCGCUGAGAUGAGGUUUAUAUUGUGCCUGUUGAUGAGUCACUGCCAGGGGAGGUGUGACAAAUGCUGAAUAAACAAACAAACAUGAUUUAACUCCUAAAUGGGAGAGAAUUGAGCAGUGAAACUUCAGAGGCGUGAUCUACACACCAAAACUGAUUCAUUAAGCUAAAGUUGUUUUGGUGACUAUAGUGUCCCUUUAAAGACACAUUCAGACGUUCAAAGCUCUCUGUUUUAAUACAUGUUAGAAUUAAUCUGGCAGUCAAACAUAUGAACGACUCAAAACUGGACAUAAAAAAAAAUAUUCAAAAAUAUAUAUAUAUAUUUUUGCGUAUACUAUAUGCAGAAAUCAAAGGGAUUUGAUUUCUGAUGUCAUAAUAAGUGAUUAUAAUAGGCUAAGUCAUUCAGGAUUUGUAGAGAAUUAAGUCAAUUAAUAGUAUUUAGGAACAUAUGCAAAUCAUGGUAAAUCUGGAAAGCCUAGAAACCACUUCUGUUAGCUGACGGUCAAUUAACCAAAUCUACGGUUUGUUCCAUGAUUAGGUAAUAAUUAUGCGAGUGAGGAAUGGUCUAAAUAAUAAUCCUAUACUAGAAUGAUUAUGGUAGAUUAUAAAUUUUUAUUCUAAAUAAACAUCUGUACCGACAUCCAAUAACCUGGGGCAUAAGCCUGUGAGAUAGCUAUGUGGGCUAAUGCAUCAUCAAUAGGAUCUGUUUGACCAUUGGGUUGCAGAGUUGACUCAGAACCUCAUCAUUCCGAGGCCAAUAAAAUGAGUACCGUUAAAUUGGGUAACAGUAACAACCCCUGGAUGUUGGGCUAAGGUAACAUCCCCAGGAUGUACUUGAAAAUCAGAGUAAUCUGAAUGUGCCUUUCUUGGUUGAAUACUUUGCUAUUAAUAUUAUGUUUAUAUAUAUAUAUUCAUAUUUUGUGUUUGUGAGAUGCAAAAAAUAAAAUAAAAUAGGAAGUAGGAAUUCACACGUCUUCAUCCUGCAACCGGGCACCUCCAACUUAGCUCCCUGUCAAUCAUAUUCAUAAAAAACAACAACAAGAUAAGCAAGUAUAUAGGGCGCUGUAACGGACCGUUUUGCCCACAAGAGGAUAAAAACCGUUUAGGCGAUAUUCCCCUUUCUCAGCUGCAUAGACAGCUACUGCAAGCACCAAUCUCCCGAACUGGAAACCCACAAAUUCACCAACUCCCGAACUGCAAACACACGAACACUGGAAACAGCCGAACUGGAGACACACGGAUAGCUGUUAGCAGACGAACAGGAAAAGCCCCCAAGCGGUUUACACUCCUGGCAAUCAGUCUCUAAAAGCAUACAGUAAAUCCCCCCCAAAGACGAGACGACACUUCGUUUUGAGGGUCAAGCAGAAUCUGGUUUACUGGGGCUAAGUGCCCGGCUUUUAUGCAGGUCUCCCAACUGGUGGACACUCCCCUAGGGGACCAAAUGGGAAACUGGGAAACAUAUUGGCUCUUAGCCAAUCACAUACAUACACCUUUAAACACUCCCACAAUUACAUCACAAUCCCUCCUCGUUGUCCUGGAGAUAAUUGGGAAGUAAUCAAAUUAUCUCCAAAGACAGAGGCAAAACUCCAUUAACCACAUGGCAGUAACAAUACAGUAAAAGACAUAAAAUUACAUACAGUCACAUUUAUUACAUAAAACAUAUACAUUCUACAUAUCCCCAGAUAGCUUAGAUCUGAGCGCACAUUACUACCGAAUGGCGCUCAGAUCACAUACAUACAGUUCAAUUGCCAUGGAGCCAAAGUCUUUCCCAUAGUCUUUCGUUACACGAAUAGGCUCCAUGGCUUAGCUAUCUGGGGGAUGCUGUUCAUCCGGCGAAACUACUGAAUGAACAGUCAUUCGGUUCUGCUUACCGAAUGGGAAGGUAAGGAGGCUGGCGGCUCAGCGGUGUUCGCGCCAAUAAGUGUCAGUUUUCAGUUCCAUAGUUUGGGCGCUGAACACCGCUGGCCGUUCGGGAGGUAAAAUGGCCGCUGCCAUGUGUUCGGCAGACGAACAAAGGCCACCCAGCGUUCAUCAAUUAAGCUGCGGUUAACCGCAGCUUCUGGGCGGUCAAUUGACGGCACACUCCAGAUCCCAGGUGGUCGAUCGUUCGGUAGUUUGUUCGGUAGAUGGAAUCUACCGAACACCCUGGCAGAAAGGCAUGAAUAAACCUUUCAGCAGGGAAAAUCACAGCUCUGAACUGCUGGGCCAUAAUCUAAAGGGAGCAGGCGAGCAACCAGGCUUCUCCAGUGUAUAGUGGUGAGGUUGGUUCCGCCACAGGCGCUAUAUAAAUUCUCUAAAAUAUGGGGUACAUUGAUAAAUAUUCUGCUUAGCAGCACUUUAGAAGUGUAUUAGCUCUAAAAACACUCAAGUAUCAAACAACAGGAAAAUAAAACUGUCUGCAAACGUUUGUGCAUUGAGAUUCAGAUCAAAGUGCUUAAUGAUUAUUGUCAAAAUAGCAACAAUCUGUGCAAAUGUAAGCAAAUCCCAAGUGCAACGUUCAUUCAUAUGUGUAAGUGCUUACUGUGCCAAGUUACACACUGUAUAAAUUAUAAAUACUUAUCUUGUAAUACUUGGCCACAGCACGUAAUUCAACAUGUAAAAGAAAAACAUAUAGUGUAAUAUUGCAAAUACACCAAUUAAGAAGAACCAGAAAUGUAUAUAGCACUCACAAAUGUUGAGCAGGUAAGAGACUGCUUGGGCUAUGUGUGCUUUUAUAUAUAUAUCCAAUAUCCAGCUCUUGCUGCAGCAAACGAUUGACAGCUGAAGUAUAGUUGUACAAUCUUUAUUCCAAUUUUAAAAGCAAAGACACGUCAACAAAACCACUAUGCCUCACCAGUCCCUUGAUUAAGCAGGAUAACAAUAACCUCGGUAUUGCCAGUCGCAGUUUGUGCUCGUACCAGUGGGCGGGGUUAGUGAAGUCCUCCGUAUGAUGUAAACGUGUAAUAGUGUAGUUACGAAUGGCGUGAUGACGCGUUUCACCUCUAUUGACUUCCCCUGAACACCAUCUGAGGAGGUUAAUAGAGGUGAAAAAAAGUCUCGUCAUGUCAUUCGUAACUGUUUGUCUUUUACAAGUUGCAUUACGUACUGUGGUCAAGUAUUACAAGAGAACUAUUUAUACUUUAUACAGUGUGUAAUUGGCACAAUAAGCACUGACUUUGUGAACACUUAUGAAUGAAAGUUACACCUUGGAUUCGCAGUAUAUUUGCACAGAUUGUUGCUAUUUUUGCACCUUGUUCUGAAUCUAAAUGCACAAAGGUUGGCAGACACAGUUUUAAAGGCACAGCACACUUUAUUUUUCUGUUGAAUCGUAUUUAUCAGCUCUGCUCUUUGCACCUAUCAGCACACAGAAAGAAGUUUAAAUUUGGUAAUAACCAUAACAAUGCUUCAAUACUACUAUCCGAUAACCAUCCUUUAAACUUGGUGCGUAAUUAGCGCCCUGUUGCUGGUGAAGAACCAUCCUUCUUAUCCCCAGUGUUGUGUGUGGAGAGGCUGAGUGAGUGAGAUAUGAGUGUCUGGAACUGGCUGAGUGGAAGUAGGAUGCAAAUGGUUGGCUUGGUGUAAUGUGUUAGGGGUUGACUGAGUGUGAUGUGUGUUGAGUUUGGAUGUUGGGGAGGUUUGUAUAGGGAGGCAGGCAGCCCAGUUGAGAACAUCAUUAGAAGAGCUUGUGCGGUGCAGAAGGCACUAGGACAUUGUACUAAAGGCUGGGGAAGGCAGGGCAGGCUGCCAGUGGAGAGGCCUCCACCAAUUCUAGAUAUAGGUGUUGCUAGUUAUGUGGGUCGCCACACUGGUGAUGCCCUGUCAGGCCACCCUGUUCUGGUUCUCCCCUCCCAGUUGUUGUGAAUUAUGCAUAGAGACCAAAGGCACCAUGACCACUUUAAAUCACUAAUGUGGUCAUGGUGCUUGGAGCUCCCUGCCUAAUCAAGAACUUUCAUACCAGACAACUGUUUUGACCUCAGUGAGGCAGUCCUGAUCUAUGACCACUUUGCUACCAUCACAGUUUGGUUCUGCCAGGGAAGCCUUACACAUUGUUAUUAUUAUUGGUAUUAUUUACAAUGUAUUUUUACAUUUGAAACCAAUCUUUUUAUUUGCAUCCAAAUUGCAUUUACUUAAUACCAAAAGUUUAUCCUCCCUAUACUAUUCAGCUAUAUCGAAUUUCACAUUUUUGAGAAGGUUUUGGGCUUAGCUGAAUGUUUGAUUGAUGAAGUUUAUAUUUCAUUCUUGUCACUCACCAUAAUGUUUAUAGUCAUGCUAUAAAUGGCUUGGAACGUUUCCUACCUGGGAGAAUGGAAAAGGUUCGAUAUAAAUAUGUCAGUACUGGGAAACAGAAAAUGGAAGGAAUGUUUAAUUUUGCAGGAAAACAAUCAUAAAUUUGGUUUUUAUUCACCCAGAUAUUAAGCCCUAUAGAUUGCCCUGAACAGACCCAUAUUUCUUCAGGGGAAGGAGGGAGGGAAGAGAGAGAGAGAGAGAGAGAGAGAGAGAGAGAGAGAGAGAGUGUGUGUGUGUGUGUGUGUGUGUGUGUGUUAGUUAAAUGGCUAUGUACUACCAGUCACAAUUUUAAAAAUUGCCAAAUAUAUGUUUAAUUUGUCUUGUUUGUGCUUUAAUUGUCUUAAACCAAGAUUAAGAAUAUAAUUGUGCUACUGUAAAUAAUAAAAAAUGGACACAGUAAAUAUCACUUCUACAAUACAGCAUGUUAAAAAAACGAACAAAACAUUAAUAUGUAGUUUUAAAGGGGAUCUGUCAUGCCUGAAACCACUCAUUGCUCUUUUGAACGAUCAUGACAUUUCAUCUAUACAUUGUGCUAGGACGUUUGCUGACAGAUGUAUAGAUUGAGAGUAAACCUGUUUAAAAAUAGGUAUUUAUACACCACUUCUCGGUCAAAUAUUUGGCAUAUACUCUAUGCCAACCAUUUGGCUGACAAGGAGAGGACCACAGGUGGUCCUUCUGCCCUCCCAAGUAUUGCAGUUACAGCGCAGAUGUUGCAAUGGAAACUUUGCACAUGAUACAUUACAUGUAUCUUUGAUUGUAUUGGGGGUGAUUUAAAAAUUGUAUUUGCCUGCAUCCCCUCCUUCUCCCCCCAACCCCCACUUCCCCCGCUACCCCCUCCCCCCCUGCAGCACAGAAAGGGUUAAAAAACACUUUGUCAUUUACCUGAAUUCAGCGCGAGUGUCCCUCACCCAGUGCACCCAGACCACUUCAAUGAGCUAAAGUGGUCUGGGUGCCUAUAGUGUCCCUUUAAGGUAAAUUGAUUUUUCCUUAACAAGUUCACAUUAAUGCUUGGUUACUAAUACGGCAAAUAGUUUAAACUUAAAGAGUCGUGAAAAGUACUAACAACUCAAUUUUUUAUGUUUAAAGGUACACUAUAGUCACCUGAACAACUUCAGCUUAAUGAGGUUGUUCAGGUGAGAACAAUAGCUCCCUGCAGCCCUUUUCAUGUAAACACUGUAUUUUCUGAGUUCAUAAAUGCCUAAUUCACAGGAGGCAGGAGGCAGGAGGCACCGUGAACACGUAUCCUGUAUCCUGUAGUAACCCGGAGCCUGUCAGCAAUCAGCCGACAGUGUGGGAUCACCUGCACACAAUGUCGGCUUGGGCUGACACGCUGACAGGCUAAAGGCAGAAGGCAGGAGCAGGAGGAUGCAGAGAUCUACUGACUUUAAACAGUAAAAUAAGUACACUUAUUUUAAAACUUGUGAGUGAGAGAGUGUGAGUGAGAGAGUGUGAGUGAGAGAGUGUGAGGGAGAGAGAGUGAGUGUAAGAGUGAGUAAGAUUGAGAGAGUGGGUGUGAGAGUGAGUGUGAGAUUGACAGAGUGAAUGUGAGAGUGAGUGUGAGAGUGAGUGAGAGAGUGAGUGUGAGAGAGAGUGAGUGAGUGUGAGAUUGAGAGAGUGAGUGUGUGUAUGAGAGUGAGUGUGUUUGUGAGAGUGAGUGAGAUUGAGAGAGUGAAUGUUAGUGAGAGAGUGUGACUGUGAGAGUGUGAGUGAGUGUGUGUGAGAUUGAGUGAGAGUGUGGGAGAGGGUGAGUGAGAUUGAAAUUGAGUGUGAGAGAGUGAGUGAGAGAAAUAGAUGGAAAUAGAUAGAUAGAGAUAGAAAUAGAUAGAUAGAUAGAUAGUUAUAAAUAAAUAUGGAUAGCAAGAUAUAGAUAUAUAGAAAUAGAUUGAUAUAGAGAUAGAUAAUUAGAUAGAUAAUAAGAUAGAUAGAAAUAGAAAUAGAGAGAUAGAUAGAAAGCGAUAAAAAUAGAUAGAAAAAGAUAAAUAUAUAUAAAUAGAUAGAUAUAGAUUGAUAGAUAUAGAUAUAUAGAUGGAUAGAGAUAGAGUGUGUGUGUAUGUUUAACAAUAUUUAUUUAAAAUCUGUGUGUUUUAUUUAUAGUGUUUGUAUACUUACUUUGGGCUGGAGGGUUGCCAUAGGAGGGGGCGGGCAUAGGCAUUCAAUGCCGCUCUAUGAAGAACCUGAAUUGUGCAGCGCGAAACGCGCAUACGGCUAUAAAAGUUUAAAACUCACCUCAUUACCAGCACCGCACGGGUCCGCCUGUUCUGGCACCGCCCCCUUUGUGACAUCAUCAAAAUGCGUGAUUUUAGCCAAUCCAAUGCUUUCCCAUAGGGUGGGCCAAAUGCCGUUUUUGCCAAUCAGGACCUCCUCAUAGAGAUGCAUGAAAUCAAUCCAUCUCUAUGAGGAAAAUUCAGUGUCUCCAUUCAGAGCGUAGGGAUGCUGAAUGUUAGGGCUGCUUUUUCGGCAGCACUGACCCAGGAAGUCCCUCCAGUGGCCAUCUAAGGAGUGGCCACUUGGAGGUGUUCCUAGAGGCAAUGUAAACACUGCAUGAAAAAAAAGCCUAUAGGGAACUAUUAUACUCACCAGAAGAACUACAUUGAGCUAUAGUUGUUCUGGUGACUAUAGUGUCCAUUUAAUAGAUUUAAAUAUUGUUGUUUAUGCAGGCAAGGGAUGUAAUUCUUGUCAAUGUUUGUCUUCCCCACCUCUUUAUAAAUAUUAUAUGAUGUUAUAUGAGUGCCUGUAUGAUCCACCAUUUAAUUAUGGUUUAUGUAUUGGGUGUGAGGUAAUGUGGAUAGGGACUAGUCCUGAGUCUAAAUAAGGUAUUGCCUGCUGGUUCAUUUGGGAACUGUGUGUCCUGCUUGGAUUGUUCGGGCAGUCCAGUAGCUGCUUCCUGGUUGCACUAUUCUCAGGUUCCAGGGACAUGUUUAGAAAGAACUGAGAGCUGAAAAGAACAUCUUUGUAAUGAUGGUGGCAAAAGCUCAGCCAGAGUGCCGCAAGUGUCUAUUUAAAGGUGGUAGUUGGAGUCAGCACAAGGAUAGAGUUUGAUACCUUCUGGAAGAAGGAAGGACUUGAUACCUGCCUGGGUGAAUAAGCCCCUAUGAAAGCCAGCCCAGCUGGGGUAGAUAUAGUCGCAGACUUGUCCCCGGGCUCAGUUAAGGUCUCUUUCUGUUGGUAGACCCACAUCUCUGGUGGCCAUAUGUCACAUUUGGUUGGUACUUGCCAAAGGAUGCACAGAUAAAGGGGUCGAUACCUGCCUGGGAGGACAUGACUGGGAUAGAUAUAGCUGUGGCUUGACCCCUGUCUUGGAAAAGAUCUCUUUUCACCUGUAGACUUCACUGUGGUGCCCAGGGACAGUUUCCUGGUGUCCCCAGAUAUGGGACACCAGGGAACUAAAGUGGGGUGGCGGGACAGGACCCCGAUCUCAAGACUAUCCCACUGAAACCAGGACCUUGCUACAUGGAAUGUUGGUGAAUAAAUGGUAUAGCUACUGUUUCCAUUAAAGCCAUGUGUUUGAGUCCUACAAAGGCUUAUAACAAGUAGAGACUUACAGAAAACUGGAAGAAAUGUGAUAUUUGUAUAUAUUGCACGCAUUCCAGACCUCACAAGUUACAGGUUCUCAACAGGGGACUUUGUGAGGUAUGGUAGGAUGGGAAAACGAGUGGAUGUAAGAAGUCAGUAGUAUUUAGAAGACUUGUUUUGUUCUGGUGAUAAAAUAGUUGAGAACAGAUUCUCUCUGCAUCCUUAAUUCCCAGCCGUGCUGUUCUUUAUUUUUACUCUGCUUUUCCCAAAUGUUGGAGAUGGAUUGGGGUCUGCCUCUGACCUACAGCAACUCAUAUAUCUUCAGUUUUAAUGCAUUCCUAUGGUGACAUUUGUGUAUUUUGGUAUUUGCAAAGGGAAACAGUGGAAGGUUUAUUCAGAGAGAACAAGCAGAGAUUUUAUAGCUUUGCGGACACAUCAAGAGAUUGGGACGUGUCUGCUGUAGAAUGAUUUAAUCCUUCAAACUAAAGAAUUGUGAAGGUUAUGGGCAUAGAAAACAGUGUAUGAAUGAAACUAAAGAAAACUUGAUUUAAAAUAAUAAUAAUAAUCUUAUUCAUUCCUAAUGGGUUGUGAUUUUUAAUCAGCAAAAUAAAUAAAAAUCUGCUAAGCCUUGUGGAUUUGGCAAAUUUUAAUUAAAGAGACACUCUAGGCACUAAGACUACUUCAUCUGUUUGAAGUGGUCUGAUGCAGUGUCCCUGUCCACUUAACCCUGCAAUGUAAAACAUUGCCAUUUUUGAGAAACUGCAUUGUUUACAUUGCAGGAUUAAGACUGCCUCUAGCGGCUUUCUACCAGACAGGAAUAAUCAUAAGGCUACACUAAGCGGCCACCUAUGGCCCCCAAGGUGAGACGGGGCCCUGGAACCCUGGUUUUGCUUGGCCCCAUUAAGCAUCCAUUUAUGAUGAUUGAAAAGGGGGUCCUUAAAUGGGUGACUUGCCUAAGGACCCAUUGGAUCCUAAUUAUUCUCUGGGUGGGCCACAGAUAAGUUGCCAAGCCAUUCACAAUUGUCAGGGCACUUCCAGAGGUUUGUAGUGGUUAUGGUGCUCUGAUGUUCCUUCAGUGUUGAUGGUGAAUAUUCCUUUAGUCCCCAGCCCAUAAGCAUGCAAUUAUAAAUAUAGCUACUCAAGACAAAAUGUCUUCAUAAGAGUAAUCAACUCUCCCACCACCCUCGUUCCAAAUAUUAGUUUUUUUGUAUUUAUAAAUCUGGGUUGUCUUUGAAAAUGAAAUGUCCCAAGAGAGCGUACUUCAACUUUUUCUGCAGGCAAAAUGACAAACUAUCAUAUGAAGAUGUUUCAUAACCUGAUGUCAUCUUUGCACAUAUAUAAAUAUGCAAUUUCUCACAAAUGAUAAAUUAUUUAAAAAAUGCAGAGACAUGCAAUCUCAUUCUAUGGGCAUCACUGAUAAUGUAUUUGCGCCUUGUUAAAAUUAACAUGUGUUAAAGCUAUGUGAAAAAUGAAAACUCAUUCAUUGCAAAUAUAUACAUCUUUUAUUAAUUUUUUUUAGUCUUGCAUAAACUUUAAACAUAUGAUAUUAAAUGCUACACCAUCUUGACUUGAGGGGAUUUUACCCACAUCAUGCCCCAACAAAAUGAUCUGGGUGCAUCUGCCCUUCUCACCCUCUGUAGCACCUCUGUGAUGCUACACUUCAUCCUUUCUCAGUCAUUGAAGUCCAAGAUUAAUAGGUUAUAUUAGAUAUUUUUUUUUUCAAAGAUAGAAAAUGUUUCAGGACAUGCAAAACUUGGUCAGAUGUCAGUUCGGCUUGGCCGAAUGUCAAUUUUGAAACUGAUUCAGGAGACCAAAACAAAAUGCACAAAAAUGGGCCGAUCAAUGUGUUGCAAAAUAUAUACAUAAUAUAAUAAUAUGUACAGAGUGGCAAAAACUCAGAGUACGGUUUGAGGAGUCAAUAGCUUUUUACUUAAUAAACCAAUUUCAAUGAUAUUACAAACAAUGCAUGCUUAAUGUAUGGGGAUUUGUUUGACUAGGUACGGAAGAUGACCUCUUUUAAAUGAGCUCCAUUUGCCACCUCGCAAAGUCAGGCUAAAUUGAUUCCAUUGUUCUUAACAUUAGUUAAUGUUUGAGUCUCUAACGCUGAAAUUUCUUCCUGUAAGGUAACCCCGCAACAGACCGUUAAUUUGGUAGGCUGUAAUUGGCUCUGAUGAAUUAUCCGUGGAUUUUCUGUACCCCAGAAAUGAUAGUUUUGUUUAUUGAUGUAGCCACUUAAAUGAAAAUUAGAUUUGCCAGAUAUGAGUUGUUGAAUAAAUUCUUUGUUUUCUCUGGCUAAUUCGUCAUUCCUUACCCAAAAUGACCCAUGAUGAGUCUCCCAAGACUCAGUUAUAAUAUGUACAUGCAACAAAAAAUUUUAACUACUUACAAUACAAAUAAGUUAUUUACCUGUCAAAUCCUACUCUGAAUUUUGACCCAACCUGUAUAAAUUCACAGUACACUGAUUUCAUUUCCCUACCAUUUGGUGAGAAAAAUUAAACAUUAGAGGGAGUGUGUAUGUAUGUGUGUGUACGUGUGUAUCAGUCAGUGAGUGUGUUUGUGUGUCUAUCAGUGAGUGAGUGUGUGUGUGUAUGUCUGUCAGUGAGUGUGUAUCUGUCAGUGAGUGUGUGUGUGUGUCUAUCAGUGACUGCAUGCGUGUCUGUCAGUGAGUGUGUAGCUGUGUGAAUAGAGUAAGGAGCACAACCAUAAAUCUUUAUAUAUAUGAAAAAAUCUUUAUUAAAUGGGUAUAUACUAUAGGACUGUCUCUUUAAAUAUUAUCCACAGAGGUACAAAGUCAUGCUAUUCAAAAGCAUUUACCAGAAAAGCAAUGAUAUAGGCAAAUAUAAACGCUCAAUGCGUAAUAAAUGAAUGAAAGAAAUAUCAUGCAAACAGUCCACUAUAAUACUAGUAUAAUGAAAACCCAGACAUAUAAAAAAAUUGCAGCAAACCAUACCAAAUUCAGUGAGAAGUAGGGACAGAGUCAAUCAAAAAAAAAACAACGUUUCGGCUGAAAAGCCUUUGUCAAGGGAGCAUGCGUAGCUGUCAGUGUGGGAGUGAAGAUGUGUGUGUCAGUGUGUCAAAACAGUAAGUGUGUCUGUCAGUGAAUGUGUGUCAAAACAGUAAGUAUGUCUGUCAGUGUAUGUGUAUCUGAGAGUGUCUGUCUGUCAGUGAGUGGGUGUGUCAGUGUGUGCCUGUCAGUGAAAGUGUGUGUUGGUUAAACAGUGUGUGUGCGCCAAUGACUGUGUAUCUGUCCGUGAGUGUAUGUCAGUGCAUGUAUCAAAAAAGUGCAUGUUAGUCUUAAUCAGGGAGAGAUGCAGCCUUGAGAGGAUUGGGUGGGGCACAUUUAGAUUGGGGGUGCCGAGUUUAGUCAUACCUAGGGCAGCACAAAUCCAAAAUACACCGCUGCUCCCAACACUUCAGAUUGACAAAGAAGGACACUUUAAUUUUAGGAGUGUGAGUGGGGGUGUGGCCAGAUGUUCUGAGAAAUUUUAGGCGACUUACUAAUAACAAUUUAUGCAACUAAUAUGUAAUUUAGAACAAUAACAAUGUAUCUUUAUACACAGACUGAUUUCUAAAUACAUUUAAUGUAGUUUAACCCCUUAAGGACCAAACUUCUGGAAUAAAAGGGAAUCAUGACAUGUCACACAUGUCAUGUGUUCUUAAGGGGUUAAAGACAUUACUGGGAUAGAAAAGAGGGACAAAGGGAUCUAGCCCAAAAUAGGGACUGUCUCUCCUAAAUAGGGACAUUUGGGAGGUAUGCUAUUGUUAAAACUUUGCUAUUUUAACCAAGCGUUUGCAAUUCGGUUUCCAACUCUCUACUAUUCAGUGUUUAUCAAAAAACCACCUUGUGUACGUAGUCUUAGGGUAAGUCUUGCAUUACUAGCAAAAGGCUAAUUUUUUUUACCUUCCUUUAUAUAUAUAUAUAUAUAUAUAUAUAUAUAUAUAUAUAUUAUUAUUAUUUUGUACUAGAGUAAAGUGCAACGGCUGUUGUUUUUAGUAACAUAUCUGUCUGGGGUUAAGAGAGGGAAUAUUUAAUCCCACUAAAUAGACACCACAUCCCGUAUGACGGCACAGACUGCAAAUGUUGCUGCAUAUUGUUGGAUAUUGAGAUUUCUUGAUUAAACAUCCCUUACCAGAUGGCAUGAAUCCUGUGCCCUGCUACACGUAGAAGCGAGGAGCAGCUGCGAGGUAAGACAAAAAGGCACGCGCUAAAUCGUCAGACGCAAAUAAAGAUCCCAUAACCCUGAGCACUAUGUUGGUAAUCUUUUCAGUAUAUUCCAAGAUCGCCCUUACACUCAGAGACCUCGCUGUAACGGAAUAGUGGAAGUAAAGAAAGGUUUCUUUCUGGCUGAUACAAUAUCUAGUUCUCACCAUAUAAUUCUAAAUAGGAUUGUAAAGGAAUAUUAACCCUGCGGUGACCGGUAUGGCUUUUACCUGGGAGGAUCAGAAGAUGUGUAUCACAGAGAGCUGUAAUAUUUAUGAGCCCGAAAUGCUGUAUUUUAUUUAAUUUUUUUUUAACUACAAAAGUGGGACCUGAUUUGUGACUGGAAAAGUCAAAAGAAACACUCCAAGCACCAUAACCACUAUAGCUCGCAUUUGUGGUUGUGGUGCCAGGAGUGCACUGGCAAUCUGUAAAUCUGCUUUAGCAGGCCUUAGUGGUUAUGGUGCUUUACGCAAACAAUGGUCUUUAUUCACUUACCAUUAUAUAGGGAUUCAAUGAAAUGUAAUGUGCUUACAGGGGGCUGGCCGGGAGGCUGUCUGAGUCUGCUGUGCUUGAUGACAGGUUCACAUACACCCUUCAGUGGAUGGGCACGUCCACUUCCCAGACGUGCGUCACUGGGGACACCCCCUUGAAGGCCUGUCUACCAGUCCCUAUUACAUAACCCCAAUGUUGGAGGUAUGUGUGACAGUAGAGGGAGGUCCAGUAGGUGCAGCAGGUAUACAGUGUAUGUAUAUCAUAUUUAUAGAGCGCUAACAGGUGUACUCAGCACUUUACAGGUUACAUUACAGUAGAGGGACGUGCAGUAAUUACAGAAAGUAUACAGUGUAUGUAUAUCAUAUUUAUAUGGCGCUAACAGGUGUACUCAGCACUUUACAGGUUACAUUACAGUAGAGGGAGGUCCAGUAAGUGCAGCAGGUAUACAGUGUAUGUAUAUCAUAUUUAUAUAGCACUAACAAGUGUACUCAGAACUUUACAGGUUACAUUACAGUAGAGGGAGGUGCAGUAAUUACAGAAAGUAUACAGUGUAUGUAUAUUUUAUUUAAAUAGCACUAUCAGGUGGACUCAGCACUUAACAGGUUAUAUUACAGUAGAGGGAGGCACAGUAGCUAUACAGUAUAUGUAUAUUUUAUUUAUAUAGCGCUAACAGGUGUACUCAGCGCUUUACAGGUUACAUUACAGUAGAGGGAGGUACAGUAAGUGCAGUAGGUAUACAGUGUAUGUAUAUUUUAUUUAUAUAGCGCUAACAGGUGUACUCAGCACUUUACAGGUUACAUUAUAGUAGAGGGAGGUACAGUAAGUGCAGUAGGUAUACAGUAUAUGUAUAUUUUAUUUAUAUAGUGCUAACAGGUGUUCUCAGCACUUUACAGGUUACAUUACAGUAGAGGGAGGUGCAGUAGGUAUACAGUGUUUGUGUAUUUUAUUUAUAUAGCGCUAACAGGUGUACUCAGCACUUUACAGGUUACAUUACAAUAGGGGAAGGUACAGUGUCAGUAAGUGCAGUAGGUAUACAGUGUAUGUAUAUUUUAUUUAUAUAGCACUAAUAGGUGUACUCAGCACUUUACAGAUUACAUUAAAGUAGAGGAAAUACAGUAAGUACAGUAGUUAUGGGAAGGGGGUGCUGGAUUACCUGCCCCUAUGGCACAACCCCACUAAUUACAUAUCUGUGUGAUAAAUACAUAAAUGCAUGUUUAUUUUUAAAUAAUAAAGGUGUGUAGCAAAGAUAUUCCCAUUCUGUAACCAUUGCCAUUAAUCUUGAUAACCCCAAAUAAAAUGCGUUUGGUACUAAGAUUACCGCCUAUCACCCAGGGGAUCAAGGUGUCUUGUAUUAUAUUAGGGAUGGCGUUUGUCUCAUCCCGGCGCUCAUUGCUAUUUCCCAGACAAGUCUCUUUUAUUUGUUAAUAGAACAGUGACCCUCCAUUAGCCUCUGUUGGCUGUGUAAUUCAUAAUAACUCGAAUCAGCUCCCUAAAGCUGCUCAUUCAUACACAGGAGACAGCAAUGAAUUCCGUUCAUUCUAGCAGAAGAAGACUUGGAGAGGAAUUGUAUUCAGGCAGAAAAAAGAAACAUGGAAUAUAAACAGCUACUUAUAUAUAAUUUUCUUUCUAUUUUUCAUAAAUAACAUUUAAUGUAAAUCUAUUAAAAAAAAUAAAUAAAACCAAAACAAAACUUAAUGUGUUAGUAACUAUAAACAUUUUUUUUAUACAGACUUAACGUUAAUGGUUAAAUAAAGCAUAUAUAUAGUUUUGAGUCUAAAGUACCAUUUAAGAGGUUUGCCUAUUAAUAAGAAGGUUGUAGACAGCUGAGAAUUGAUGUUUUUGCUUAAGUUUUUUCACAAAAUAUAGACCUUGAUCACAAUCUAUUGCUUGAUAAAUAUCAUGUUAGCCAGUGCUACCAGUGAGCCUUUAAUGAUAUUGAUACCAUCACAAUCACACAUUUUAUGGGGGGUGGCGGUUUGCUGCAUUUUAAGUUUGGAAAAAAGGGCUAUAUACUUCACGUUAAUCAGUCCAUAUUAAAUGAAUCUGUAGUGACAGAUAUAGGCUUGCAAUUUUCUAACCAUCUGGCUUCACACAUUUUAUGCAAUUAAGUGUUUCUUCCCUUAAUACUAUUAAAAGCCCAUAUUUGUAUUUCCAUUAUCUCUGUCUCCUGCUGAGAGCAUCAAUCAGUAGUUGCUACACUUGCUGCAAGAUACUCAACUAUCCUGCAUAGUCCUAUUUGGGGAGCACAGACUUGCUGCCUAAAGCAGAUGAAAAGUCCCCAACACUUUAUGUUGGCUUUGUUUAAAUAAAACCUCUCUGUUCUCUGUCUCCAUUCUCAGACUGCCUGUCCGAAGCUGCUGCAAGAAGUAAUUCUAGUUGUUUAUCUCUCUCUCUAACUGUGCUGCUGCUGGUGCUGCUCUCACACAGAGCCUGUCCCUCCUCCCAACUUCCCCUUUCUCUUAGGCUGAAUUCAAGCAGUAGAGACACCCAAAAAAAGGGUUUCCCUGAUAACACAGCCUUCUGAUUUCUAUACUGAUCGGCACAAGUUUCACAUAGACAGAACUGACCGGUGGGAAGGGGAAUGGCUGUUUUAUAAACUCUGAUUUUAGAGAAAUCUAAACGUUUGCUAGCAAUAUUGCAGAACAAUGUACAGCUGAAGUUUGAUUCCCUGUCAUUUACAAUGAAGUAGUAUUUUACAUUACCCUUUAAUUAUCCAUUUUUUAUCUGUGUGGAGAGGAGACCUGACGUGAGAUGGAAACUCAAAACUGCUUACUGCCACGAAUUGGUCAGUUUUGUGUUAACAACGAAUCAGAACUGUACUGACCAUCUGUCUCAACAACUGUCCCAAUUGUCCUCAGCUCUCUUUAUACACAUUUGCAUUAUGACAACAGUGCCAGGGCAGUGCAUAAAUGAACACAAAAUGGGAUAUAUACAUAUAGGUUUUGUUAUAAUAAUGUCCAAACAAGGUCAGACAUGACAUAACAGUGCAGUAAUAUAGCGUGAGCUGAACCUUUGUUAUUAUUAUUAUUAUUAUUAUUAUUAUUAUUGCCAUUUAUAUAGCGCCAACAGAUUCCUUGGCGCUUUACAAUAUUAUAAGAGAGGGGAUUUAGCUAUAUAUAGGACAAUUACAAGAAAACUUAAAGGAACAAUAGGUUGAAGAGGACCCUGCUCAAACAAGCUUACAGUCUAUAGGAGGUGGGGUGUAAAACACAAUAGGACAGGGAAUAGCAACCAAAAUAGGCGGGAGUGAAGAGUUGAAGGAGUGAAUAGAGUGCUGCCCUCUAGGAGAGAGCAAGAGACAGGUAUGUGAGGUAGAGGUUACUCUAGGUGGAUAUAUCUUAUAGUUAGGAUAGCCUUAUGCCCAUCCGAUGCAUGCUUAAACUCCCUCACUGUGUUAAUCUAUACCACUUCAGCUGGAAGGCUAUUCCAUGCAUCCACUAACCUCUCAGUAAAGGUACCAUCUUUGUAUGAUGUCAUCAUACGCCAUUAGUGAGCACACCACAUUAUGCCACCUGAACAUGCACCAACUGCAGACAUUUUUUAAAUAUACGAUCGUAAAUAACUUUAUUUUAUUCCUGAAACUAUAGCAGUUUUUUAUUUUGCCAAAUAUUCUUAAAAAGUUACAAAAACAAUGCACAAAAUAUCAAAUAUUUGGGCUGUGGAUAUGUUGCUAUAUUUCAAUAUGACCAAUUUUUUUUGAGAGAAAUUCAACUAAGUCUUACUUCUGAAGAAAAAGAGAGGCAUAGAGAUCUCAACAUGGUCCCUCAUUAUUUCGUUACUUUGCACACUCUUUGCAUUUACCAAACAUUGGUAGGUAUACCUCUCAUCGGCGCACAAUUCGCACAUUAGUAUGGGGUACCUGGCCAGAUAACAUACAUCUCUCAUGCUAACCAUUAGCAAAUGCUUUUUUUUGGAGGGGGGAGGAGGUGUAGAGGGGUUUGGGGAGCAAUCUUUGCUUCUAAGAAAGAAUAUUUGAAUAUUUUACUAUAUAAAACCUUCACUUUCCUCUUAACCUGCAGUAUAAUUUAUAAAUAACAACAGCAAUUUGUAUAUAACAACAGAGCCUUUUUAUUCUUGGGAUCAGUAAAUCGAACUACAAUUCCUUUUAGCGCACAUUUUCUUUUCUAUUUAAGGCACACCUGGCGUUUUUGUUUUUCUGACCGUAAUCAUUUUCUAAUCUGCUGCGUUGUCAAAAGAGCUGACAGUCACAGCGUUUCCACAAAAUGACACCUCCGUCUAUAAAUAGAACAACUGACAGAAGCUAUAAAUGUCCUAACGAAUUUUUCCGUUUCCAUGGUAAUCGCUGAAAUGCAUGACAGAUGUUAUGUGCAUACAAAUUAAAUUAAGCAAAAUAACUCAAACUGUUGUUUUCUGGGCGAAAUCUGUGUUUACAGGUCAGCUGUGUCCCUGCAUUUCUUUAUUAAAUAAAUAUUUGAGGCUUGUUUGAUGUAUAAUAUAUUUUUACAGUGUUUUCUAUACAUUUUUACUUCCCAUAACUUUACCAAAGAUGUGCUCUGGUUUUAUUCUCAUUAUAUACAUUUACGUAUGUCUUUCCCGUUAGUAUUACUUAUGCUUAACUCUCCACAAACUCUUCUAUUUUAUGACAGCUGCUAAUUAGACUGUCAGAUUGCAUUAAUUAACCGUGAUGCCAUAUUCCACUUUCUGAUUGUGUUUUGUUUAGAUCACAUCAUUAAUUACUUUAUCCUGGGGAAAGAACCCUCAUGUUGCAUUGCAAAUUGGGAUUGGUUAAAGGCCCAUAAUUACUAAGUGGUUGCAACCAUACAAUAUGCCUAACGUCAUGGCACAAUGAAAAAAGUGGGAAUCUCUGUCACUAGGUGGCAAGUUUGUAAUUCAUGUUUUACAUAGGGUCAGUAGGUAAAGGGUUUAUCGAUAGUGGGAAAGUCUUAAUCAGUCCAAUACUAGGGCCGGUACAUCUCCUGUCCAAUACCAGGGCCGGUAAAUACCAGGGCUGGUAUACCUCCUGUCAAAUACCAGGGCCAGUACAAUACCAGGGCUGGUACAUCUCCUGUCCAAUACCAGGGCCGGUAUACCUCCUGUCCAAUACAAGGGGCGGUACAAUACCAGGGCUGGUACAUCUCCUGUCCAAUACCAGGGCCGGUAAAUACCAGAGCCGGUACACCUCCUGUCCAAUACCAGGGCCGGUACAAUACCAGGGCCGGUACAUCUCCUGUCCAAUACCAGGGCCGGUACAAUACCAGGGCCGGUGCAUCUCCUGUACCAAUUGGCACAGAAUUCUAAUUGCUUUUAAAGAAACCAGAGCAUCAUAUGAAAGAAAUUUUAACACAAGUUAUUGGCAAUUUCCAUGUUACAUUUUCCUAUAGUCUGUAAGCUCGUUUGAGCAGGGCCAUCUUCAACCUAUCGUUUCUAUAAGUUUUCUUGUAAUUGUUCUAUUUAUGGUUAAAUCCCCCCUCUAAUAAUAUUGUAAAGCACUACAGAAUCUGUUGGCGGUACAUAAAUGGCAAUAAUAAUAAUAAUUUGUUUUGUUUUUACUUUUUGUUUUUUUGUUGUUAUUUUUUUAUCAAGUUGGGCAGAUACAAAGAUUCCUCCGAAAUCCAGUAUCUUGCAUACUAUUAACAUGAAAGAGGCACAAUUCAGCUAAUUACAGUUUACGAAAGCUUUUAAUUUUCUGUACCCUGAUAGGCUCUGGUGGGGGGAGCUGCGGGGAUUCAAGUUAUUUAAAUGUUUAGAUGACUCACUUAGCGUACAAGUAAAUUAGCAUUGCCAUGUUACUAUUUUAAUAAGAGAUGCAAUUCAAAAACAAACAUAAAAAAAAAACUGUAUACUUCAGGGCUGUUUAAAAUAAAAAUACAGAGUAAACUCGUUAAACUGUCCAAUUUAUAUAUUUUCAUGUCUAUUUGUAUACAUUUUUUUGAGAGGGGUUUUGUCAUCUAACUCAGUGACGUCUUUCUCUGGCACUCCAAAUAUUUUUAAACUAUAUUUCCCGUAGGGGCGGGGCCUGACCGCCGGCGGGAUCAGACGUGCUCUGUCUGAGCUCCCGCUCCAGGGUCCGAAAAUCGGAGCUAGCUGGAGGCCAAUCCGGAAUAAUGACCUAUGAAGGUGACCACACUGACCCCCCAGCCACUGGGGUACGCGGAGACACCGCCCAAGCACCGACAGCAACCCGACAGGGGCCCAGAGCGCACUGGAGCUUGAGCCGGGACGAGACGGCCGCUCUCCCGGGUCUCCGGCCGGCGUCUCGCUUCCCCCCCCCCCUCUGGACCGGGGGGGUCAUCCCGGUCUGUCAGGGUGCCGGCCAUCACACCAGGCCGGGCCUGAGCAGCUGUCCUGGCGCGCUAUACCCACCGGACAGAGCCCCUCAGGAGGGCCGCAAGAUGGCCGCCACGCGCCAACCAAGUACGCGAACGCCCAGCUUAGCCGAGAGGAUCGAACCUGGGCAAAGAGCCAACAGGGACUUAGCCCCAAAGCAUCGGGCGCACCAAGAGUCCCCACAGCAACCGACGAAACACUCACCUCUCAGGCGGAUUCUCGCCCAGCGGCAGCCCGGGGCUCCAGUAGUGAGGAAAGCACCAAAAUGGCGGAGAGUAAAGCGGCAUACACCGCACCAGCGGCAACAGACACCACGUGAACGGACAUCACCGAUUCUUAAGCCUGUCGACACACCAGUAAUAGUGGAGGUGAUACCGUCCCCGGUGAGCGGCUUUGCCCUGCAGCCCACUCUGAAGCAAGCGCCCCACCGUACCAGCGCUGGUCCUAGGCAGCAUAGCAACACCAAUAUCUAAGGACACGUAGAGCUGGGGCCAUGCCUAACUAAAACCUCACGGGACACUAACAACACACAGAUCAGGACCCUGACCCACAAUCAGCGAGCAUCCAGCUCAUAAGUUUUAUUGUUCUUUUUCUAACGAGCCUUCUUUUUCUUUUAUUUUCUGGUUGGUUUUGUUAUGUUUUGCUUCUCCUAUCUACACUGUUAUGCUUGUCAUCCCUCACGACAUUCACUGACUUAGGAAACAGGCAGUUAACACUAAUGUCAAGCGUAUGAUAAACCAUGUCUCUCUAGGCUUACAAUUGUGACCGUAACACUGCGAGCUUGUCUGUUUGAAAAUGCAUAAGAAAUCUCCUUGCUCAGGGCAUAUAAUUCUUGAUCUAAGCUUGUAUAAUCUGAUGAAUCUUAUAAUUACUCAACACACUGUCAGCCAGCUAAGCUUAAUGUAUCUACCAUUAUUAUUUCUAUACCUCAUGACUUAGACUAGCCAGCCAUGUUUAUUAUACAAAAAGAAAAAUGUGCAACUUACUUGUGCCAUGAUUAUGCCUAUAAUGUAAAGCGAAUGUGUGCUGUUGUGGCACGUUAAACAUGUUUGUCAAUCACUUGCACAGAAAAAAUAAAGAAUUUAAAAAAAUAAAAAUAAAAAAAAACUAUAUUUCCCGUGAUGCAUCAUAGGAAUUGUAGCUGAGAAAAAUUUGAUGGGCUAUGUAUAGUCAUCAAUGAUCUAGCUAGUAUUGAAAUACAAUUCACGUAAACCCUUAAUUUUUUGUAUUUAUUUUUUUAUUAUUAUGAAUGGCUAUGGUUUAUGAUAGUGAUGGUUAAUCUUAAAAGUUCAGAUGUUUUCACUAUUUUAACAGGAUGAUCAGCUAGCCUCCAGACUAUUGUACUAGUCAUGCUAGCCACUUCUUUGCUGUAAUCUGGAUACAAUGUAGUCCAGCAGUAAGCAUUUUUCUACGCAUCCCCAACUAAGGCUUCAAUUCAAUAAUAUUGAAUAAGCUUUUCAAAUGAUUUCUUAUUUUUGGAUACAUUUUUUAAAUAUUUUUUUGUUCAAAAUAUAUAUAUAAAAAAAAUCUAUUUAUCAUCUAUCCGUCUGCCUGUCUAUCUAUCUAAUAUCGACAUAAAAAAUAUUUUUUUAUACUAUUAAAACAUUUUUAAAGUUUUUCCACAAAUAUAAAAUCGUUUGAAAAAUGUAUCCACCAAUAUUAAUUCGAGGCCUAAAUCCAUAACGCGGUAGGUGAUAAAAAACUAAGGUAUUUAACGGAUAUCUUCUUGUGUGAUGCUGUAACGUGGUUAAUCUUCUUUCUUCUCAGUGCCAACAACACGCCCAAGCAGGUGGAAGUUCGAAUGCACGAAAGCCACAUAACGUCGGAAGAAACAAACCCCAGGUCGCCAUGUCUGCGAAUAUGGGACAAACUGCGGGGGAACCUCCUGCUUACUCUCACAGUAUUGGGUAAGUGUAAUACAUUCUUUGUUUCUUCUGUGUUUCUUCUGUUGAUUUAUAUAUACGAGGCAAAAAUGUGAUUCUUUGUUAAACUAAUUUGCAUAUGCCCACCCAGAAUACUUUGCGGUUGUAACAUCGCUGCAGUUAUGAGAUUUCUGUGGGAAAAGCAAGGCUUAUGGCUUGACUGGUGUGAAGAUUUUUGUUUAACAUUGUAUUAAUUAUCCUCAGACUUCAGGUGGAAGGGGUUUUCAAUCACAAUCUUUCCUCACCAUAACCUUUUUUUUGCUUCCCAAGCACUACCAAGCCUCAAUAAGCAAACCAGUAACCAACCUCAUGCUGACGAGUUGCCUUAACAAUGAAACAGCUGUCCAUGAGUGGUUCACUGGUUUUGCAUCUUUUCCUAUAUUGUGUUCCAAUCAGUUGUAUACAGCAAACACAGAUUAAAAGGAAUCCAGGUUUAAAAUGGAAUGAGGCAAAAAUUUGAUUCUUUGUUAAACUAAUUUGCAUAUGCCCACCCAGAAUCCUUUGCGCUUGUAACAUUGCUGCAGUUAUGGGAUUUCUGUGGGAAAAGCAAGUCUUAUGGCUUGACUGGUGUGCAGAUUUUUGUUUAAUAUUGUAUUAAUUAUCUUUUGUAUAUAUAUAUAUAUAUAUAUAUAUAUAUAUAUAUAGUCUUGGGCCAAAGGCUUGAUACAUUAAUAUACAUCUAUAUUAAUGAAAAGUACUAAUACGCAAUCUGACUUACGGUUUCUUCAGGUUAAUUCUUAGUUACUGAUACAUAAUAAAACAACAAAGGAUGUUACAUGAUCAUGGAUGUUCGACAGCAGAUGGUAAUUGCUGGACUCCUGAAGGGAGAGUUACAUCGUUACAUCGAGAGAGAGACAGAGAGACCUUGUGUCCCUUUGUUCAGUUGCUAUAUAGAAGUGCCCAUACUGAUGUCAGAGUAUAAAUCUAGCCAUAUAAGGACAAGACCCCAAAUCCACAUUCCAGAGUUCUCAUCCAAGAAAACCCUGUGACUUAUUGAUAUCAUCUGUUACUUAUGUCAAUCCAUACAUCCAUACAUAAUCAAUAGAAACAUGGAAUAUGCAAUAUUCUACAGUAGGUUAUGGACAUUGUGGCUUUGACGUGUGUUUUAUGUCCUAAAUAAUAAUAAUUACCAUCACUCCUUGUGUAGAUACUAUACAUUUUAUAAAUUCUAUACUAAACAUUACAAUAAAUAUUAACUAAAAGGAAGGAGGUACAAGCAAACCUAGAGGGCACAAUAAAUCUACAUAGUAUCCCAAUGGGUUUCUAGUACUGUAGCAGCAACCCAUAAACUAAUUAAAUAUAAGUUUUAAUUGAGAAUAUUAAAAAAGGAAAGCAGGGUCGCUAAAUAGAAAUAAAUUGUAGAAAAACAGAGGGGAAAAGGCACAGUGGAGAUAUUUGCCAGAAAGGUGUCACCCCUAUCGGGUAAUGGCACCGGUGGUGCAGGGAUUUUAAGGGGUAAAAGUGUAACCAGAAUAUAUAUGCUGAAAGUAUAGCCCCCCAACUCCUACCACCCAGUACCACCGUUGUAGCAAAAUCCCCAACCCCUCGGUUCUGAACUAAUGUAGCCAGAAAUUCAAAGUGGCUAACUGUCUAAAUCUCGAUAAAAACAAAGAGGGUGGCUAAACUAGGAGAAAGGUAACAGCUGCAGCAUCGUCCCUGUCUAACUCCUCCACCCUCAACUAAUCUUCUUGUUUUGUUUCAAAGUGAUCUAAUUUGAUGGCAUCUAAUAAAAUGACUUGAAAGCCAAUCUAAUAACAGAUCCAAAUAUCAACUUUUCAUAAAACACUCACACAAUCUACAGGAGAAAAUCAAUGUAAUGUCUCUUUAAAUGGCAGAAUUUUCCGUCGGGGAUUUUAGUCAAUCAAAAGUAAAUUGGGGGAGACCUACAGCUAACUUGCAAUUUCGUACAACUUGCCUAUUUUAUCCUAAAUUUAUGGAAUUUAAUUCUCAGUUCUUCAGAAUUCACUGUUUAUUGAAUCAACCCUUAAUUUUAAUUUGGUUUCAUAAAAUGUAGAAAUUGGACUAUUUCUCCUGGGAACUCCCACUAGAGAGCAUUGUGAUCUUUUCAGACAUACUGAGAAGAACUGCAUGUAAAUACAUAUUUCCUUUACAUUCUUUUCAUCUAUUGGGCCAUUGCUGUUUUGCACUAAGGAAUAAAUCAUUUUUAUAUUUGAUGUCUUUGUUUAUCUGCAAUUUCUCUAUUAGUCAUUUAGCCCACAAGCACAUAUAACAAACAGGUUUUUAAAGUACUCUUAGGAAGUACAUGUCACACUCUUUAUAAAUAUAGUAACUCCUCAUUUGGAUGGGCCAGGAAGGUCAUUCAUCCUAAAGGGACUGUCCUGGCUGUAACUUGCCCUGAUAGGUUUAAAGCAUACUUUAUCUGACAGGGCAAAUACCUAUUCUUUGGUGGCUUCUUAACAAUGUAUUUUUGUUGAAGUUUAAUAUUGAAAUUCUUCACAAUUUUGACUCACCCUUUCAUAGGGUUAAUCUGGGUUAAUCAAUAAUUCUGGUAAACUGAAAUCGACCCACAAAGGUAGCCCAAAAUAGCUACAUUGGAAAAUGAGUUAAAGGGACACUCCAGGCACCCAGACCACUUCUGCCCAUUGGAGUGGUCUUGGUGCCAACUGUAAUUAUUGCAGUUUUCAUAACCUUGCAGGGUUAACUCCUCCUCUAGUGGCUGUCUACAAGACAGCCACUAGAAGGCACUUCCUGCUUCAUAGCACAGGUUUUCUCUGCUAGAGCGUUGCUGGACGUCCUCAUGCUGUGUGAGGACCUCCAGUGUCGCUCAAUUUCUCAUAGGAAAGCAUUGAAAAGCAUUUUCAAUGCUUUCCUAUGGAGAGCUCUAAUGCGCAUGCCACGCAUGCUCAUUAGGUCUCCUCAGCCGGCGGGUGGGAUCAGUCUCCCCCGGCUGACGUGAUGAAGGGGAGGGACAUCGGCGGGGGUCUCAGGUAAGUCUCUGAAGGGGUUUUCACCCCUUCAGCAACCGGGGAUGGAUGGUGGGAGGGAGAGGGGACCUGCAGUGCCAGGAAAACAGUUUUUUCCUGGCACUGGAGAGUCCCUUUAAACUGUUUUUUUCAACUUCUAACUUCACUGUUAAAGGGAUUCUAUAUGCAUCAAAACAGCUUUAGCUUUAAAGGGACACUGUAGGCAACCAGACCACUUCAAUGAACUUGCAAAGUUUACAUUGCAGCACUAAGUCUGCCCUCAGUGGCUGUCUACAAGACAGCCACUAGAGGGCUUCCGAAAUCCAAACAGACUUGUGGUCCGUUAUCUGACGCUGGAGGUCCUCAUGCUCUGCAUGAGGACCUCCAGCGUCAGAUUUUUCCCCGUAGGAAAGCAUUCAUUCAGUGCUUUCCUAUGGGGAGGUCUAAUGUGCAUUAGACCCCACCCGCCCCCUCCUCCGUCCCGUAGCAAAGCAGGGGCAUGAUUUAGCUUCAUUAAGCUAAAGUUGUUUUGGUGCCUAUAGUAUCACUAUAGCUGACUGUUUUGACCACAUUUUGCAAUUCAGGUUCUCAAUGCACCCCAAACCAACCUUUCCUUAUGACACAUAUAGCUAACAUUGACUGUGUUAUUUAUUUAUUUAUAAAAUAUUUUACCAGGAAAGAUACAUUGAGAUUUCUCUCGUUUUCAAGUAUGUCCUGGGUCCACAAAUCAUUGCAUUGUUUCCAAGAGACUGAACCAGACUUAGCUGGCUGUGCGUCAUGGGAGAUAUCCACAUUAUUCUGGACUAUGAACACUGAGCAUCAUGACAAUAGCCUACCAAAUGAAAGUGCCAACAAUUAUCCAUUGAUUAUUUGGCCGAUAAUAUAGGCUGUGGAUGAUAGGAAAUGGACUGUGAAGCAUGUCAAACAUUGACACCCCAGAAGUUGCGGACUAAGAUUUCUUAUCCAUACAUGAGGAUAUUUAUAUUAGGAUUUAGAACGUGACUAUGCCGAGACGAUCUGUUUAUUUUGCCUGCAUGUUAAGAAUACACACGACUGCAAAUAUUAUUUGUCGAGCUGUCUGGCGUUUUCUGAAUGAUAUUUGCAUAUUAGUGUCAAAGAAUGUAUGCAUAUUUAUAUUUAGGUUCUGCUCCUUUACUUUAACUUGAAUAUACGUAUAUACAUAUGCUAGAUGCAUUCUUGAUGUUUAAAGAUAGAAGUCAAAUGUAUUCUUCUGAAGGGACACAAUUUAUGGCACUGGCAUAGAGCAGACAUUAUGUCCUCAUUAAAUUAGAGGGGCAAAAGUUUAAAAAUAAUAUCAGGAAGUAUUACUUUACUGAGAGGGUAGUGGAUGCAUGGAAUAGCCUUCCAGCUGAAGUGGUAGAGGAUAACACAGUAAAGGAGUUUAAACAUGCAUGGGAUAGGCAUAAGGCUAUCCUAACUAUAAGAUAAGUCCAGGGACUAAUGAAAGUAUUUUUUAAAAAAUUGGGCAGACUAGAUGGGCCUAAUGGUCACAUUCUAUGUUUCUAUGUUUCAUUUAAAAAACAAAAAAAUCUAAGUUUUCAAAACGGACACUACAGGCCAGUUGGCUUAAUGUUUUUAGUGAGAAAAAUAUUUAAAGUGACUCUCUAAGCAACAAAACAACUUUAGCUUAAAACCUCUGCAGCCUCGCUGCUCAAUUAUUUGCCAUAUAGUAGUUAAAUCAAAUUGUUUAUGCAGCCGUAGCCACUCAUCCCCUGGCUGUCAGUCACACAACCUCUCUACACACUUCCUAAAAUAGUUACAUUUUUUUGCAUUCCUUAUUGCACAGUGUGUUUAAGUUAGAAUUUCUCAUAUUUCCUGCUCUGUUGAUAGUCUGUUAAAGCUUGUAAAAGCUUCAUGAAUGUGAUUAAAAUUCAAUAUAUAUAUAAAAGUUAAACCAUUUCUUUCAUACAGGCUGUGUAAGUCAUUGCCAGGAUAGGGCUGCAUAAACAGUAAUAUUUAACUCCUAAAUGGCAGAGAAUUGAGCAGUGAGUGCAGGGGCAUGAUCUUUAACCAAAACUAAGCUAAAGUUGUUUUGGUUCUUAGAGAAUCUCUUCAACUAUUAGAAGGUGAUAUUGAGAAAUACUUUGGGUCAAUAUAUUGAUGGAUAAUGUCAUGCUUUAUUGUAUUCUGUGAGGACGUGAGCAAUAAUAUAGAUCAUGGGUUUGUAGUAAUCUCUUGAAAAUUUUAUUUUCGUGGGAAAUGAUUAGCAAAAGUCUAAAAGGAAGUGCCUGAAGGCACAAAAAUUAUAAAGCUCCUUCUUUACGUUAUUCUCCCAUCUUUUUGUAUUUUGGAAUAAAAGUUGCAGCUUUGUACUGAUUCGGUUGUAUUUUUAGUGUUGCCACAUGGGGUACGGCAGUUGCUUGCUAUUUUUGAAAAAAUAUUGUUCACAGAGUGAAUGUUAUUGAUAAACUUUGCAAAAAUUGCAAAACAUUUUAGGUAUCUGUCCUAGGUCCAUAAUUUGUUUAGAAAUCUUGCCGGGAGGGUGUCGGAAUGUCACUGACCAGUUUUUAUAGUAGAUAGAAAUUUAAAUAAUAAAGGCAGUAGAGUAGAAACUUUGGAGACUGGUAAAGUAAGUGGCAUUUUUUAUUUAAUAUAGAUAAAUACAAAUAUUUGCAUUUUGGUAAUAAAAUUAAUUCAUCAUCUAUAUGGCAGUUAUUGACGAAUUUGGAAAAUACUUAAGUAAGAUUUGAGAAUAUUUUUAGAUAAAAGUCUUGGUAAUACACUGUGUAGUAUAUUUUUCAAAGCCAGCAAAGAACUUAUAAAAUGCAUAUUAAGUCAUGGAAAGAAAACAUAAUUAUGCCUUUUUAGCAGUUCACUUUUGUAAAAUGCAGUGUAAUUGUAGGCAAACAUCUCAGGAAAACAUCUUGAAAGAGGAGAUACAGAUGUGGAAUAAAAAAAAACUGAUAAGGGGAAUGGACGAUCUCAUUUGAAAAGAAAGGCUACGAAAGUCGAUUGUUUACAUUAGAAAAAAUGAUGACUUAAAAGGGAUAGAUAUUUUAGAGAAGCUUAUACAGUCAAACUCAAUACAUGCGUUUCAAAAUAUCACAUCGCAAUUUAGCAAAAUUGAAGCUUAAUAAUAAUUUGUUUUUAUUUAGUUUGUUUGUGCCCUCUUCUGAAUCAACUGCAUGUACCAUGUUACUAUGAUGUGGAAUAAUUCUUUCUCGGACUCAAACACAUAAACUAUCCUAUAUGUUAUAUUAAAACAGCUGACAUUACAUACUGUUCCGACAGGUGUUAUUCUUGGAGCAGUGUUUGGAGGGGUCCUCCGACUCGCAUCUCCAAUCCAUCCUGACAUUGUUAUGGUGAUUGCCUUUCCGGGAGAUAUACUCAUGAGGAUGUUAAAGAUGUUGAUCCUACCCUUGAUCAUUUCCAGUUUAAUCACAGGUAUGGCUUAAUGUCACAAUAAAUGUAUUAUUAGCACAAGCAAAGUCAAGCAGAUCAUUGGGUAAUGACUUUAAAUGACAAACAAUGCAAGUUAAAAUUCACAGAAAUCCACAAUUCAUAGGAAAGAAAUAUUUAAUCUUCAUUGGGUGCUGGAAGUCUAUAUCAACACUCCUUUUAAAAAAAAUUAUUUUAUUAAAUAAUAUUUUUAAAAAAUGUAAUUAUUAAUUUGUUAUAUUUUUUUUAUAAAAAGCACUGUAUAACCAAGUUUUACUAAUCUGUAAACCUUCCAUAGGACAUGAUGGUCGGUAAUAAAUAACAGAUCUCAAUAGUAUGCCCCAUUACGUGAAUUGUCAGAAUGUCAAAGUGAAUAAAAAAUUUUAGGGCGAUGUAACGAGUUCAGUGUAGAUAAUCGCGAAAGGUGACAAGAAUACAAUGUUAUAAGUAAAGGAACUAAAUGGUUAACUGAUUUACUGGUUAACUGAUUUGCUUGAAAAAUAUAUAUUUCUAAGACAAAAGGGGGUAUUUCUAAUGGAAUACUAUCCCAUAGAAAGACUAACAGGAGGCAGAAGAAUGCUACAAUAUUUUCCUUUCCGUUCCAAUCUGUCUUUCUCCGCUCACAAUUAUCUAGACUAAACCCAUUCCAGUCUAUUUUCUACAAAUACUGUAAUUGAUGGAUCAAGCCAGAUUCGCUUUGUAAUGUCACAUUUUUAGAGUUCUGUCUGAAGCUUUGGCGGUUUUCCUGCCACUUAGCGGAAUUGAAGCAGGCGAACAUCUGUGUAAGUUCUGUCACACAUGCUGCUAAUCACAGAAAAGAUACGAAAGAGUGAAUCUGACACUCACCAGCAAUUAAAAAAACGAACGCAAUGAGUAUGUGAAGCAGAUGAAAACAUCUGUACUCUGCUCAUCAGCGCACAAUGAAAUCCCCUCGUGACUGCUGGAAUUCAGCAAUAUAUUAAUCUGCUAAAUAAAAGCAUGAGCGCAUAGAACGGAUGCUUAAGAGAUUCUGUAACCCGUGAUAUUCCGGGGGAACACGCAGUGAAUGUAUAAAUUUAAAGAAUUAUUGUGGCACAAUGGAUCACGUGAGCAGAGAAUCGCUGAGAUUUUUCUCAUGAUCUGAAGACUGAAUGACAUUUUUUUGUGAAUAUUUAGAAUAAUGGAUAAACGUAUUUUGUUUAUCACUUACAGAUAGUGCGGUCUAUGGAUUCUUGUUUAUUUGAGUCUCCAUUGACAUAAUGCAUAUCGGUUCCUUCUCCCAUAUGGGUUCCUUCUUCCAUUUUCCUAUUUCAUGAUGUUGAACGUACAUGAAAAAUAAAUCAGUGGACGCAUUAAAUAUACAGUUUCAGAUGUUUCUAAGCUAUGUAUAAACACCGAUCUCAAGUGAGAAAUGUGUGUAUUUGAUUAGACAAAAUACACCAUGGACACAAUGAAAAUAUCCCCAAAUGGUGUAGUGUGAGCAUUAUCUUCAGACGCACUUAUGCUGCACUCAGGGAACUAGGAUCCUGCAGAGAGUACUGAAACAGUGCUCCCUGCAAGUCCCGCCCUCAAUGGGCUGGCCUACUUGAUUGGUCACGUGAUUGCAUCCCUGGCCCAACCUCUUUACUCCCUCCCACCAGCCUACCGCUUAUCGGGACACCAACGUUGGUUAAUACGACAUAAGGUGCUCUGGUUCGUGUGAAGAACAAGUACUCGGACCUGUAAUUUGAAGCAGCAUAGAAACUCUAUAAAACGAAUAUAACGUUUAAUCAGAGAAGAACUAGGUUUAUAGUACCCCAGAUAGCCCUUGUUCCUGUAUGUUUGGUGCCAUUUUGAAAUCACAACAGUUUAAGUGGUAAUUGAAUACCUGAUUCACAGGCUUGUCUACCCAACAUUUCAGAUUGCUAGAGGUGGCACCCCUGGGCACAUGACAGGACAUUAACAAUAACAGAGUUAUUAAUGAUAGUGCAACAACUACAAGGUCAAAAUAGCAAACUAGCAAAAUAGUGGAAAAAUUAUCUAAGGCAGCUAUACUUUCAUUUCGGAUUCUCUAAGCUUACAUUUGAAACUCACUUUGAAUGCUAACGUUUGUUAAAUCCUGUCUGUGUUACACUGCUUUUUACCUAUUUUAGCUCUUUAAUUGAGAUACUCGUCUCAACAAGCCUUAAAAAAAGAAAAACAUGAACUCCUUUCUAAAUAUUAAAUUCUCUUCCGUCUUCCUUAGGACUGUCUGGAUUGGAUGCCAAGUCUAGUGGUCGUCUUGGUACAAGGGCAAUGGUUUAUUAUAUGGUCACUACUAUUAUAGCUGCUAUUUUGGGGGUUAUCCUAGUCUUGGCCAUUCAUCCUGGUGACCCCAAACUAAAGCAACAGCUUGGAAAAGGACAAGAAAACGACGAGGUCUCCAGUCUUGAUGCUUUCCUGGAUCUGAUCCGGAAUCUUUUCCCUGAGAAUCUUGUUCAGGCUUGCUUCCAGCAGGUAAGACAUUUGAGCAUAAUGGAAAGAAGGUUCACCAGUGACGUUGUGCAGGAGAGACUUACAUAUGGGGUAACCCAUUUACUCUGACAACGAAAUUACACGAAUGUCUUCCAAAAUCACAGGAUAAUCAUCAUUCACAUGCACAUUCUCUUUUAAAGGGACACUAUUGUCACCAGAACCACUACACCUUAAUGUAUUGGUUCUGGUGUCCAUAGCAAGUCCCUGCAGGCUGAGCACUGUAAACGCUGCCUAUUCAGGGAAAAGGCAGUAUUUACAUUAAUGGCUACUAGCACUGCUAAUGGCAGUCACUCAGACUGCCACUAGAGGUGCUUCCUAUCUGCACUGACAUUUAGCUGAAACCUUCCUAUAGAGAUGGAUUGGUUCAUCAAUGUAUCUCUAUGAGAGGAUGUUGACUGGUGCAGCUCUGCAUUUUGUCGCACAUGCGCGAUAGCCUUCCAAUAGUUUCCUAUGGAAAAGCAUUCACAAGUAGAGAUGUCGCGAACCGUCCGAGAACAUCUCGCGAACGGUUCGCCGCGGUUCGCCACGAGCUGUUCGCGGCGAACUCCGGUCAGCUGACACGUCCCGGCCAAUCUCCAGCAGACCCUCCCUCCCAGACCCUCCUACUUCCUGGACAGCAUCCAUGUUUCAACAUGGAUGCUGUCCAGCAAGUAGGAGGGUCUUCCUGGACAGCAACAUGGAUGCUGUCCAGGAAGUAGGAGGGUCUGGGAGGGAGGGUCUGCUGGAGAUUGGCCGGGACGUGUCAGCUGACCGGAGUUCGCCGCGAACAGCUCUUGGCGAACCGUGGCGAACCGUUCGCGAGAUGUUCACGGACGGUUCGCGGACGGUUCGCGACAUCUCUAUUCACAAGGCUGAUAAUUUAAAGAUUGAUGAUCUCAGUAAUGGAGGCGGAGCCAGCCACAGCGAGACCGGAUUGACAGUGGAGAAAAGGUAGAUAAAAUAAACUUUUUACUCCACAGAAAAGGGGGCCGGGGUCUUAACUAGCCACUCCAGCACUAUAAUGUCAGGAAUACAUGUUUAUAUUCCUGACACUAUAGUGUUCCCUUAAGUUGUUUUUUUCUAUAAAAAAUUCAUUUUCAUUUUUAAAGAGAAAGCAAUAUGAAAAUUAAACCCUUCCACUACAAGAUGUGCGAUCAAAGCUCUCCUAUGCUAGUUAUAUUCUUACUUUGCAUUUAAAGAGGGCAGUCUACAGGGUGCUUUGGAUCUAAAAACAAAUUAAUUAAUUGUAAAAGCAGACACAAGAAGCAUCAAUAAACUUUUGUGAAAAAGUUGAUGCAAACCAGCAGGGGGCAAUGUUAUAAAGAUAAUCUUAAAAUAUUUUUUGUCAGUUGACAAUUUAAGCAAGGCGUGGAUCCCCAGGGUACCCAUUAUUAUUAUUAUUUAUAUAGCGCCAGCAAAUUCCAUAGCACUGUACAAUGGGGGGACUAACAGACACGCAAUUGUAACCAGACAAAUGGAUGCAUAGGAACAGAGGGGUUGAGGGCCCUGCUCAAUGAGCUUACAUGCCAUUCUAUUUCUUUGUCAUUUUUAGUCUUCACAAAAUAAUUUUUUUUUUUUUUUAAAUGGCAGUUUAACUCAAGUAUGUUUUAAGUGAGAUUUUUUCACUUUCUAUUUAUUUCCUGCACAAACAUAUUUUAGUAUUUUCAGAUACUUCUCAACAUUCUAGGGACCACCAGGAAGGCAUCUGUGGACCACCUGUGCCAGUCACAUCACAGCCUCAAAAUGUUUUAAGUCACCAUUGAAGUGACUAUAUAUAAGUGAGGUUAUCUGAAUGGCGUUAAAAGUUGGGAGAAGUGGUCUUGAAGAAUUUUUCAAGUUUGGCUAUUUUGACUCUAAAUUUGGAAUUAAAGGGACACUAUUGGCACUAUUGGCACCCAGACCACUUUAGCUCAAUGGAGUGGUCUGGGUGCAAGGUCCCCCAGGUUUUAACCCUUCAGAUAUAAACAUAGUAGUUUCAGAGAAACUGCUAAGUUUACAUUGCAGGGUUAAUCCAACCUCUAGUGGUUGUCUUUCUGACAGCCGCUAGAGGCGAUUCUGCGACGCUGGAUGCGAAAUUCGCAUCUAGUGUGCAGAACGUCCAUAGGAAAGCAUUGAGAAAUGAUUUGCUAUGGACUGUUUGAAUGCGCGCUCGGCUCUUGCUCCACUCGGGAGCUGACGUCGGCGGGGGAGGAGAGAUCACCAGCGCCGAGGGAGUCCGAUGCUGGAUUAAGGUAAGUUGCUAAAGGGGUUUUAACCCAUUCAGCGCCAAGGGUGGGGGACCCUGAGGGGGGGGUCCUAAGGAUGCUAUAGUGUCAGGAAAACAUAUUGAAUCACUUGAUCUGUGAAUAAAAUCAACAAUUAAUGACUGUCCCCUAAGCCAAUGGCAAAAUUACUGCCGGUGCAGCUGGUGAGUUUAAAUCAAGGCCCGCAAGCUGAGAUGCAGCAAUCCGGUGGCCCACGUUAUUAGGGCCACCCACUGGUAAUCUUUCAACAGGGGCACGGUCAGGUGCUGUGACCCUUUGUGUGUGUUUUGGUGUGUGUGCAGGGCAAUGUCUGUGCAUACAUCCCAGCAAUAAAUGCCAACUCUACAUACAAACACAUUCCAACACAAACACUACACACAAGCACGGAACUGCUUUCAAAUAGCAACAGUACAUAAAUAACACAGUGGCAUUCAAAUGAAGUUCCACACAAAUACAUACAUACAUGCACAUACACAUACUUUAUAAAAACAUGCUUACAUUCAAACAGAAACAGUGCUCACAUAUACAACUCUGCAAGGAUGGUCACGUGCAUUUUGAGAGUUUAAUCACCUCUUUUCCUGGUGCCAUUGACGGAACUCAAAAUUACGAAACAAACUCAUGCAUUGUCGGUUUCGUCUGUGCAACGUUUCAGAGCUAUUCAAGAUCUGCCGAUCCCCAAAGUUCAGAAGAACACAAUUUGUUUGAAACUGAAUUUAAAACAACAAUGAAAAUGCUCAGAAUCAGAAUCCAUGUUCUAAUUAUGGGUCUUUUGAGGUGUCUAGUCUGUACUGAGAAUGGCCGGUCUGCUCUUUGUCACGUGUCUUGCUGGCAUCGUCUCUCCUGCUAACUUACCUGCUCAUGUUAUCAUAUCUUUAUUUUUUUUAGAUUCAAACCGUUACUAAGAAGGUCACUGUUGAAACUCGCAUCGAGGAACCUACAAACGUGACCGACUCUGUCUUCUCCCUAAUGAACGACACCGUAGUUGUGGCACAGGAAGAAAUUAAAAAGAAGUUGGAAUUUAAAGAUGGAAUGAAUGUUCUAGGUACAUUCCAUCUGUAUAUGUUAAACUGAUUUUGGUUGUGUCUAAAGCAGGCUGUCAGUCAAGCGCUCUGAGACUUUACAAUUACAAUAUCUCCCAAUCUCCCAUGUAAUGUCUGCUUUGUUGCUCAAUCCAUCAGUUAUUUGUAUCAGUAACAAAGGUGAUACCUCAAGAUUUUACUUUUUUUUUUAUUUUUGCCCACAGGAUUGAUCGGUUUCUUCAUUGCUUUUGGCAUUGUCAUGGGGAAGAUGGGGGAGCAGGCCAAGCUGAUGGUGGAAUUCUUCAGUAUCUUGAAUGAGAUUGUGAUGAAGCUUGUGACUCUGAUAAUGUGGUAGGUUGAAUUUGUUUCCAAUGGUUUCCCAGCAAUAACGUUUUUUUAAAUUCAAAUUAAACCAAGACAAUUAAACUAAUUUCAUGAGAAAGUAUUGUAGUUCCAGGAUGUUUCUGUUAUGUUUUGGAAUUAAUGUAUCGUCCUGUUCCUUUGAGAUUCCUGCCAAUGUUCCACUGUCUGAUGUUAUAGAUCAUGUAAGUAUCAGGUAGGUGGAUGAAAUAAAAUGCAAAACACCAAAGUAGACAUUUAAACUACCAUGCCUGCUUCUACAUUCUACACUUUUUAUUUCGUUGUAGUUUGAUAUGUGUUCUGUUCUAAAGUUCAUGCAUACAUGGACAGAUUUUCUUUGUAAAGUCAUAAAUUUUUAAAGGGCAUUUGAAAUACGGGCAGGAACCUAGGCGGGUUAAGGUUACCAAUGGCCCUAGGAAGAGUGCAAGAUUGGGGCACCAUCCUAGAGCCCUGGGCUCUGAUUCUGUUAGUUGUGUUUGUUUGAGUGCUGUGUGUGAGAGUGUUUGUAGUGUUGAGUGUUGUGUUUGUGUUAAAAAGGGUGAGAGCAGUAUGGGCAGGAGGCUGAGCGUGUGGUUUUGUGCUGGUUGAGUGUUCUUUGUGUCUGUGUGUGAAGGGAGUCUUGAAUGAGGCGCAGUGGUUUGUGUGUAUAUGUUUCCCCCCGCUCCCAUCUUUUCGUGGUAGCCCAGUGGUGGGUGUGCUGGAUUCCUGCUGUUCCACUGGAUGGUAAGCUGUCUUUCUGGUAGUUCAGUGGAGAGUGAGCUGGAUCCAUGGGGAACCAUUGUGGAACUCGGAGUUACUGAUAAGCACCAGUAGACCACAAGGGCACUCUUAAAGUGGUCUAUACCUGAUAUUGGUACAGACCAUAGAGCCCCCUAAACUAAGUGAGGGGGGACAGGGCUGAUUAGGGAGAUCUUUUAUUCCCCUGCCGGCUCGAGGGAGCCAGAACUAACAGGCCUGGAUAGGGGCCCACUGGGCCCCAAACUGAGCCCAGGUUGUUGACUGCUUUUGUUGCCUAAUUGGUAAUCUGGCUGUGGGCAGUAAAUUAAAAUAUAUUAAUAAAAGGAAAAUAUAUAUAUAUUUGUUUGUGUUUGGUUUGGUAUUUGGAGGUACAGUGAGAAUUUGCAGUUAAGUAUUGGGAAACAAGAAGAUGCACUGUGAGGCUUUGGAGGGCAAGGUCGGAGGCUCAGGGCAGUUGAGUUAAGUAAACUGCAAUUGAGAUGUUGGAAGGCGUGUCAGUUGCAGAAGAAGGUUAGGGUCCAGUUACAUGAGCCAUGAGAACAUUCAGGUUGAGGCCAGCUACAGUGGACAUUUGGGGUAUGAUCUACACUAUGAGAUUUUGUAGGGGUUUCAGUUACAGAAGGAUGAGGUCUAAGCUGAUAAACCUUUGAGAAGUUGCAGGCUUAGGUCAGUUCCAGAAGACAGGUAAAAUUCAGGGAGCUGCUAAUGUUUGAAAGUAGGCUGGGGGGAGAAAUAUAUAUGGUAGGAAUUUGUGUGAGCAUUUCAUAAUGAAAGUGUGCAACUAGUAACUCAGACUGGCCCAUAUCCAAGGCAGAAGUAUUUUAGUUUAAGACACGAUAUUAGAUGCCAGUUAAUGUUCAGCUUCCUGUUUCCUUCUUAAAAUUCUCACUUUGGUUGAUGUAAAAACCACAAACCUACGUUGGGGAAGAUAAUGAACAGCUAGUGGAAAACUGGAAAAGAGGCAGGUGGAUUGUAGCCACAAUUUCAGUAAAAAUAUAACAAACUGGUUCUUAUUCAUUCUAUGGUGUCCUUAGCAGGGAAAUAAACAAUAAAAUCUUUUUACCUAACGAAACGAAUUCUACACCUACGGAUAAUAAUAACAAAGUAUUUAACGGAAUUUAUUCUAGUAAUUUAUUUUAUAUUUCAUCUUCUUACUUCAAGUGCUGUGCUGUUUCAACCCAUAAACUGGCAAAUGUGGAGUGUUGAGUUGUUACACUACUGCAGGGCUCCCCGAGGGGUACCAAUGUUCUAAAGAAAGUCUAUUUAAAGUGAGUGUGAUGGAGAAGGUUACAAACACCUGUUAGUCAGUAAAGUGUUCCCUAUAAAUUCUGGGGAGGAUUUAAUUUGUGAAAUACAGUACUGUCUGGUAUAUGUACAGGAGUGUAGCGUCUGCCAUAGCCAUAGCGCCCAGAGGAAUCCUUGAUUUGUAUCAGACCAAUCAAGCCAAGGGACAGCACCAGGCGUAUGAUGGUACCAGAACUACAGCAGGCUCUAGUGGUAAUGAUGAUACCUAGAGCGUCCCUUAAAUUAUUUAGAAAACAUUAUACAUGAUCCAUUUUCUAUUUAAUGUGCAAUAUUAUAAGAAAUAAUGUCUGCACUAACGUUAACUUUAUUGUGUUUACAUUUUUUAAUUUUGUUAUUUAGAAAAAGUGGAAAAAAAAACAGCUUUUAUUUCCUAGGUAACUGUUAGUGCUCAAAAUCUAUUUUCUCUAUCCUGUAAAGUGGGCUGGAAAGCUACGGACUACUCAGAAAAUCAGAUUUAAAUCACACGCUCUCUAUUUCCUUGUGUUUUUCCUUUUACCAAUUGUGACUGAGGAUUUGAAAGUUGAAAUGCAAUUCAAAAUGGCCGCCCAUCUUACAGAUCUUUAAGUAGUAAUUCCAGUUAAUCGCAGUAUAAAUUGGUUAAUUGCAGUAUAAAUUGGUUUGAUAAAAUAAUGUUAAUCUGUUAGGAGUAUUGCUUCAAAAGAGAUUUGUGGAGAGAACGUUUAAUGGCAGUGCAUCUUUAAAAGGACACUCAAAGUACCGAAAUCACUUAAUCUUAACAAAGUGAUUUGAAUGGUUAUACCCUGCCCCAUGCAACCUUGUAGAUGCCAACUGAGUCAUUUCCGAGAAAUGCCCAUAGUUUAUUUUUAAAAUCCCACCUCUAGUGGCUAUAGCUAGGCAAUUUGAACUAAAAGAGUUUCAAUGACUAAAUCUAUUUUAUGUUCAGUGUGAGCAUGCAAAGUAUGCUGACACUGGGUAUGCGUGCAUGCGCAGUAAGUCCUUUGUGCUUCUCUAUGAGGGGCAUUUCAUUGGACAAAGAGUGGGAUUGGAUCAGGCUGCCUUGAGGAGUCUGUUUUGAAAAAAUAAAUAUUUUUAAAGGGGCAGCAUGGAUUUAACCCAAUAAAGCAUCAGAGCAGAGAAAAACAUGUAUAUAUAUAUAUAUUUUUUUUUAUUUUUUAUUUUUUUUCUUAUUAGUGUUCCUUUAAGAACAUUCUUACUGGUAGAAUACUCUGCAAGAACAAUAGCUUCCCGCUGUGUCAGUAAUUGGCUGUUUGUUUGUUUUCCCUUCUGCAAGAACAUCUGUUUCUUUGUUGUUUCGGAGUUUGAUGUUUAGUCUCUGAUACUUUCAUCAUGAAUCUUAAGCAUUUACUUCAGUCUAACACUUUGGCACCAAGUAUAAUAAUUUCCAGUUUAGCUUUCAUUGAGAAUAAUCAGCACUGUGGCUGAGCUCAAAGGAAUUGCAUAUUAUUAAAAAACAUAACAUUUUUCCCUUUGUGGGUUUCUGAUGAUGCACAAGUUACCCAUCAUGAUUUUGUGUAUAGUAUUUACUCUUUGUUAAUCAGCUGAGUUCAGAACUGUCUGUAAAAUACUGCAGGGAGGGUGAUGUUGAAAGGGGGUAUUGCACAGAUCACCUCAGUGCCGGUCUGUCUGAGAUUAGUUAGAGUUGCACUCUUGAGGGCAGAUCGUGUCUUCUAUCCCCCCAGUGCACAGACAGUGACUUCAUCUCUGGAAUACCUAUCCCGAAGUAAUGAACUUAUAGCAACCACUGAAAUAGAUGUCAUCCAGGAAUGCAACUCCCACUAAUCUUGGACAGCAGGGGAAAUGUAUGAGCUAACAUUAAACAACUCACCCUAAUCCUAACACUUACUCUAACCAUAUUGUUAGCACGAAUUACCACUCUAACUUCAGUUCAUAUAUAAAGUAAUAGUAAAUAUACGUAAUGGUAAAUAAUAGCUAUUUAGGUGCCAGCAGUCUUGAAUUUGCUGGUGCAGUCCCACAUUUUGGGGCACUGUCCCAGGAAAUAUAGAUCCCAGGGACCGGUCCCACAUUUUGAAAUCUGCCAACAGAUUUUAAAAUGCAGGAGCUAACUGGGUACUAGCACCACGGACCACUUCUGCAGAGCUCCAUACAUGGUCUGCUUGGGGAGUGGUGGUAGGUUGUCAUGCUUGCCACGCUUUUAGGGGCAGACGUCCUUGACCAGAUGUCCAGACCUACCUGAACACUUGCUUUCAUCUGUGCACACCUCUGUUCCAUGUUGUCAGGCAUGCAUUAGUGGAAAAAAUAAUGCCAGCUUAAGAUUCUGGAGACAUUUAUAAACCACUCAAACUCCAGCCUUGUGGGUCAUUACGAUGUCUACAGAACCCCUUUAUGUAUGUAUAUAUGUAUGUGUCUAUCUAUAAGAGUUUUUUAUUUUUUAUUUUUCUAAAUGAACGGGGUGACCAGAUAGCAGAAUGGGCAAUAACGCUAAAACAUAGUGUUGCAUUUUGUUUGAUAAUGUAAGGCACAUUAUGGAGGAAUCUGACUUUUGGUUGAGUGAAAAUGGUGAGUCGAAUGCAUUCUAUUCAUCAAUACAUCGUGACAUUAAAAUGAAAGUAAAUAUACGUAUGUGCUUUCUUCCCUAGGUACUCUCCACUCGGUAUUGCUUGCCUCAUCUGUGGGAAAAUCAUCGCCAUCAAGGAUUUGGAGCUUGUGGCCAGGCAACUGGGAAUGUACAUGUUAACAGUCAUUAUAGGUCUAAUCAUUCACGGAGCCAUCUUUCUGCCGUUAAUUUAUUUCGCAAUAACUAGGAAGAGCCCCUUCCCUUUCUUGGCUGGAAUUUUCCAGGCUUGGAUCACAGCGCUGGGAACAGCUUCCAGGUAUUUCCUCCACUGUUUCGCGAUUGAGAUUACUCACGCCAGCCCAAACAUCUUCUGCUACCGCAUUUAAAAAAAUUGUUUGUUUUUCCCCACCAUAUGUAUAAGCAUUCUUCUUCCAGAAUGUAAUGCAAAUCAGAUGGCUGUUUUUUUCAGACAUCAAGCAGGGACACAUAGAAAAUGUAUAUAGCUGCAAGCCUCAUAAGUAAAGACAAAUCUUGGAGAAAUAUUUCAUCAUGACAUUCCUUUAAAAUUGAUCAGCAGGCAAGGAUGGAUCCUGUUCAUAAACGUUCUCCGUAAACAGUGAGCCCUUUGUAAAAAGGGGAAAACUAGGGCAACAUUCUAAAUGUGUAGCAGGAAUCCUCAACAUUCCAUUAGGUCCCACUGGGAUUGUCGCAACUCUUGGGAAUUUGUUCCACAUUUAAUCAUUCUAAAUGAUACUCAAUAUCUCCUGAACCAAGUAAAAUGAAAUGGGUUCUGUAAAUCACUGUAUAGGAGACACAAAACUGGAUAUAUGGAAAAAUCAAUAUAAUCUAAGAAUACCUUGGAAUAAAUAUAAUUCCAAAUAUCCGUAUCUUGUAUACCAUUCUAUAGAUCAGGGGUAGGCAACCUCCGGCAGUCCAGAUGUUGUGCACUACAUCUACCCUGAUGAUUUGCCAACAUUUUGGCUGUAAGACCAGUAUGAGUAGUGUGCUGAAGGUUGCCUACCCCUGCUAUAGAUACCUUAGAGCACGAAAACGUUUAUUUAGACAUAAAAUCAGUUUUCUUAGACUAGAAUAAGAGGCUUCUGGUGAGAGAGGUGUCUGUGUGAAGCUGCAGUCAAUUUAUCCUAGCAGUGCCGUUUCGGGAACUUAGAAAGUAGGUAUUUUACAUUUUACGUUUUUUUAUUUUAUAAUUGUUAAUUUUUUUAUGUAUAUAAUGCAUUGCCUUUAAAGAAACAGUAAAACAUUAGGAAUACAAAUCUGUCUUCUUAACGCUUUAGUAUCCCUGUCCCUUCUUUGGCACUGCAUACAUUUUCUCCUACCGCAAUGUCCCGUAGGAGGCAUGGCCUCCUUCGGUGUGGUCCAAUCUAAUGCUCCCUGCGACUUGCGUGUCUUAGCUUCAAUAGGGAAGCACUGAAUCUAGUGUCUCUAGUGACUGUCAAGAAGACCACCACGAGAGGUGGUUUUAAUUAACCCUGCAAGAAUGUUUUACAUUGCAGGAUAGGGACCCCUGCACGAGGACAACUUAAAUAAGAUGAAAAGGUCUGAUUUCAGUGGCCCUUUAAGUGCUUGUAUAUGACAAUGCCUAAUGUUUGUCAAAUUCUGGAUUCCAAAUAUGCAAAUGGCAUCUGUCAAUGUAGAUUCUAAUUUCAAAACAAGCUAAUUGCCGUGUAAGCAGAAAGGACAUUCCCACUGAUAUUUGGCUCGCAAUAUAUCAGAAGCUCCCGGCUAACGAUUAUGCUAAACUAUGCUAAAUAAUUAGCUGAUUCGGCACUUUUCACCACAUCUCUGCGACUGUUUACAGCACAUCUAUCAAUCUAGAAAAUGAUCUCCCUUAUAAGACGUAAUGAGGAGAUUUAGCAACAUGCCCUGAUCACCUAAGUGCUGCACGGUUUUAAAAAUUGAGCUAUCACCAUGGAAACCAGUGUAUAGGUAAGUUCCAUUGGUGAUCACUGCACUUUUCCAACUCUGCAACGCUUUUCUGAUCAUCUUUGAUAAAUCUUCCCCCAAAAUCUUCACCAUAAAAAGAUUUAACCAUCAUGAGUCUGGGACUGUCUACCCCUAGAGGGACAGAACAUUUCUUUUUGUAUAGGUUUAGAUGCAAGGCUUGCUUUUUCCCCCUUUUAUUACUUACACGUUGGUUUCCACUUUUGUUUUUCUUUUCCUGUUAACACUUGACCUGUGUUGUGUAAUUACUGAACCUGUUAACUGAAUCACUUUAUAACAAUAACUGGUACCAUUGCCAAAAAACAAAUUAAUUAAAGUUUAUGAUUAUGGUAGCAAAAAAUACAGCCCUGAAACGUGUGUGCAACAUGUUUCUUGAGUUUUUGUUGCUUUUUAAAGGGACAUUAUUUUGAUUAAUGAGUGGUUUUAGUGUAUAGGGCAUGACAAAAACAACUUUAGCUUAAUGAAGCAGUUUUGGUGUAUAGAACAUGCCCCUGCAGUCUCACUGCUCAAUUCUCUGCCAUUCAGGAGUUAAAUCACUUUGUUUGUAGAGCCCUAGUCACACCUUCCCUGAACUCCCUACAAACCUCCAGAAAAGGAGCUCAAAUGUUUUAACUUCCCGUACUGCCCACUGUGUUUAUUUAGAAGUUCGUAUCUCCUCUUGCUCUAUUAAUUGCUUGCUAGGGCCUCAUGUGUGAUUAUAGUAUAGUUGGCAGAGCAGGAGAUUAGAAAUGCUAAAUUAAGCACACUGUGCUGUAAAAUAAAAACUUGAGUCACACCAGGGGAGGUGUAAGUAGGGGUGCAUAAACAGAAUUAUUAUUUUUUUACAACAGUGAAGGCAUCAUGGGAAAUGUAGUCCAUAAAUAUCCAGGAUACCACAUUUAGUCAUUACUGAAAUAACAUCAUAAAAAAGGAGUUUAUUGCACUGAUUCCUCAAGAUUAAACUGUUCCAAUAGCAUUAUUAUCUGGUGAUUAGAGAGUGAAAUUUACACUUAAAAAAAGUCCUGUAUCUUCAUACAAAAUAAAAUACUCUUAAUCCAUACUGGGGAGAAACUUAAAUAGCCACAGAGGGAAUAAGGAAACCCAAUACAGCAAAUACCUCUAUCCACCACACAAGACGGGGGACAUUCUUGCAGAGAUCAGUGUGACCUUUUGCCAUUAGAUGAUAGUAUUUUGUAACUUGUGAAAGGCAUUGGAAGUCCAAACUUAGUUCAGAAAUGUUAGUACAUACCUGGGUCUACCAACUGCAAAAACAAAACUAAUUAAUAAUAACCAGUGGCCUGUGACUGAGCUAAGUAUAUCAUCAAUGCAGAGAAAAGACGGAGAUUUGGAACACGUGGCACAUGCCUGCUUUCUAUACAGCUGAUCUGUGGAACUCCCUACCCUUCUCCGUAAGACUUUCACCCAGUCUCCACUCAUUCAAAAAAUCAUUGAAAACUCACUUCUUCAAGAAAGCAUAUCAAUUAAACUGUUAGCAGGCUUUAUCCCCCACCUUCCAUGACUCCUCUCCUGCAACUGUCAAAAAUUACCUACCGAGUUCUCAGUGAAUACUUUUCUAACAACCUCCUUCGUACCCCUACUUCUACCCUUUGUGUCACUAUACCCCACUCCCUCUAGAAUGUAAGCUCAAUGAGCAGGGCCCUCGACCCCUCUGUUCCUGUAAGUCCAGUUGUCUGGUUACAAUUACAUGUAUGUUAGUCCACCCAUUGUACAGCGCUACGGAAUUUGCUGGCGCUAAAUAAAUAAUAAAAUAAUAAUAAUAAUAAUAAACUGACAUUCUCUGGGCAUUCUACAUAUAAACAAUGUAAAAGAACAAACAAAUAACCACUUGCAUGAAUAUAUAACAUAAUGCAAUUUAAAAUAAUAUUGGUCAUUGGCACUUAACCAGGUGAAUUGAAUGUAUCCCUGAUAAUUGGGGAGUAUGUCAAUUUAGCCACUGGAAACAAUGCAAAACUGGAUGCUUAUAUUUAGCUCUCAGAUCUACAGUAGUUUCCAACUAUUGGGAGUUUAGUUUAUUUGGCAGUAAUGUAAGGCUCGACCUCAAACCUUCCAUGUGCUGUCACAGUAGAACCUAGUUUUUUUUACUUCUUUUUCCUCCCAGUAGUAAUGACUAGAUUACUAGCACAAUGCUCAUCAAGCCCGGAGAAUGUUUUUGUAAGCUAGUAGUUCCCAACCUUUUUGGACCAAGGCACACAUUUAUAUUUAGUCUAUGAAACCCACCAGUCCAGGUCAUGGCUGUGCUUGGGUUCCUUAGUACUCUACCAGUCAGAAAUAGGCAUUUAUAGUUUGCCUACUCCAUUAAAGUAAAUUUAUUUUAAUUCAUGGCUCCUGUCUCUUCUAGUGCGGGCACUCUGCCAGUGACUUUCCGUUGCUUGGAGGAGAACUUGGGUAUUGACAAGAGAGUGACAAGAUUUGUACUCCCAGUUGGAGCUACCAUCAACAUGGACGGGACAGCCCUCUAUGAAGCGGUUGCCGCCAUCUUCAUUGCCCAGAUGAAUGGAGUGAUCUUAGAUGGAGGACAGAUUGUGACAGUGAGGUAAGUUUCUGGAAGUGACCGCAAAAGAACGACACACUUAGAGUGCAUGAUUGUUGUGUUUUUUUGUUUUUUUUUGCUGGUGUUGUUUACCUUUUUUCUACUUUUUCAUAGAAAGUAUAUAUAGUAUAAUAAAACUAUCAAUACAUAAUCAUGUAAGAAAAAUCGAAGAAAUUAGUUCAAACCCACUUAUUAUGGACUGCUACAUUUGUAGUGUAGUGUUACGACUAAAGCUAUUGUGUUCGGUCUAUGUUUGUUAAUCAAUGUUAUAGCUCUUGAAGGAAUGAUUAAACCUGGGCUGUGUUCAAAUCUCCAAAGCUUGAUUUCUGCAUCCUCUUGGGUGGGCUACUGAUACAUUCACUCUCUCUUGCACCUAUUUCUUUCAAGCCUGACAGCCACACUGGCUAGUGUUGGAGCAGCGAGCAUUCCCAGCGCCGGCCUGGUGACUAUGCUUCUCAUCCUGACUGCGGUGGGACUGCCCACUCAGGACAUCAGCCUUCUUGUUGCCGUGGACUGGCUCUUGUAAGUACCUACUGACAUUAUCACGUGUGCGCUUGACGCAACAGAAAAUAAGUCAUAUGGUGUACUACAGGGAAGUUACCUAUAGGUUCCAAGAUAUUAAUAAACUACACUUCUCCAACUGUUAAUAAACUACAAUUUCCAUAAUGCUACUGUUACAAAAGGGUCGUGGGAGUUUUAUUUCUUGAACAGAUAAUUUAUGUUAAUUGUAGAAUGGAACCCAGUCAUUCCACGAUAAUAUGAUACUGACCCCAAUAUUAUUACAUAGAAUUAUAUUGUAAUAUAGACUUACAGUAUACAGAGAGUAUAGCUAGUUUGACUUGGCUUUAUUAUUCUUAUUAUUAUUACUGGCAUUUAUAAAGUGCCAACAAAUUCCGCAGCGCUGAUCUCCAACCUUAUCUCCUGACAUGUAGCUGGGGAGGUGUUACGUUUAGUGAGAUAUCAGCUGCAGCUAAUAUGCUGCACUGAAAUGAGUCUGUAAGUAGGAAUUAAUCACAAGUACAAUUGAUAAGGUGUUAUAGUGUUGAAAAAGCUACCACUCACUAUUGUUAGUGACAUUUUAGAUAUUAGUGGCCUGCUGGUAAAGUUUGGGAGAAAGGACACACAACUAGAACAUGCCUUUCUCAGUAGUGGUGCUGUCGUAAAUACCAACAUUUAUACAAAAUACAGAUUAUGGAACAGCGCACACCAGGGGUCAAGUCCUGGGGAAAAAGUGUGGGAGCUCACCAAAGAUCCACCCCCCACCCAAAAGCAUCUUCACCUGUGUACCUCUUAACCCGCCUUUUGUUUCUUAUCCCUUUUUUUAAAUGUCUUACCCCCUUUAGUGUAUCUUAUCCCCUAUUUUUCCCUAUUGUGUGUCUUGCACCUCCCUUGUGUAUCUCUUACAACCCUCAUUUGUGUGUCUUACUCCCCCACAGCCCCUUUGUGUGUCUCCUUCUCUCCCAAUCCCUUUGUUUCUUUUACCCUUACCAUCUCCUUUGUGUGUUUCUCUUUUACCAUCUUUCCCCCCCUUCCCUGUCCCAUAGUGUUCUUUCCCCCCUCUCCCAUUGUGUUCUUUCCCCCCCACUCCUGUGCCAUAGUAUUCUUCCACCCCCUCGUCCCAUAGUGUUCUCCUUACCACCCCCACUCACCCUGUCCCAUAGUGUUCUCCUUACCCCCCUCCCUGUCCAUAGUGUUCUUUCCCCACUCCCCUGUCCCAUAGUAUUCUCCCACCCCGUCCCAUAGUGUUAUUCCCCCCUCCCCUGUCCCAUAGUGUUCUUCCCGUCCCAUAGUGUCUCCCCUCCCCUGUUCCAUAGUGUUCGUCCCCCCUACCUCUGUCCCAUAGUGUUCUUCCACCCCCAUCCCAUAGUGUUCUCCUGACCACCCCCUCCCCCUGUCCCAAUGUGUUCUCCUUACCACGCCCCUCCCCCAUCCCAUAGUGUUCUCCUUACCAGCCCCUCCCCUGGUCCCAUAGUGUUCUUUCUUACCAACCCCCUCUCAGUGAGCACUCCCUUUUAGUCAGGCCGGGUACAGGAAAUUUAAGUUUCUGGACAGCGAUGGGCACUGCUCCGCUCGACCAACUGCUGAUUGUUGCGCAUGUGUGAUAGUCUCUCAAUGCUUUCCAGUGGGAAGUUGGAUGAUCUUAGCAAGUAUGGGCUGGGGAGGUAAAGGGAGGCCAGGGAACUAAACAGCUAUUUAGACCCAUAGUGUCUGGAAUACACAAUUGUAUUUCUGACACUAUAGUAUUCCUUUAAGCUUCGCCAACAUUUGCCAGGGUAACAGGGUAGCUCCUUUAAGGCUAGCAUUAGCAGAGACUUGGGCUGCUUAUAGGGGAAAGUUUUUAGGUUUAGACAGGUGAAGAUGGAACAUUGUUGCUAUAGGCCAUUAUCACAUAGUUAGAAUGCCUCGAUAUAAAUGGGCAGAUACCACAGGAUCAUAGCAGACCUACAGAUAAUAUAAUGUGUGCAUUGCAUUUUUAGCUCUAAAAAUACCUUUACCAAAUAUCUUUAAAAAAAUUAGAGUUGCAAAAUUGGUAUUUUGAGGUACUUUCACACAGUAGAAAGCCCUGACCUCUUUUCAAUCACUUCUUCAAGGGACCGCAUGAGGACUUCUGUCAAUGUAGUGGGAGAUUCCUUCGGAGCCGGCAUUGUCUACCAUCUGUCGAAAGCUGAACUUGAAAGUCUGGAUAAACAGCACGCACAGCACGAAAUGGAAAUGGCCAAGACACAAUCAAUUUACGACGACAUGAAGAAUCACAGAGAGAAUAAUUCCAACCAGUGCAUUUAUGCAGCCCACAAUUCAGUGGUAGUAGAUGACUGCAAGGUACCAUUCACUUUCAUGGAUAUCGAGACCUGUAUAUAGACUGCAUGCUCGUUCCUUGCAUCUCUGCAUGUACUGUAAUAUUCUGUUGUAUUUUUGUAGUGUGGUUACAAGUACAACAGCCAAUAUCACCCCCAACGUAUUGAUCAAUAGUUCUGGAGGAUCGCGCAUUUUGCCACCAGUGUUAUUCAGCUUCAUAAUGCUACAGUGUAUCAUAGAAUUGUUUCAAGACGUCUGCAAGGUGCAAAGAAUCUUGGUAGUGACACCACACAGAUACUAAAGGGCAAUAAAUUCUGAAAUCAAAUUCACCAAAAAACAGUUUGAAGUAGAAUUACUGGUUCAUGUAAAGGGUCUUAGUAUUAUGUGCACCCAAUUAAAUUAAUUAUAUAUAUAUAUAUAUAUAUAUAUAUAUAUAUAUUGCAUAGUACGAUUAUUUUCUAAGUCUUUCACUUAGUUGUGUUUUUUCCCUAAUGUGUUCUGUUUUGAAGUAUUUUUGUGUAAAUGUACUGACAGUUCUACUUUAUGGGUUUUUCUUCCUGAUGGCCAUAUCCGAAUAUUAUUAGACUCCUCCCACUCUGUAUUUUGAUUGGUUGGAGUAGUAUACCAAUAAUAAAGGUACAUAGGAGCUCUGGAAGCUAAUCAAUAUUUCAAUAUUCGGAAUUUGCAUAUGAUUGUCUACAGGAACAUAAGUCUAUAAGGUAGUUGAUAUGUAUGCAGCAUAAUAACUUGGAAAAUUAACAUAUUAAAAAAAGAAAUCUAAAACAAACUAAUAGAAUUAAAAGAGUAAUAUCGAAAAGAUUAUAUAUAUAUUAUUUUUUUAUUUGUUAGAAAUUUUGAAAUUACUCGAUAUUGACUUUUUACAAAAGUUUCUGGAGUUUGUCGGGGAAUGUGCCUUUAGUAUUACAGAGAUCUCAUAAAAUAUAUAAUUAAAAUCCACCGGCUUUAACUUUUGCCCUAGAUUGGUCAUCACAGAAAAAAGCUUGGUAAUCCUAACAUACAAAAAUUUUUACUGUUCCUUUAAAACAAAAGAACCAUUUUUGUGAAUGGAAAGCAGACCAAGGACCAAGCAAAUGAUGGAUCUCCAGCUGUUUAGAUAUGCCUUACAUUGCAUUCAGCCCAUUUAGGGCAAUGGGUGUUUUGUUGGGUAAGAGGUGUGGAGAUGCUGGGACUUAUAUCCCAACAGAAGCCAUCAGAUGGAAUUGUUCUACAUAUCAUUUUGUCUCUAAUAUGAUCUAAAAACAUUCUUAUCCAUGGAGACUUCAUGACCCAAUACGAGAACUCUCACUUCUAACCCUGCAGGGCUUCACUUGCAUUUUUCAGUGUAUUGUUUAACAUAUUGCCCAGUGAUCCACAAAGUUAAAUUAAUAAUUACUUGCUAAUCCGGCAAAUGUAUUAAUCUUUUGCCAGGACAUUGUCUUGGAGGGCAGAAAUGGACAGUGGUGUUUAAUUAGGGUCAUCAGUUUAUGAAUUUCAAAAGCCGUAUUAAUGCUUGUGUUUGAGAAUUAAUCUAGUAUAAAUUCCAGAAAUAAACAUUGUGUCAAUAAUCAGUUAACUUAGUAUUUUCUUGUGCUGUGUUUGCGGGCCUAAAAAUUAGAGCUCAGCACUCCUAACCUUAGUUACUAUGUAUGGAAACCCAUGGAAUGUUCUGUUGCCUGUUUUAUCACCAGAGAAUGCUAAUCAAAGUGCCAUUCUCUGGAAAGUGAAGGAAGGCUGUAAAAUUGGGGUCAUCAUCAAUGGAAAGUUCCUUCUGAAUUCCAUUGGGUUUCAUGGUGAGUCCCCCCUUCCCCCCACACUUUUUUACCCAACCUUUCUGAUGAUAAUACUUUGAUAAAUCUCAAUCAUUGCCUCUGAGGGAUUAAAAUGCCAACACUCUCUCUUAUAUUGUGUGUAAAAAACAAUUCUAUGAUACACCUCAGAAAAGCGAUCUCUCAACCUUGCUGUGCUAAAUUCUCUCUGGGCUGUAUACAAUUACAGCGUAUUAAGUACCUUUAAUAAUCCAUUAUUGUGUGUAGUCUUGCUGAUAGAAGGAUUUGCGAUAUAUAGAGGAGUCUUGCAAUGCAGGUCACUCUAACAGCAAAUUGAUGGACCUUAUGAAACGCAGAGAGGUCUUCAAAGCAUUUCUGGAGCUCAAAAAUAUAUAAAUGGAUGCCAAGAAAACAAUGUACAUAUAUAUGUUUUAUAAUAUGGAAAUUAUACAUAGCAAAUUCUGUACACGUAACCUUUUCAUUGUUUACGUGACAAUGUUUUUUUAAUUAUAUUUUGGGGUUGAGUGGCUGAAAAUGCAUGAUUUAUAUAGUAUAUAUAUUUUUUGUAUAUAUAUUUUUUUGUACACUCUUUGAACUUUUUUUUGUCACUUUGUAUCUUCUCUCAUCUUGUAAUGCAUGCGUUUCCCUUCCAGUUCUCUUAAAGAUAGGAGGGCUAAUUUGAAAUGUUGGUGCAUUUUGUCAUGUUUCCAUGUUCCAAUACUUUCAUGUAUGCAGUCUUUCCAUCACAUCGAGUACCAAUCCUGUCUGUAAGUGUUACGUGCACACUACGAAGACCUAGCAUGUAAGGUAAGAGGCAGACCGGAUUGUUAAAGGUUAAGGUUGGGUAGGGCACUCUAGAGUUCCAUAGAAUCGCAUUACUGAUGUUUAACUUCCAGGGUCCAUUUACCAACACUAUAUAAGGUAUUAGACUGAUCACAAGAGGUCUAUUCAUUAACCGCUUAAGGACACAACUUCUGGAAUAAAAUGGAAUCAUGAUGGAAUAUUUCCGUCAUGUGUCAUUAAGGGGUUAAACCAUUGAAUUGAUACUCCUCAACUGAUAAUUGUUACAGUUUUUGCAGUUGACUUUUUGGCUCUGUUAAAUUCAAUAUUAAGCCCAUAAAUGACUUCAGGGUUAAAAUGACCCUCAUAGGGACUUGGAGUCGAUGGACACAAUCCGCAAUAAAAUAAAAUUUAUAGUGCUAAAAAUCAACUUUUAUAGAUAUUGUUGGAUAUGUUGAAAAAUGCUGUUUUACAAAGUUCCAGGGAGCAUAAUUCUUUAAUUUAAUCAAUAAACAUUUGUCCCUUCCAGCUUCUCUUCUCUUGAUGGUAUCACUCAUAGGGAGUGAGGAUCUGUGUUCCUCCUCUAAGCAGUGGGUAUCGGUCAUGCAGCCCUCAUUACCAAAAGUUAGACAAGGGCUCCUCAAACUGCGGCCCUCCAGAUGUUGCUGAACUAUAACUCCCAUAAUUCUUUGAAUUACAUAGAUAGCCAGAGAAUCAUGGGAGUUGUAGUUCAGCAACAUCUGGGGGGCCAGAAUUUCAGGACCUCUGAGUUAGACAAACCAACUGCUGUCUGUAAAAUACUCCACAAACACAGUAGCUCACACUGGACGGAGGACAUUUAACCAAAACAAAAAAAAUCGGAAUAUUAUUUCAACUUAGCAAAGUAGCAUUUUUUAUAUAUAUAUUACAACAUAUCAAACAUUUAUUUUUAUAGCAGUUUGAUGUUAAGUUGCAACAUGCCAUUUUACUGAGCCGGCCUGUUUAGAACUGCUAAUGAGCUGUUCCAAACUGUCUCCCCAUCUGUCGACAUUGUUACUGUUUUUGGAGGGACUAACUCCCAUUGUUGCUACCAUGAAAAUUCACAAAUUUGGCUGUAAUGAGAGGGAAAUAUUCACCCUUAAACUGAAUCUGAAAUUCUAGUUAAGAUCUUUAUUUAAAGAUAAAUUAUUUAUCAAAAUAUGUGGCCGUGAGUUGGUUGAUUACUUGUUUUGGUUAUGCUCGUAUAGAGAGACGUAUAGCCUUCUGCAUUAACAUCCUCUUAAAGCAAUGCUGCAGUGUUAAACACAUUUUACCUAAACUGAGGCUGUAGACCAUGGUGCUAAUUUCUGUGCCAAUUGCUUGCUGGAAAAAACAUGCUUGAUUAUUUAAAAUCAACAUGUAUUUCUUCUUUGACAAUUUUCAUUCUCUCGUUCUGGUUUUCUGCCUAGUGGAAAUAUAUUGCCUCAACAAAACUGAAAAAGAUUAAAAUGUAAACAAUUAAGUGUAAAAGAAGAUGAUUUUUAAACCACCAAAAAACUAAAGGAUAUACGUGGACUUCUCGGCAAACGUAUAAAUAUAAAAAAGCUAAAAUAAACUGGGGUAUUAACCCCUUAAGGACACAUGAUGGAAAUGUUCCGUCAUGCUUGCUUUUGCCUCUGAAGCUGUGUCCUUAGGGGAUUAAUCUCUACCACUGAACUUAAGGGUUACAGUUCAACAGCUGCUGUUAGCCUCCAUGCCGUGCAUGAGCAGUGAUGGCAUACCUCUGCACCUCUAAUGAAGCAUCAUGGGAAAUGUAGUUUGCAAACAUUGGGUAGCAGAGAUUGUGCGUACCUGUUCUAGAUUGUUUGUUGGCCACUGUCUGCUGCCUCUAGGGACCUGCUGUGCGCAUUUGUGUGGAACCGUAAUCCACCAUUGCAUGCGAUCGACAUUUGCUGCAUGUGGCAUGUUUGCUGCACCUGUGCAUGUUUGUUUCAUUUAUAGUUUUUUUUAUUUGCAGCUAAAGUAUAUCAUUCAUAGUCUUAGUUCAUAUCCCUAACACCAGUCUCCUAUGAAUUUGUGAUCGAAGCUACUUCUAGAUAGAUUGUGUAGCUGAAAUUAGAGGCCCACAUUCAUCCUCAAAUCCAACUGCUCUCAUAGAAAAAUUAUCUCCAGUAAUAAAUAAUCCAGGUUUUACACACCUUUUUAAUGUAGUUCUUCAUCCCUUUCCAUGAUAAUUCAGAACAAAGUAUUUAAGUUACCAAGAUAUACCCACAUCCUGUUGAUAGUUCAGAGAGGUCAACCUUUGAUUACAACCAGAGAUUAAUAUCGGAAUAGCUACUUUAUAUGUUGUUUCUCUUGAAUGGGAUGUAACAGUAAUCAUUUUUAGGUAACGCUUGCAAACAAUGGAAAAACUGCAGACUUCAAUGCUGUAGUGGAGGAGCCACUGGACGCGUGAGAUCCCACUGACCACAGCCUGUCCACGAGGAGAGAAUACACUAAGAAAUGACUUCUCAUAACCCCUUUUAACGUAGCACAACUUAUAGCGCCACACCACUGAAAACCUUCUGGCAUCGCGUUUCACUUUAUGCAAAUAGAGGAAAUUCUAAGACCAUUUGGUUCGGAGGUGCAAAGAAUGUACGAGGGGCAAUGCAUCUCCUCGUAGGGACUCAGGUAAACACAUGCAGCAUUUUGGGAUGUUAUGCUCAGAACAGUGUUCAAAAUAUUCAGUUCAAUGGCUGAUGUUGUGUGACGUGUGACCUAUUCUUCGGAUUCCAGGAUUUUCAUUCCAAUCUAUAACGAUGGUGUUAACUGUAAUUAUUGUCCACCAACUGACAGACAUAUUUAUUCUGUGUUCUAUAUGUCUAGUGCUAUACCUCCUCCCCAUCUUAUAGUCUUAUAUGAGUUAUGUAUUGUAGCGUAGAUGUGGUUAUCAGUCUUCCUUCUUUCUGAUCAGGUGCAAUAUAAGUGUAAUACAAAAAAACACAAAACAUACAAAAACAAACCUCUAUGACAAAUCAGUGGAUAUUUUUGAUAUACCCGCAGUGAUUUUAUUUUCAUACAUUAGAUUUGUUUCAAAAUCUUUUUAUUUUUCAAGACAACGAGCAGAUCUUACAAUAGAGAACAUUUCACGUUCCGCUGAAUUAAAAAAAUGUUGGUAGUAUUAUAGAUAGCGUAUAAUUUAGACAUUAACUGCAGACUAAAUAUGCUUAUUAAAAGUAAAUGGCAUAUAUUUUCGAAAUAUUAUUGUUAUAUAUAAAUAUAUUUGCGUACAGUGCAUCGGCAGUUCUCGUUUGCACACAAUUGUGUGUUUGAAUCAGAAUUUGAAUUACGUCACUCAUAGCACAAAUGUACAAGUUAUUUACAGCACAAAUGUAAAGAACAAGUUAGCAUAAUGUCGUUUUAGAAUCUCAGAACAUUUGAUUUACUGAUGCACAGGGCCACAGGGUGCUCACAAACCCAUAGCACAAACCUGUGUAUCCAUACUUCUUGAUGGAUGCAGGAUGAAAAUAAUUAUUUGGUCCCAGCUACUCUGGAAAUGGUUGCUACGGUAACCUCUAUAUUUUUUUUUACCUGCCGUGGAACACAGUGAUACUGCAUUUAGACACGGAAUGUGAUGCUAUAAGCUUUUAGUCUUCGAAACAACUCCUAAAAAGCACAUACUUUUUAGCUCAGCUUUUUACAUAGUCUCCUAAAAUCUUUUACUUGAAAUUUAAAGCCAAAUCAUCGUCAUUCACUUAACCAAGCAUUGUUGAAAACUCAUCAGGGAGCUACAAAGCUCAGGUCAUAACAGCCAAUUUGAAAGAUUGCCCAACUUAAUUAGCAAUUUUCAGAUAACUUUUUUAAAUUUUAUUUUACAAAAAGCACUAUCGGUAAAGAUCACUAGUAAUGGGAAAAUGACAUUAUUUUUCUUCUUAAAAAACGUGUUUCGGAAUACAGAUCAAUAUUAAUAUUCUUAAUUCUUGUAAUGGAUAAAUGGCAGCUUUAAAAGAUCACUGGUAGGUGGAUCUAUAAAUUAUUUUAAUGGAGAAAAAUGGGUGUCCAGUACUCAGCAAUCUGAACAAAGCACAAUAUGAAUAAAUGAGCACAUGGCACAGAAAGCCGAAUUAAACUAUUUUCCCAUGUUUAGUACGUUAUAUACAUCAAUUACGUCAUUUGUAGCCAUUACACUCUUCUUUGAAUACAGUGGUCUCAGACAAAAUUGUCCAAACAUUUCAAUAUUGUUGCCGCUGAUCCCAUCUCUUGUGAACCCUGAAAUUGGGAAGCAAUACGACUCCGGAUAAUGUGUGGAUAAUUCCCUUAGUAAAUGCUAUUCCUGAUUUAAAGCACAAACAAUCUGUUGUUAAAAUAAUAAUAAUAAUUUUAUAUAUAUAUAUACACGCAGCAAUACCUUCAUGAAAACCGCAAUAUUCAGUGAUUCUGCAUAUAUAUAGAUGUACACAUUAUACAGGAAGCAUGCCCAAUCCUGUAAUAUAUAUCUCUUUUUUUCUAAUCCCCUUUGCGCCUGUGAAUGCUCAUGUGUUCUCCUUUAAAUCGUCUGUUUGGGAAAUGACAGACAGUAGAUAAUCCCUGCCGUAUCCUGCCGUUGAAAAUCUAAUGUUAUUAAAACUCCCCUGGAAAAAUCCUCAUUUUGAAAGCUAUCAAUGGAUUUAAUCAAGAACACUGUAGUGUCCUGAGCUCAUAGAUUUAUUGACAGAGCACUGCGUUUACAACUGAUGAAAUUAACGCCAGUGUUGUCGCCUACCCUAGAAAAACGAAAAAUUUUACUCCAAAACUCUAUUUAUUUUUCAGCUUCUCUUUGUAACUUAAAUGGUGCCACUAUUGUAAACCCACCACACCUUCUGGGCAACGUACCCAUUAUUAUAUAUCUCUCUUAGUGGAGUUGCUUGUUGUGAUCAAAUUAAAAUAGUAAAUGUUCUUAAAUUAUGUUCGCCGCAACAAUGUAGAAAAACUCAAAUGCUAUGGUAUAGUUUGGUAACACAUUUAGAACACACGCUGCAAACUGCCACAUAGAUUUAUAUCUAGAAAUAUAUGCACUGUGUGUUUUUCAUUCUUACCAAUAGACUCAGAAAUUAAAAGGAUCCAAUAUUUUCAUCUUUGACCUUCUACAACAUGUUUAACAUUCUAAGGAUUAGAUCAUCCUUGACAUUAUGUCCGUUCAUUCUAUGUCUGACUCUUUCCAUAGAAAGAUAAGCAGUAUAUAUAAUAUUGGAGAGCAAUAUCUCAGUCCUACCUCUAUUUUGAUCCUUUUAGGCUGAAAAUUUAAUAUUUUCACUUUUUGAAGAAAGGGAUAUGUUACACAUCUGUUACUAAAACUAGCAGUGUACUACUGGGAAAUUAGGGCCGUACAUUGGCCUCGAUUUGAUAUUUUUGCAAAAGCAAUUCAUAUGAUUUAAUAUUUAUGGAUAAACUUUUAAAAUGUCUUUUUCAAAAUAUUCAAAUAUUGAAAAGCAUAUAAAAAAACAUUCAUAUAUAUAUAUA